AUGAGUUUAUCGGAUCCCAUUCACAAAGGGCUUAUUCUCUCUGAGCCCUCUACAACCUCUCCAUGUUUGUGAGUUUUAUUUAUUAGAAUUUUAUCUUAGUUUUUUUAUAUAUGACAAUGCUGCACUAGGACUGUUUUUGUUUUGAACUCCACGCCAGAUCGAGAUAUGCCCAACUCCCAUUUAAAACUCUAUUCAAUAAUCCCUCUGGCUUGGCACCUCCGAUCCAGCUAAUAUUUGGACAAUAUACUUGGGGAAACAACACCUGUCCAGGGAUGUGUAACUCAUGUUGUGAUUUAGCAUUUUUGACAUCAAUGGAAAAACCAGCCUGUAAAGCGCCUUGACUGCAAGCCACUCGGCACUGACAGCUUGCCGACCACAAAAACUCCAACUCUCCUUUCACUGAGUGGCGUUUCUUCUACAAAGCAGGGACUAUGCUCAACUAUGGACUAUCAGGAGAUAUAUAAUGUGUCUUAUUUUUAUUUAAUUGUGUUUUGGGGUGCUUUUGUGUUCUGUGCUUGGGAAAUCGUUAAAUUAAGCCAUGUAUGUCACCACCCUCUCCAAGACACAGAGAUGCCAGGGCCGGAUCACCUAUACUUUUGCUGGAGACCCCAUGCUGGGGUUCUGUGUAUAUAAAGUCGCAUUGUUCCAAUAAAAGUUGUUGUUCUCCCCAGUAUUAUGUCUGGUCUGAUGUCUGGGGAAUGGGGCCGUAAAUUUUUCUUCCAGCUAGAGGGAAUUUCUUCAGAGAUAUUCAACUGGGAUAUCAGAGCUCCUAUACAUAAGCUUAGAUUUAAAAACUCAUGAUUUAAAUGUACAUGAGAACAUGGACAAUAUUUGGCAGUUAAAAUCACGACAAGAUUAGGGUAAAGGAGGACUAGGGUUAGGUUAUCCUUUUCUAUUUGGAUGGAUAAUGGUUCAGGUAACUUUUUUUAUGAAUUAGGAGGUUUAAAGUAUGUGGGCUAAGCAAACAGAAAACAGACUCAGAUUAGUAUCUAAGUAGAGCAGGAGGCAAAAAACCCUCAACUAUGAAUUAUUAUUUUAUUUUUUCAAACUCAUCUAUUUAUGCUAGUUUCACAAUAGGUUAGUGAAUAAACACAACUGUCCUACAGCUAAACAUAAAGAAAGCGACAAGUUAACCUCCUAACCCCAUUGCAUACAUCCCAAAUGUAUUUAUUUAGGAGGGACAGAUCCUGUUUUGGGCCCCAAACCCUCGGUCUCUCUUUCUGUCCUGAUGUCCCUCUUUUUAGGAGCUCCAUGUUGUUGGUGUGUCAAAGUAUAUAGCAGAGCUCAACAGCAAUAAUGCUCAGAGUAAUGUGUCUUUAGAAUGGCAUGCCUCACUUUCAGACAACUGUCUCAUUCAAAAGCUUAAGCUUUGAAUGGGACAUGUACCUCACUCUGCACGCUGACAAAAACUGGUAAAUAUGAUUUGUUUGAAAUAGGUAAGUAUGAGUGAGUGGGGGAGGCUGAAGAAACUCCCCUAUUUGAGUUUUGUGACCAAUAAUGCAAUCUGACCAAGAUAAUAGUAAGUUUAUACAAAAAUCUUACAUACUUUUCAAAGUUUGUUGUUGUAUAUUUCUUUAAAAGUAUUUUCCUGCUUGUUUAAACAUUUAUUAAAAUGAUAGCCAAAUGAUGCAUGUCCUUAAAGUACAAUAAGUAUGUUUAAAAAUAAGUCUGUGUAUAUUAGAUACAUUGUUCACGUUGUGAAUUGCAUUUUAUUUGUAUAAAGUGUUAUUAGUAAGUCACCUACAUUUUCUCGGAACAGCCCAGCACCUAACCACACCCCUAAAUGUUGGGAAGUAUGACAUUGUGAAUAUAUGUUUACUAUUGUAGGUCUUUGUGGAAACUAUAAUAACCAGCAAAACGAUGAUUUCAAAACUAUCAGUGGUGUGAUUGAAGGCACUGCUGCAGCAUUUGCUAAUACCUGGAAGACAGCAGCUGAUUGUCCCAGUGUCAAAGUCAUAUAUGAUGAUCCUUGUUCAAUUAGUAUUGAAAGUGGUAAGUCUUGAUCCCCUAAUCAACCAUAUUACCAUCUUAAUAUCUGGAAAAAGUCUAGUUUUCACAGGAAACCUGCCUUCAACAGGGUAAUUUCAGAAGGUAAAUUAGUAUAUGUCAAUAUACUUCUUAGAUUCUUGCAAAUGUCCAGUAUUAAGUAGACUUAUGCAUGGCAAUAAAAUUGAUUCAAACAAAUCACUUUAUCUGAAGAAAAGUUUGGUUUUUCAAAAUUCCGGUACAAAAUAAUAAAAAAAUUUACAAAGACAUUCAAGCAUUCAAAAAGACAUUCAAGCAGCCAAAAAAAGCAUGUGCCUUUUACAGUGCUAACAUGUAGCAAUAGCUACAAUAGUGCCUUGCCUGCCUAAUGGAUUCACAAUAUCAGGCAUUAUUUUUAUUUUUAUUUUUUAUUGAGUUUCUCUUUUUCUCUUAUAAAACGAUAAUAAAGUACAAAAUGAAGAUAACAUACAUUAAAAAGGCGAAAUGUUGACAUUUAGUUAUUUUCAGUUUAACCACAACACAACAUUUUAUAACCUUCCCAAGAAUUUAUACAGUUAAGUGUGGCCUUAAAUCUCCUUUCAAGCACCUUUUAUACAUUUAUUAUCUUCUAUUGUUCAAUUAUCUUAAUAAAAAAGUUUCCUGCAUUCCUUCUUCCAUACAUUCAUUCACUCUUGGUUCCAAUACAUUUAACAAACUACUGAGAUCCUAACUUCAAUUCCAUAUCAACCCCAUUUAAAGAGGGGAUACACUUCUAAAGAAAACUAUACAUAUCCUCAUUCUUUUUCUUCCCUCUUAUCAUAUAAUGAACACUGUCAUAAAUGGAGCGAUAUAUAAGGUCCAGGGAACCAUCCAUGUGGUGCCUUUCCUUUCACAGUCAGCAUCAUUCCAAUAGGGGACUACUCUUAAAUUAUUUCAAACCAUGGAGUCCCCGUAAACUGGUUGCACCUCCAACAUAUAUCAAUGGUUUCUCUGUUGAACUUACUUAGACGGCAAGGAUCUAGAUACCAUAUAUGUAUCAGUUUAUAAAAUGUUUCCUGUGUAUUAAUCGAGUGUACUGCUCUUGUAACAACUGUCCAUGUUUUACACCAGAUCUGCACCGGAAAUUCUGUCUCACAAUCUCGCUCCAAUUUCUCAAUAUUGGAAAUAGGGUCAAGGUUCCGGUUAUUUACUAUUAGGUUCUUGAAUCUAGAAAUUAAUUUAUUCCCGUACUGUUUCUUUAUAAAAUCGUCCAGAACAUUUGACUCAUCGAUAGGAUUAUUUUUAAAGAAGUUUUUAAUCCUCAAGUAUGGGAAAAUAUCCCGACUUAAAAGACCAUAUUCUUCUCUUAGCCGUCCGAAUGUUUGAAUACCCAUAUCUAACUUUAUAUCUGCAAGCGUAGAUAUUUUUUCCCCAAUCCAUCCAGUAAGAUACAGAUCUUGUAUAUUUAAGCUAAUAGCUCUUAGUGGAGUGGAUGAGGUGAAAAUAUACCCAAAUACCCAACUUAUCUCUGACUUUUGCCACAGUUUUUAUUGCAUCUCUCAGGAUUCUAUUAUACAGGGUUAGGAAUUUAUUAUUUUGUGGGAUGUAACCAUAAUAUGAGAAAUGGAUUACUGUAUAUACUCGAGUAUAAGUCGACCCAAAUAUAAGUCGAGGCCCCUAACUUUACCCCAACAAACUUGGAAAACUUAUUGACUCGAGUAUAAGACUAGGGUGGGAAAUGCAGCAGCUACUGGUAAAUUUCUAAAUAAAAUUAGAUCCCCCAAAAAUUAUAUUAAUUGAAUAUUUAUUUACAGUGUGUGUGUUUGUGUAGUGUGUGUAUAUAAAGAAUGCUGAGUGUGUGUGUGUGUGUUUGUGUAGUGUGUAUAUAAUGAAUGCAGUGUGUGUGUGUAUAUAAUGCAGAGUAUGUGUGUGUAUGAAUGAAGUGUGUGUGUGUAUAUAAUGCAGUGUGUGUGUAUAUAUAAUGCAGUGUGUGUGUGUUUAUGAAUGCAGUGUGUGUAUAUACCUUAACAGCAGCUCCGUUCAGCUCCCUUCUCCUCUUUGCCAUUCAGCUCCACUGUAAGUCUCGCGGUCUGCGUGCCGCAUGGAGGGUUGCCACGGUAACCCGUGGCAAUGCUCUGAUGGCCGCGGCCUAUAGCGAGACUUACAGUGGAGCUGAAUGGCACGGAGGAGAAGGGAGCUGACAGGAGUUGCUGUAAAGGUAAGUAACAGCUUGCUCCCAGCCCCCAACAGGACCACCGGGCUUGUAAUGAGCCUGGCAGUCCUGGUCUGUAUUAUGGCAAUAUAAGUUGCCAUAAUACAGACACUGACUCGAGUUUAAGACGAGUGGAGCUUUUUCAGCACAAAAAAUUUACCAAAAAACUUGUCUUAUACUUGAGUAUAUACGGUAUAUCCUUUUAGAUCAUAUUUCUUGCAAUGAAACCACCGCUUACUCCGUUUUUUUUUUUUAUGCAGCAGCUAGAGUGUGGGUGGACAUUGAGAUAUCAUUAACACCAGAUCUGGAAAGUUUAAUCCCAGUUGAGAGCCAUCUCUCUUUAUAAUAUUUUGUGUGAUUCCGGUUGAUUGACCCUUCCAUAAAAAAGCCAAUAAUAUUUUGUUGAAUUUAUCUAACAAAUAUUCUGAUAAUCACAUUGGAAUCAUUCUGAAUAAAAAAAUUAUCUUGGGUAUGAGAUAUGCUUUUAUCAUGUUAUUCAUUCCCAUCCAGAAGAAUGAAUAGUUUUUAAGCUUAUUUAUCUGUUGUUCAAGCUCUAUUAACAAUUCAUUAUAAUUGAGGAUUAUGAUUUGAUUUAAGUUGAACAUUAUCUUAAUUCCUAAAUAUUCUAUCCAGUCUUUUUUCCAUUUAAUUUGGAACCUAUCCUGAAUAUUCUGUUUUUGAGAGGAAGUAAGUCUAUUUGAUAUUAAUUGAGUUUUAUGUAAGUUUAUUUUAUAGUUUGAAAAUAUACUAUAUUCUUAUAUUGUUAAUAAUAAUGCUAGGAUAGAGGUUUCAGAAAAUGUUAAAGUAAGAAUAAUAUCAUCGGCAUCAAGUGUUAUUUUAAAGAUUUGAUUAUUGAUUUGAAUACCCUCUAUUGCCUCUGUUGCUCUUAUCAUGGCUGCCAAUGGUUCAAUUGAUAGUGCGUACAAUAAAGGGCCAAUGAACAACCUUGCCUUGUACCGUUAUGCAAAUAAGUAAAUGAGAGUUAAGUGCGGGACCUGUUACCUUUGCACUUGGGUUGUUAUAAAGAGCCAUUGCACCCUUCUUAAAGAGGCCCUGAAUCCUUGUAACCUCUAAGGUCUCAAAUAAAAAUGGCCAACUUACCCUAUCAAAGGCCUUCUCAGUGUCUAACGCUAAGAAGACAGACAGGAUUACUUUAUCCUGAAUCUCUAUAUUUCGAUUUAACAAUUUAAGUGUAUUAUCAUCCCCCUGUUUUUCCUGAGAUAAAUCCAGAUUGGUCCGAGUGAACUAAAUCCUGAAUUACAAAUUUUCGUCUAUCUGCCAAUAUUUAUAAAUAGAUUUUCAGAUCUAAAUUUAUAAGCAAUAUUGGCUUAUACAUUUCUUGGAGGGACAGGUCUUUUCCUAUAUUUGGUAUUGGACAAAUAGACGCUUGAAGUAAUUCUUCUAGGAUGUCCCCACUCUCCGCAAACUGAUUAAAUAUCCUAACUAACAACAGGGAAAUCAACGGGUCCGUGAGUUUAUAAUAAAAAAAAUCACAGUAUAACCAUUAGGACCCAGUGAUUUCCCCUUUUUUUGUUUCUUGAAUUGUGUCUCUGACUUCUCCCAAUGUAAAAGAUUUAUUAAGAGACUCUUGCGUGUCUUCUGAGAUCCUGGGGAGUUUUCAUUUCAACAAAACUUCUUUGAAAUCUGACUAUGUUUCAGAUUAUAUAACGACUGAUAAUAUUUCUUAAAAGCUUCUGCUGUUUUGAGUGAAUCAUAUAUAACCUUCCAGCCCACAACCAGACACUGUAUCCUAGAUCUUUAAUUUUCUGCUUAAUAUUAUUUGUGAGGAUUUUAUUCACUCUAUUGCUAGAGUAAUACCAUUUCUUGUUAGAAUUAUACAUACAUUUUUGAAGCUUUUCAUCCAAUUUCGCCUUUGUUUCCCUCUGGACUUUAAUUAUUUUUUCUCAUAUGGUGGGGUUAGGGUUCAAUUUAUUUAUCCUCUCAAAAUUUUCUAACUCUAAGUACAAGUCUGCGAGCGCCUUACCCCUUUCUUUCCUUAAAUAUGCAUCUGCCUUUAUUAAAUAACCUCUGAUCGUGCAUUUCAAAGCAGACCAUAACAUUACACCUGAUACCUCUUUGGUGUCAUUAAAUUGUAAAAAAAAUAAUUUCCUUACUUAAACCCUGUUUAGCUGAUUCUGAGAUCAGAUUAAAUUCUUUAAUUCUCCAGUCAGAUCUUAUUUUAUGGAAAAGAUUAUUUUCAAAAGUACAGAAAAACGAUGCGUGAUUUGACCAGGAGAUAUUACCUAUAUCUGAUUAAAUACAUUUUGCAAAAUGUUCAAAUUUGUCCAAGCCCACAUCUGCAACACAAUUUAUACCACCACCAAUAAUUAAAACCCCUUUUAAGUAUUUCUCUACUUUCUCAUAUAUAGAACCUAAAAAUUUUACUGGGAAGUCAUUUGGAGCAUAGAAAUUUACUAGCGUGUACAACACCCCGUCCGGUUUACAUAGUAAAAUUACAUAUCUACCAUUGCAGUCAGCCUCAUGAAAGCUAUAUUCAAAUUUCAAAUCAUUAGAUAUAAUUAUAGCCACUCGUCUUUUUUUCCUAUAUGCUAAACUUGCUUCAUAUAGCAUUGGGAAUUUCUCCAAAACCUUGAACCUUUACUGUCCCUGUGAGCGUAUUGGAGAACAUGCAUAAAAGUACCUUUUGUCUAUCGCCACCUCUCCGUAAUGGUUUAACACUAUCAAUUACCUGGAAACGUAAUUGAUUGACAUUGUGACCUUGCUGUAAGAAGUGCCUGGGUACUGGUUUGUCACAUGUCCCUUUCUGAAUGGCCAUUCUAAUGUCCCUUUUAUGUUCUCCAAUACGCUCCUUCACUGGCCAAGUUGUUUCCACAACAUAGAGAAACCCACAUGGGCAUUUCAGAAUGUAGACCACAUAAUCUGAGUUGCACGUAUAAUAAUCAAGUAUUUUGUAAGGUUUACCCGAUCGUGGAUGUACAAAACACUCACCUCUGAUUACACUGUUGCAAUAUAUACAGUUCAGGCACAUUUCUGAAAAAUCUUCUCUGUUUCUUAUUACUACCUAUAUCCGAGUGUACCAAUUUGUCUCUCAAAUUCUGUGCUCUUUUAUAGGAAAACAGGGGGGAAUUCCUAAAUUCUAUUGGCAAAUUAGUGUCACCCUCAAAAAUGUUCCAAUGUUUCAUUAUUAUUUUUUUAAUAGCAUUACUGUACGGGUUAUAAGGUGAUAUAAAGGGAAUUCUUUGUAUAGUGUUCCUCUUGCCGGUAGCGUUAAGCACUGCUAUCCUGUCCAUAUCUGAAAUCUUAAUUCUGUGUUUUCUUACUAGUUCUGGUGGAUAACCCCUAUCAAUUAAUUUGUUACACAUGAAUUCCAUCCCUGGUUCUACCCGAUCUUCCUGUGAAAUUAUCCUUUUUAGCAGUAAUCUUGGAUACAUUUUUGAUUAAAUACGUCCCAAAACAGAAAUCUUAUAUCAAGAGGAAAUUUUGUAUUUUUUCUUUUUUUCACUUUUUUCACUUUUUUCAUAUUUUUUCAUGUUUUUAUUUUUUUUUUUUCUUCUUUUUCUUCUUUUUUUAUCCCUCUUUUUGGAUGGGAUCCUCGGACUCUAGGAUACAGUUAAAGCAGCAUUAUCUGGAUAAUUCAUAAAUCUGUGAUUAGGGAUCUUUAGUAACAUGGAGUUAUAUGUAUAGGUUUACAAUGAAUUGUUUCCAUUAGGAUAUAUUGUUUGAUUUCAGUGUGUAUAUAUUAUCAAAUUAUUUAUUUCUAUAUAUUUUUUGCAAUUAAUGAAUUAUGUCUAAACAAUACCAUUAUGAAUUAUUAAAUGAAGCAAUGAACUUUAUCUAAAGCAAUUUUUUGAGUGCAGUAUAAUUUUUUGGUAGUUUGUAAUUUUUGAGGUCACUGGGCAACCCUGAUACUUCGCACCAAUACAGGUGAAAGAGUGCCGGUACAUAGGAUCUUCAUUAAUAUAGCACCAACAGAUUCCGUAGUGCUUUACAAUAUUAUGAGAGGGGGAUUUAACUAUAAAUAGGACAAUUACAAAAAACUUACGGUUUUACAUUCUAUAGGAGGUGGGGUGUAAGCCUUCUAUGUGCAACAGUAUCAAAAGCCUUAUUGAAAUCAGGAUAAGCAAAAUCUACAGCACCACCCUGAACUAUUAUUUUAGUUACCCAAUCAAAAAAAAUCAAUAAGGUUAGUUUGGCAUGAUCUCCCUGAAGUAAAUCCAAGUUAUUUCUGAUCUUGAAAUCCAUGUGAUUUUUAGAUGUUCAACAAUCCUAUCCUUUAACAUGGUAUCUAUUAUUUUCCCCAGUACUAAAGUAAGGCUUAUUUUAAUAUAGUUGCCCGACUCCUCCCUACUUCCUUUCUUGUGAAUGGGCACAACAUUCGCUAACUUCCAAUCUUCAGGGACUACUCCUGUUAACAGUGAUUGGUUAAAUACAUCCGUUAAUGGUUUUGCUAGUACACCACUAAGCUCUUUUAAUAAUGUUGGGUGUAUUCCAUCAGUUCCCAUUGACUUGUCUUUAGUUUUGACAGUUGAACUAGAACCUCUUCCUCUGUAAACUCACAUGUAACAAAUGACUCAUUUGCCCUUUUCCUAACCGAGGCCCCUUUCCUUAAUUUUCAACUGUAAAUACUGAACAUAAAUAUUCAUUGAGGCAGUCAGCUAGACCUUUAUCCUCUUCUACAUACCUUCCUUCUUUUGUUUUAAUCUAACUAAUCAUUGUUUUACUUUCCUUUUCUCAAUUAUGUAUCUAAAAAAUGGUUUUGUCCACUUUUUUACUGACUGUGCUAUUUUCUCUUCUGUGUGUGAUUCGGAAGCUCUUAUAACUUGCUUAGCCUCUUUCUGCCUAAUCUUAUAGAUCUGUCUAUCUUCCUCACUCUGUUUAUUUGUAUAAUUACUAAAUGCUUACUUUUAUUUUUUUACUAUUUUGGCCACAUCUCUGGAGUACUACAGGGGUUUCUUAAAUGUUUUGCUUUUACUGACAAGCCUAAUGCAAUUUUCUGUUGCCUUUAGCAGUUAAAUUUUUAACUAAUCCCAUUUCUCUUGGACUCCAGGGGUUAAAUUGCUCCAGUCUGAUAGUGACUCAUUUACACAUAUUCUAAUUUAAGAAAAGUCUGUUUUUCUAAAGCCUAAAACUUUUGCUUUUGUGUGGUGUAACUCAGUCACUGUUCUUAUAUUAAACCACACUGACUGAUUAUCACUGGAUCCUAAACUUUCAUCUACAGUAAUAUCUGAUACCAAAUCUCCAUUUGCUAACACUAAAUCUAGUAUAGUCUCUUUACGAAUUGGCUCCUCAACGACUUGUUUUAGAGACAAUCCCAGUAGGAUGUUUAGAAUACGUGUGCUUCUGGCUCAAGCAGCUAUUUUGGUUUUCCAGUUUACAUCAGGAGGAUUAAAGUCACCUAUGAUGAUAACUUCACCCUUGAUUGUCAUUUUAGCUAUUUCCUCAAACCAGUAGCUUAUCUAACUCUUCUAUUUGUACAGGGGGCCUAUAAAUCACACCUACAUGAGUUACUGUGUGAUUACCAAAUUCUAACAUAACCCAAACGGACUCUAUGAUCGCCUCACUAACUUUUAUUAGACUAGAUUUUAUGCUAUCCUCCACGUACAGGGCCACCCCUCCCCCUUUCUUGCCUUCCCUAUCUUUUCUAUAUUAAGAGUACCCUGGUAUUGCUAUGUCCCAGUCAAUUCUCUCAUUAUACCAUGUCUCAGUAACCGCGACUAAAUCUAUAUUAUCAGUUGCCAUUAUUGCCUCAAGUUCAUGGAUCUUAUUCCCUAAACUGCGAGCAUUUGUAGACAUGACUCUAAGCUUAUCAUUUUUAACACACUUGCUACAGGCACCUUCGGUCCUUGUUUUGGAAGGCAAUUGGAUUGAUGUUUUAUCACCCUUUUGCCCCCCCCCCUCCUAGUUUAAAUACAUCCUAGCAAAACCUUUGAAAUGCUCACUGAGACCAUUUGUUCCCUUUUGAGAAAGAUGCAAACCAUAUUUUUUGUACAGUUUAUUUCCAUUCCAAACAGAGCUACCAUGAGAAAUGAAGCCACAUCCUUGCUCCCAACACCAUUCACCAAGCCACAAGUUAAAGUCCAUAGAGAUAAUAUAUCUAGAGAUAAGUAUGGUAAACCUUAUUAUUCCACAUUAUACUCAAUCAAUAUGUUGUAUUACUACCUUGAUACAGUUUUCUAAAUGACAACUGUAACCACUUGAUAAAUUGCUAUAUUAUUAGUCACCCUUAAACAUAUUAAGAAAUUGAGCUAUGCACUUUCUUCUUACAUCAAUACUUUCAGUGAACAGCGAUUCCUAAAUAUUAGAUUAUGAAUAGGACUUUAUAAUGAUUAGAAAUAGAGGUAGAUUAUGAAUAAAACUUUAUAAUAAUUAAGAGUGAAGGAGUGAAGGCUUCUAGAAUAUACAGUAAAACAAUAUAUACAUAUAUUUUUCCUUUUUCUUUCCCUUCUUCUCUCCCUUUCCAUUUUUUGUAUGUUAAUUUUGAUCUUAUUUAAAUAUAAUUUAUCCAAAUGUUCAACACUAAUUCCACUUAUGCGAUUAAUCCCCCUUCUUCCCACUAUAUGUUAAAGGACCACUAUAGUGCCAUGAAAACAAACUUGGUUUUCCUGGCACUAUAGGGUCUUUAGGUCUCCCCCCACUCUCAGGGUCCCACUCUUCCACUUAAUUGAGCUGAAGUGGUCUGGGUGGAUCCUCGUCAGCAGGUAGCACGGUCCUCUUGGGCACAAACAUGCACAGUCUUUUAAGGCAACUUAAUUCUAGGCACUUUAUUGUUAAACUCCACCACAGAUACAGCAGCAAAUGAAAAAAAAAACCAGUAACACAAAUCCUUAUAAACAAAUCCUAGCUCAGUCUGAGCACUUACUAACAUCAAGUUCCCUAUCUUUUAAGGGUUUAAACUAUAACAGAACUAUAAUGGGUUUCACCAACUUAGUGCCUUUGUCAGAUCUCUGCACUCCAGACUCAGUUAGCAUGUGGCUUCCAUUCCUUCUAGAAAGAAACAAAAUUCUCUCUCCUUUCUGCACUCCAGUGCUGUCAGCUAGCCUGCUGCUUUCCUUACUGCACUCCCAGUGCUCCAAGCCAGCCUUGACUGCUUCCUUCUGCACUCCCAGUGCUCCAAGCCAGCCUUAACUGCUUUCCUUCCGCACUUCCAGUGCUCCAAGCCAACCUUAACUGCUUUCCUUCUGCACUCCCAGUGCUCCAAGCCAGUCUUAACUGCUUUCCUUUCUGCACUCCCAGUGCUCAGUUUCCUUGACUCUCUUACAGGAGAGAACAGUGUCUCUCCUACCUGCUUUCAGGGAGGAAGCCAGCAAUCCCCCUUUACCUGCCUAGCAGGAAGGGGUUUAUUCCCACUGCUGCAGCUGAUUAUCUGCAGCUGAGCAGUGGGUUCGAGACAGAUCAACUCUCUGGCCUGUAACUUUUUUCUCCCAGUUGCAUGCAAACUGCGGAGUGGAGCAUUGGCCCACCCUGCUCUCCAAAUGCUCCACCCCAGGGGACCAUAACUAAACUUUGGUUUGUGUUGCCUACAACACAUACUACACAUACUCCCCCUGGGGUUAAAUGUUAUAGGCCUAUCUGCCUUCACUUUAUCACAUGGUCCUUUAACUGUAUCACUUUAAUUUGCUAUAUUUCCAGCUAUUUUAUUGUCCUCAUAAUUCCACUAUGUAUAUCUGAUCCGACUUCUCCCCAUUUCCUUAAAAAUUGCCAAGAAUUAAAUAAUUUACUUAAACCUUUUAGCAGUGUGACCAUACGAUAUAUAAAAAUAUGUGAUUGUUUAAUAUAUGUAAUCAAAAGAAAAUUUAUAUUACAAGUCUGGAGGAAACACUCCAGAUAUGUAAAAUAAUGACUGGAAAUUAGAUUGGAGUAAGUAAUAUCAAAAUAAUAAAAUGAAAUAAAAUAAAUUAUGUGAAUUUACCAAAAAAGAGGUAAAAAAACAAUCAAUACAUAAAUCUCCCCAGCUAACAAUAGCUGUACCUCCCUAAUGUCUAAGUUGGUUAAUGUCAAAUCAGACUUCCGACUUUAAUAUUAUAAUCAGUGUCAAUGUCUGGAAAAAUAUAAAGAUAUGAAUAUCAUAGACAUCAAUUCUAAAUUAACACAGUAUUGGUAUCAAAUAUAUGGCAAGCUUGCAGCAGAAGUUAAAUGUAAUGCUGCUGCCUCAUUAUCCAAGUUAUACUGUGUUAAUCCUGUAACUAGAGGGGGGUGAAAGUACCCUGUUAUAUACUAUUCAACAGGCUUAUCAUUUAUGUAACUGUAUAUGGGAUUGCAUUCAUUGCGUGGAUACCCAACAGAAACAAAAUAUCCAGUCCGUGAAAAUACACAAUAAAAGUAGCAACAUUGGCAUCAAAAAUUCAACGGACUGAUCGUGGCUGCCUGUGAUACUAGAUAAAAACAGGUAUCUUUGAAAUCACUCCUCCAAUAGUACAAGGAAAGAAUAUACAGGAGGAAUAGAGGAGAAAGAAAAACAGUUAGUGCGUGCUAAUGUGCAGGACCAUACUUAGAAUGUUGGUCCCUGCACAUGUGACAGUGUGCCCUGUGAAGUGAGAAAAAAGUGAAGAAAACCCGACACGCGUUUCGGUGCCGCUAACGUGCACCUUCGUCAGGGGCUGAAAGUUUAAUGACGGCUGGUUCACUGUUUUAUAUGUAUCUCUUGCUACUGAUUUGAAACGUGGACCAAUCAAUGGUCGAAGAAAACGGCGCCAAAAGCAAAUAAACUAAAACACAUUCAUUAUGCAAAUGAACCUUUUAAAAUCAGAGGCCAAGCUUCUGCUACUGGUUUUUAUUGAGGUGCCGCUAGGUUCAGUAAUUUAACCCUUACAGUGUUAGUCAAGCGAACUUCUCAGGGUAAAAGAAGAAUAUAUUAGUAGUCUGACGGCUAUCUUUUAUAUUAUUAUUACUCCAUGUCCCGGUAGAAGGUCGGUUAUCAUCCUAGAUUCUUCCGGUAUAUAACCCCUGUGCCACAAGCACUUAUACAUUUUCAACUUAGACGCAAUAUAAAAGUUCUAAUAUGCUACGUUGAGCUAAGUGGUAAUACUGUAUAGUAUAUAUGUGGAAAUGCUAAGGAUGACAGGUUUCAUUCGAUAAAAUAUCGCGGAAGAGGAUAGUGUGGAUGGCCAAUACACUAUGUACUAUGAAAGUACUUGAUAGAUAUCGGGCAAACAAAUGAAUAUCCUUCAAUUAUAAUCCCCAGGGGACUCCAUGACAAUGUUCUCGUCUAUAAAUAUUGUUCCGAGACCCAUGUCGAUAUUAACCCAUUUCAAAGGUGACUCGGAAAGAAAAAGAUACAUUAAACUUAUUCACAUAGUUCUUUCAAGAGUAAUUUCUAAAAAUUGUGUAACGGAACAUAUAAAUAUAUAUAUACAGCAGUUGUGAAAUAAAUUCCACUGUAUACAAAAAACAAAACGAGCCACUAGGCUGGGCCUAGAAACCCAAGAUAUAGACCUUUUGGAUAAUCUAGUCGAUCUUCUGAAUAGUAAUGAUCCCCCCAUCAAAUUAGGCGCACCAUUUACGACUCUGAGACUAAAAAGCAAAUUUACCCCUCAUAUCUCGGAAUUCAAGUAUAUCGAUCUCUUUGUGGAACUUACCUGCAAAGAGAUUGAUAAUAUGGAUGAAAACAUGUCUCUUCAGACCCACCAUAACAAUAAUUUGAGCCCCGCUGAGAGGAAAGCUUUAGAUGCUUUAAAACAAAAUGACUCUAUUGUUAUCAAACCCUCUGAUAAAGGGGGUAAUACGGUUGUUCUGAAUAUUCACAUAGUUCUUUCAAGAGUAAUUUCUAAAAAUUGUGUAACGGAACAUAUAAAUAUAUAUAUACAGCUGUUGUGAAAUAGUAUUUGAUAUCGUUUAAAAAAAAAAAAAAAAAAACUAUAUAUAUACAUGCCAAAUACUAACUCAAUAUGGAUAACUUAUUGUUAGAAUAUAUCCUCUAAUGAUUAGCUAUAUACACGGAGCCCUUAUACAUAAUUCGAGCAAAGAUUGGAAUUAUAUUAGGAUUGUAUUAAGGUGAUAUGAGGCACCAUUUCACUUGGUGUCCAGUAUCUUCGUUAUCUAUACAAAUUUUAAUCUUCUCAAGCGCUUCUAUGAUAUCAAAAAAGAUGAUGAAUCAAUCGCAUACAGUUUCAAAGAUAACAAGAAACCGUUGCUAAGAUUCCUCUAGUAGCAUUUAAAGAUACAGUGCCCAGUUCUCGAUAAAUUCUAUUAAACAAACAUUGAUAAAGUUAAUAUUUACAAUAUAUAUAAGAAGAAUUAGAAUAGCAUGCUCAUUAGAUUUCAGGGUCAGAUUCUAGUCAGAAAUGAAAGGAGUGAAAGAAAAACCCUCAUUCAAGCCUAAAGGGGAUAAGGUCUUCAAUUUAAAGAUCCAAUAGCUCUCACGCUGUAAGAGUUUUUUGUCAACGUCCCCUUUCCUUGGACCCAUUGUCAUUCUUUCUAUGCCAUUGAAACGUAAACCCUGAGCCGAUCCACCAUGUUGAGUUUUGAGAUGGCGUGAAAUCGGUGUAUCAAUUUGUCUAGAUGGAUUAACAGAAUUGAUAUGUUCCAAAAUUCGAUUCUUGAAGGGUCUAAUAGUCUUGCCUACAUAUUUCAUGUUGCAACUGCAUGUAAUGAGGUAUACCAGGCCAGAUGUUUGACAAUUAAAGAAGGUUUUAGUAGUGUGACUUUCCGUAUUAAAGGAGUUAGAAAAGGUCUUUGAUUGUUUUCUGAUAAACUUACAAGCUUUACAACGGCUGCAUUUAAAAGUACCUGUUACAGGUGAUUUCAACCAGGUCGUAAUGGGGGCAAGUGAAUGUAGGUGACUUGGUACUAACAAAUCCUUCAAAUUUCUACCUCUUCUAGCCGUAAUGGAUACGCAGGGAGUCAAAACUUCUUUCAGAUGUAAAUCCUGGUAUAGAAGAGGCCAAAAUCUCUCCAGUGUCCUUUUUACCAUGUCCCAUCCUGAAUCAAAAGUGCCAAUGCACCUAAUGGAUUUCUGAUCAGUUCUCUGUAUAGAGUUGUCUGUCAGGAGAUCCAUCCUCUCAGUCAGGAGGGCCCUCUGGUAUGCCUUUUUCAGGCAUUUGUUUGGAUAUCCCUUAGUCUUAAAAUAAGACCUAAGGGUAUUGGCUUUUAAUUUGAAGUCCUCAAGAGAGGAACAAUUCCUUCUUAGCCUUAGAUAUUGGCCUAUCGGUAUCCCUCUUUUUAGAGCAGGGGGAUGAUGACUCCCCCAAUUCAAGAAGUUGUUGGUUGCUGUCGGUUUCUGGUAGAGUGUAGUAGAAAGAUGGUUUUCAUGGGUAAUGCCCAGGGUGACGUCGAGAAAAUUCAGUUUUUGUCCACCAACUUCAUGCGUAAAUCUAAGAUUGAUGUUGUUCAUAUUAAGUUCAUCCACAAACUUAUUAAACAGAUCAUCAGGGCCUGUCCACACUAUAAGGACAUCAUCUAUAUAACGUUUCCAAAGGAUGACGUAUUCUGUAUAUUUAACAAAUUGAGAGUUAAAUACAGUGUUUUGUUCCCACCAUCCCAGGUGAAGGUUAGCAUAUGAGGGCGCACAAGUUGUCCCCAUAGCCGUACCCCUCACCUGGUGGUAGUAUUUACCCUCAAAAAGAAAAUAAUUGUGUGUCAAAAUAAAAUGGAGAAGUUUUAAGACAAAUGUGUUGUGUUCCUUUAGAGUGGGAUCCCUCAUCUGAAGGAAUUCUUUUACAUGUUUCAUCCCUACUGCAUGAGGGAUGGAACUGUAUAGACCUUCUACAUCCAAACUGUAUAGCUUUGCGUUGAUAGGUAUGAUCAUAUCUUUAAGGAUGUUAAGAGUUUGCUUAGUAUCUCUCAAGUAGGAAGGGAGAGAUUUAACUAGAUCCUGCAAAAUAAAUUCCACAUAGACACUACAAUUUUGUGUGAGGUUGUUAUUACCGGACACAAUAGGUCUCUCUGAUAGUGUGGCUUGUUGUUUAUGGAUCUUUGGUAAGGCAUAGAAGGUUGCUGUUGUCGGUUUAUUGUUAAACAGAAACCUAAAUUCAUCAUUUGUUAUUAGAUUAAGUUGGAGUCCUUCAUCUAGGAUGUUCUUCAGUUCCCUAAGGUACUUAGUUGUAGGGUCAGUACUUAAAAUAACAUAUGUAUUUUUGUCAUCAAGAAUUCGAUGUACCAUUUGGAUAUAGUCACAUCUAUUCAGAACAACCGUAUUACCCCCUUUAUCAGAGGGUUUGAUAACAAUAGAGUCAUUUUGUUUUAAAGCAUCUAAAGCUUUCCUCUCAGCGGGGCUCAAAUUAUUGUUAUGGUGGGUCUGAAGAGACAUGUUUUCAUCCAUAUUAUCAAUCUCUUUGCAGGUAAGUUCCACAAAGAGAUCGAUAUACUUUAAUUCCGAGAUAUGAGGGGUAAAUUUGCUUUUUAGUCUCAGAGUCGUAAAUGGUGCGCCUAAUUUGAUGGGGGGAUCAUUACUAUUCAGAAGAUCGACUAGAUUAUCCAAAAGGUCUAUAUCUUGGGUUUCUAGGCCCAGCCUAGUGGCUCGUUUUGUUUUUUGUAUACAGUGGAAUUUAUUUCACAACUGCUGUAUAUAUAUAUUUAUAUGUUCCGUUAAACAAUUUUUAGAAAUUACUCUUGAAAGAACUAUGUGAAUAAGUUUAAUGUAUCUUUUUCUUUCCGAGUCACCUUUGAAAUGGGUUAAUAUCGACAUGGGUCUCGGAACAAUAUUUAUAGACGAGAACAUUGUCAUGGAGUCCCCUGGGGAUUAUAAUUGAAGGAUAUUCAUUUGUUUGCCCGAUAUCUAUCAAGUACUUUCAUAGUACAUAGUGUAUUGGCCAUCCACACUAUCCUCUUCCACGAUAUUUUAUCGAAUGAAACCUGUCAUCCUUAGCAUUUCCACAUAUAUACUAUACAGUAUUACCACUUAGCUCAACGUAGCAUAUUAGAACUUUUAUAUUGCGUCUAAGUUGAAAAUGUAUAAGUGCUUGUGGCACAGGGGUUAUAUACCGGAAGAAUCUAGGAUGAUAACCGACCUUCUACCGGGACAUGGAGUAAUAAUAAUAUAAAAGAUAGCCGUCAGACUACUAAUAUAUUCUUCUUUUACCCUGAGAAGUUCGCUUGACUAACACUGUAAGGGUUAAAUUACUGAACCUAGCGGCACCUCAAUAAAAACCAGUAGCAGAAGCUUGGCCUCUGAUUGGUCCUUUUAAAAGGUUCAUUUGCAUAAUGAAUGCGUUUUAGUUUAUUUGCUUUUGGCGCCGUUUUCUUCGACCAUUGAUUGGUCCACGUUUCAAAUCAGUAGCAAGAGAUACAUAUAAAACAGUGAACCAGCCGUCAUUAAACUUUCAGCCCCUGACGAAGGUGCACGUUAGCGGCACCGAAACGCGCGUCGGGUUUUCUUCACUUUUUUCUCACUUCACAGGGCACACUGUCACAUGUGCAGGGACCAACAUUCUAAGUAUGGUCCUGCACAUUAGCACACACUAACUGUUUUUCUUUCUCCUCUAUUCCUCCUGUAUAUUCUUUCCUUGUACUAUUGGAGGAGUGAUUUCAAAGAUACCUGUUUUUAUCUAGUAUCACAGGCAGCCACGAUCAGUCCGUUGAAUUUUUGAUGCCAAUGUUGCUACUUUUAUUGUGUAUUUUCACGGACUGGAUAUUUUGUUUCUGUUGGGUAUCCACGCAAUGAAUGCAAUCCCAUAUACAGUUACAUAAAUGAUAAGCCUGUUGAAUAGUAUAUAACAGGGUACUUUCACCCCCCUCUAGUUACAGGAUUAACACAGUAUAACUUGGAUAAUGAGGCAGCAGCAUUACAUUUAACUUCUGCUGCAAGCUUGCCAUAUAUUUGAUACCAAUACUGUGUUAAUUUAGAAUUGAUGUCUAUGAUAUUCAUAUCUUUAUAUUUUUCCAGACAUUGACACUGAUUAUAAUAUUAAAGUCGGAAGUCUGAUUUGACAUUAACCAACUUAGACAUUAGGGAGGUACAGCUAUUGUUAGCUGGGGAGAUUUAUGUAUUGAUUGUUUUUUUACCUCUUUUUUGGUAAAUUCACAAACAUUUUUUAUUUUAUUUCAUUUUAUUAUUUUGAUAUUACUUACUCCAAUCUAAUUUCCAGUCAUUAUUUUACAUAUCUGGAGUGUUUCCUCCAGACUUGUAAUAUAAAUUUUCUUUUGAUGUUCUAGGAAUAGGGGUUAAGCCCCAUAUGACACUGCUGGAGUGUCAAUAAAGGUGUUUUAUCUAUGGAAUGGGUAAACUUAUCCUAUCCAUAGAUAUAUUUUGUUUUUUUAAUAUAUGUAAUCAUAUUUUUUUGAUUUACUAAGAUUUAUGCUCUGUUAUUCUUAUAUAUAAAGUAGUGUUUGAAGUGCUGCUUCUUAAUUAUGUGCUUCUAUAAUUAUAUAUGUGAAUACGUGAAUAACCCAGUACAUGUGUAACUGGGAGGCAUAUAUAUUCUUUUAAAUUCAUGUACAUUUUCUUAUGUUUAAUUACUCGCCAAGUUAACUAACUAAAUAAUAUUAUUAAAUGUGAUAUACUUUAAUCUGCUUUAAAUAUUUUAGAUUAAUCCUCCUCGAAGUGAAUAAUUUUGUGUAUACUUCCACCCUUGCCCCUAUUCUCUUCUCUAUUUCCUUCCUUUUCUUACCUUUCUUAAAUUUUUCCCCCUUUUUAUUAUCUUUUUUACAUGACUUUCUAGUGUACUAAAAUGUCUUCAUCACUCCAACAGUCUAAACAUAACAACCCCUUAUCUAUGUGUACGUUAUUUAUUAUGUGUAUUGCUGUGAAUACUAAUGCUUUUUCUAUAUGCUUAGCAUAAUCUUUCUAUAUCCUUAAUAGGUUCCCCUAUUUAAGUGGAUCCUGUGAAUCCCUUCCUACUUUAAUAUCUAUAAGCACUUCACAUACACUUAAAGACAUUCCUCAUUUUCCCCCACAUUCACUACACUACUGAAACACCCAUGUUGGCUGUUCUAAACAUAAAUUAUCUUGUAGCACUCCCAAAGCAGUUAAUCGCCUAACCAAAGUAUUUCCAUUUCAAAUCAGAUAAAUUUCAUAGGAUUUCAUCUUCGUAAAAAAAAAAAAUCUUAACCCCUAAUAAUUGCUUUUAAAAAUCCUGUGCUUUUCUUAUCAACUUUCUUCCAAAAGUCCCAAUUGCUACAGUUUUUCUUUUGCAUUAUUAAUGACAUCGAAGGUAUAGGUUUGAUUGUCUACUGUGAAAAUAAGCUUGGUAGGAAAUGCCCAUCUGUAGACAAUCUUGUUGUUUCUGCUUUAUUUGCCCCCUUUUUACCGUGCCAGCAAAUUUUUAACAUACUCUUUACACAAUCUUAGCACAGUCAAUGCACAGUCUCCCAAUGAACCAUUUUACCGUCUAUGCAGCGGUUCUCUAGUGUUUUCACUCCUUACUUCCUUUGCUCAUUUCUUUCGUCUCUGUCGUGAUUAUGUUCUUACUUUCCCAGUUUUUGUAUCAGAGCCGGGUUUGACCGAGUUCCUGAUCACCAAACUCUCCUUAUUGCGGCACCUUCCUUACUCCUCAUCACUCGGUAAUUUACUUCAGUUGUGCCGGUAAAUCUGUUUAUCCAGAAAGCAGCCAGAAAACAGCCAGGGAAAUAGUCAGCCUGCAGCUCGCAUAAACCUUGCGUCCUCUCCUCGCUCAGCACACCAACACGCCCUUACGUCCUGACUGCAUCCUUACGUCAUAUCAGGCAUUAUUGCAAUGACAAUUUUGAGUUGUUUAGAUUAUUAAAUAUCUGGAUUAAAAAUAAAAAAAAAUAGGAAGUAAGAGAGUUAAUUUUAUAAUAAUCGCAAACUAAUGAUUGUCAUCUUUUUCCUUUUUCUAUCUUUUAUUAUGAAAAAUGAAAUGCAGGAGUCUUUUUAAUUUGAAAGAUAAAGGAUAAAAGUGAGCAAUUAAACACUGACACUCCCCUUCUACCCUGACAAGAACAAAGCCUUCACACUUAUUCAAUCUCUAGCGUCAGUGACCGUAUUUCUCUGAACUGUGUCUGCUGUGGUAGCAGUCCAUUGACAAUUUAAGUUAUAUUAAUAAAUCAUGCAAUCUAAAUAUUUUACUAACAACACUAGGAGCUUAUUGAGUAUGAAUGAAGUUAGCAAGUUAGCACUUACAACGCACAGUGCAAAAAUAUUUCUGUAGAAAUUGUGUUUUAACAAAAUAAAUAGGCUUCAGUCUUAGUGAUGGAUAUGAUGGAAGUAGCCCACAAGAGCAGAUUCCUUCCAUAAAGUCAGGCGAGUAUAGGUUUUCAGAAAAAAAAGUAUGUUAAUAUAACUUCAGGUUCAUCCCACCAUGAAUUUCAUACUGACUUAAUAGAUCUCAUGGUCUUUGAAAAUAAUGUACUGUUUCUUUAAUGGUACCUACCAUUUUUUCAGUCUAGUUAUGGGGUUAGGAUGUGACAUUAAUUAUGGUGUGUUUGAUCUACUUAUUUCAAUAAAUUACAGAUAGGAAUGAUAUGAAUGAUAAUAUGUUGUGUAAACUAACACAACUUUAUGCUGCAAAACUGUAUAAAAAUAAGUUGGUGCUUGUGGGAUUUACUAUGGUAAUGUUCUUGUGAUUUUUCUUUUUCUUUAGUUGUUUGAUCAAUUGAUAUUUACUGUUUAGCCCCCUUUUAUUGCUACCUAAGUGUGUCUCCUCUGUAUAUCAAGGCUCAUUUUUUAUUUAAUUUAAAAUUACACUGCACACAGAACACAGUGCAUUGCACAGUGCUUGCAAAACACAUACUAGACUGAACACACUCAAAAAAUAAUGGAAAUUUUUUUUUGUUUUUGCAACAAAUACUUAAUACCAACGUGGAAUCGCUAAUUUACAAGUUUUUUUUUUUUUUUUUUUUUGUUAAGUGACAGUAGGUAGCAGUAGGACACAGCAAUUACUGUAACAACCAGUCUCACACUAGAAUGAAUAAAACAUGCUAUCUACCACUCAAAGUUUGUGUGGCACUAGUUAGGCAAGAGGACUUUUCUUUUUACUGAACAACACACUCUCCAAAAAAAGGAUUUUAUUUUGAUAAACAUGUCAUGCUGGUCUGUGUCCCUCAAUAGCUGUAGUCAAAAUGUCUGGAAGAAUCCAGCUUGGAAGUAUAGAUUGUUUUACUGAUUAUCCUUUUUUACCUCUUGUAAAGGAUCCUUGCAUUCGUGCAGCGAUGAUCCUUGCAGCUUCUCCCGAAAUCCAACUGAAACAAAGUGAUUAUAACUCCCAAUCCCCCAAACAUGAGUCGAGACUUCAUGAAGGGGUAAAACGAUCUAAUUUACUGUGGGCUACCCGCCCGGUAUUUAUGCAGGUCUUCCACCUGGUGGACACUCCCCUAAGGGACCAAGUGGAAGACUGGGACAAAAGUAACACAGUAGCCAAUCACAGUGGCUAUAGCAUAAGCACUCCCCUUUUACAUAAAUCACUCCCUCUUUUCCAUCCUGGAGAUAAUUAACUUAAGGUAGCAAAGAGAGCCUUAAUUAUCUCCAGGAAGAAAGAAGCAUGGCUUUUCUUAUUUAGCAAAACAGAAUAAAAAUAUAUAACUUUCUUUUUACACAACAUAACCUUUAAGUUCCACCUAUCCCCAGAUAGCUUGGAUCUGAGGGCAUAUUCUAGGCGAAUAGCGCUCAGAUCCCACGAACACAGUUCUCAGAAUCGUCGACCGAAGUUUGACUUUCACCGGCCGUUAGUGUGUUUGCAGCCGACUGCAAGUUCCAUACUAUAGCUAUCUGGGGUCGGCCACUUUCGCAUUUAUUGUUAUUUCCACGAAAUCCCGCUGUAAUUCUCCAAUUAACCAAACAGGCUUGUUCGUAUAGUCUGUAAAUAGGGGAUUUCGUUACACCUCUGUUGGUCAGUUGUCACUUGAUCUGUGAAUAAACUAUUUUCUUUCUGUCCCCUAACCAUCAAUAACCUUUCUUUUCUAUCUCUUGAUCAGACAGGAGAUAAAGCCCACAUGAUUGGGCAGACCUUAUGACCAACAUAAAUUAAAAAAGCCACUUUUACAUUCCAUCUCCAAAUCACAAAUCAUGUAUUGCAUGAUUCGGAAUUUCAGCCAAACAUUGGCCUGAAUUUGAACACAUUGCAGUUCAGAAUAAAAUACAUUUCCAAAUUGAGUAUUGAGUCAAUAAUUGAAAUAUUGGAGUUAAAAAGACAGAACACAUAGCUGAUUUUUCUGAUAUCGUUUUUUCUAAUAAACCUCACUAGAAAAUCUGCUUGGUGAGCAAAUAAAAAGGUGUGUUCACAUUCCAUGUAAACAGAAAACAAAUGCAAACAAAUAAAAAGCAAGCAAAAAAACAUUAUCUUACAUUUCCCUACUCAGCUAAAAUAUAUGCUAAUUUUCCUUCCUCUAGAGGAAUAUGCAAAACAUUGGUGUGGUCUUCUACGAGCGAUAGAUGAUGUAUUCACCCCGUGUCAUGCAGUAGUAGAUCCAGCUGUUUAUUAUAAGGUAACAUUUUAAUUUCUUCUCUUAAAGACACACUCCACUGGCCAUAUAAAUAUAAAAUGUAAUACCCCCAUGAAAAUGUGCCUGUUCAAUUAUGCAUUUUUUUUUUUUGUGGGUAUAUCUAAAACAUUUUUUUGAAAAGCUUUCAAAAGUUGAAGAUCUCUUGUUUGAAGCAAAUGCAAGCCCUCCUCUUUUACCCCACCCCAGACUUGCUAUCUCUAUCUGAUCACAGACUUCCCAAAGUAAGACAGUUGCCCACUACUGAGCUGUACAACAGGAAGUAACAGGACAGAUUGUCUGAUUGACAGCCGGGGGGAAUAGAGGGUGGGAGCGUAGCAUUUAUGAAAGUGCCAAGUUCUAUAGAGAUCUGCACUUUUUGUAAAAUGAAAAAAAGAAGACAAACUCUUCACACAUAAAUAACUUCAGCAUGCUAAAGUGUUUUAAGGGUCUGGAGUGUCCCUUCAAAUCUUAAUGUGUUCUCUCAGGGACAUUGUUAGACUUCAGAAGGUGGUCUGGGUGAAGUGAACAUGUCCCCUUAAACCUGCAAUAUUAAUAUUAAUUGCAGACAGCCACUAGAGGUGCACCCUGGUGUUUCACAGAGUUUUACUCUGUGAAAUGAUGCUGGGCGUCCUCACGCAUUGCAUGAGGAUGUCCAACAGCUUCAAAAAACUCCAUAGGAAAUCAUUGAUUCAAUGCUUUCCUAUGGGGAAGGCCUAAUGCGUGUAAACAUUAGGUUUUCAAAUUCAUGUGAUGUUGUCGGACGAGAAGCCUGAUCCUGUGUCAAGAGAAAUUGGCUCUGGAAUCAGAUAGUGAAGAAAGGGCUCUUAACCCUUUAUUUGCUACCAUGGUUGGUGAGGUGUGGGGACACUAUUGUGUUAGGACUGCUGUUUUAUAUUCCUAACACUAUAGUGUUCUUUUAAAUCCAAAGCAAAACUUGAUAACCCCUACACUAACAGAAAUGUGAGGAUCUGUUUUGACAAAUCAUUGCCUCUCUAUGCUAUGUCUAUCCCUUUCUAGACAUGAAAAGCAAGCGAUUCUCUCCAGGAUCUCAAUGAAUGCAAAGCCAGAAACAAGCACAUACUCCACAGCCAGGAACAAUGUGAUUCCGCUAUGCCACCUAAUUAUUAGAGUGGAAUAAAGCAAAUUUAUGUUUCCCAGCACCUCUCCUGUCAGGGACCAUCCAUUCUCCCCUAGUAGCCUUUAUUUUUUAUCAGAAGACUGCUUUGUGACUGAUAUAAAAUUUAAAAUAACAACAAACAUGCCAUCUCUACUACCUAUAUACAUCCAGUAUAAAAAAGUUCCUCAUCAUGGGCUUCAGCCCUCAUAGCUUCUCCCCACAGCAACAUUUAUGUGUUUUAUUAUAUACGCAUACAUGCAAUAAUGUAUAAUAUAUAAAAUAAUUGAGAGAGCAUAUGGGAGUUUAAAGUACAAAAUGAUCAUAAUGACUUGGACCUAAUGCAUGUAUGUCCAUGAUUCUUUUAGAACUGUUUGACUGAUGCUUGUUCCUGUGAGAACAGUGAAGCCUGUAUGUGUGCAGCACUCCAGUCUUACAACCGUGCCUGUUCUGUUAAAGGAAUUAUUCUAAAAGGUUGGCAGGCUAAAGCUUGUGGUAAGUACAUCAUAACACAUAUUAUGUUUACAGUUAUAGUUGUUAAAUAUAUACUAUUGUUCAGUCUUGUGUCCGUUUACUGAAAUGAAAAUAAAAGAACACUAACCUAAAUAACAGUAUAUAAUUUGCAAAGACCCAAUAUAGACAAGUUUAUUUUUAGACCUGUAACUGUUAGUGUCAUUAAAAAACAUCUUAAUAAUCUAAAAAUGAAAAACCAGUCCGGACCUGAUCAAAUCCCAGCAAUGCUGUUGAAGCUCAGUGCGCUGGCAAUUGCUAAACCCGUCUCAAAUCUAAUUAACGAAUCCUUGGUGUCUGGAUACAUACCCAAACUUUGGAAGACUGCGAGAGUAGUGCCUAUCCAUAAAAGUGGUGACACUACUUUGGUUUCUAACUAUCGCCCAAUAUCAUUGCUCCCGGUAUUGUCAAAAAUCUUAGAAAAAUGUGUCCAUAUGCAACUUUGUGAGUACUACCAACAAUUAAACUAUCUGACCCCUGAUCAAUCAGGCUUUCGCCAGAAUCACUCCACUACAAUUGCCAUCUUGAAAGUUUGCAAUGAGAUCCAAACUGGCAUGGAACAAGGAGCCCUAACUGGAGCUAUUUUCCUUGAUUUUGCUAAGGCCUUUGACACAGUAGACCACGACAUUCUACUGCACAAACUCAAAAACACAGGUAUUGGUGAUCGUUCGCUAACCUAUUUUUGAUUAUAUGUAUCGGAUCGCUCGCAAUAUGUGUCCAUUUCUGACAGCGACUCCCUCCCUCUUCCAGUCAAGUGUGGUGUUCCCCAGGAUUCCAUUCUCGGCCCCCUACUAUUUACAUUAUUUAUAAAUGAUCUGCCCAAUGUCUGCAAAUCCUCAAAUUUACACAUGUACGCAGAUGACACAGUAAUCUAUGCGAGCAAACUCAAUCUACCGCAACUUGAGGCUGUGCUCCAAGACCAGUUUACAGAGGUAGAAAAGUGGAUCGCAAAAAACAAACUCUUCCUGAACACUGACAAAACUGUCACAAUGAUCUUUGGAACAGUACACAAAUUACACAAUUCCCACCUAUCCAUCAAAACAAAUUCAAAUGGCACACUGACCGCAGUCCACUCUUUCAAAUACUUGGGUAUGAUAUUAGACCCCAAUCUAUCUUUUGGCCUGCACAUAGAAAAGCUUGCAUCUAAACUUUAUCCAAAACUAGGUGCCCUGUACAGAAACAAAUCCUGCCUAAGCAUUACAGUAAAGGAAAAGAUUGUACAGCAAAUGCUGUUGCCAAUCAUAACUCGUUCUGCCGAUUUGUGCUACAGGACCCACCACUGUGACAUGCUAAAAGAACUAAACUGGCUGUCGCUGGAAUCCAGACGCACCCUUCAUCUUUCCAGCCUCGUGUUUAAGAGCUUUUCUGGGAAACUCCCACCCUACCUGAACAAAAUUCUCUCCUAGGCUGUUCCCACUUCCGAUAAGCUCCGAUCCAGUACCAACACUUUACUUAGUCUAGCUCAAUACAAAAAAGAAAACGGCCCAAUCCUCCUUCUACAGAGCACCGCAAUUGUGGAACGACCUCCCGCACAAUUUAAAAUCUUCCCUAAGCCUAAAGUCCUUUAAGAGAUCCCUCUCUGCAUACCUCAAAACAGAAUGCACCUUCCAUGGUUGAUUAUAUAUUUCCUACCUGUUCUAUGAUAAAUUUUGUAUUUAUUGUGUAUUAAAGGACCACUAUAGUGCCCUGAGGGUGCCCCUCCCGCCGGGCUCUGGAGAGAGGAAGGGGCUAAAAUCUUACCUUUCUCCAGCGCCAGGCGGGGAGCUUUCCUCCUCCUCUCCUUCCUAGUGACGUCAUCGGCUGAAUGCGCAUGCGCGGCAGGAGCCACGCGCACAUUCAGCCAGUUCAUAGGAAAGCAUUCACAAUGCUUUCCUAUGGACGCUGGUGUCUUCUCACUGUGAUUUUCACAGUGAGAAGCACGCAAGCGCCUCUAGCGGCUGUCAAUGAGACAGCCACUAGAGGCUCUAGAGGCUGGAUUAACCCUCAGUGUAAACAUAUCAGUUUCUCUGAAACUGCUAUGUUUAUAAAAAAAAAAAAAAAAACAGGUUAAUCCUAGCUCGACCAGGCACCCAGACCACUUCAUUAGGUUAAGUGGUCUGGGUGCCUAUAGUGGUCCUUUAUUAUUGUUUUUGUAUUUUAUUGUACCCUAAUUGUAACAAUGCAAUGAUCUGUGGACCCAGGACAAACUUGAAAAUGAGAGAAAUCUCAAUGUAUCUUUCCUAGUAAAAUAUUUUAUAAAUAAAUAAUAUAUAUAUAUACAGGGAGUGCAGAAUUAUUAGGCAAGUUGUAUUUUUGAGGAUUCAUUUUAUUAUUGAACAACAACCAUGUUCUCAAUGAACCCAAAAAACUCAUUAAUAUCAAAGCUGAAUAUUUUUGGAAGUAGUUUUUAGUUUGUUUUUAGUUAUAGCUAUGUUAGGGGGAUAUCUGUGUGUGCAGGUGACUAUUACUGUGCAUAAUUAUUAGGCAACUUAACAAAAAACAAAUAUAUACCCAUUUCAAUUAUUUAUUAUUACCAGUGAAACCAAUAUAACAUCUCAACAUUCACAAAUAUACAUUUCUGACAUUCAAAAACAAAACAAAAAUAAAUCAGUGACCAAUAUAGCCACCUUUCUUUGCAAGGACACUCAAAAGCCUGCCAUCCAUGGAUUCUGUCAGUGUUUUGAUCUGUUCACCAUCAACAUUGCGUGCAGCAGCAACCACAGCCUCCCAGACACUGUUCAGAGAGGUGUACUGUUUUCCCUCCUUGUAAAUCUCACAUUUGAUGAUGGACCACAGGUUCUCAAUGGGGUUCAGAUCAGGUGAACAAGGAGGCCAUGUCAUUAGAUUUCCUUCUUUUAUACCCUUUCUUGCCAGCCACGCUGUGGAGUACUUGGACGCGUGUGAUGGAGCAUUGUCCUGCAUGAAAAUCAUGUUUUUCUUGAAGGAUGCAGACUUCUUCCUGUACCACUGCUUGAAGAAGGUGUCUUCCAGGAACUGGCAGUAGGACUGGGAGUUGAGCUUGACUCCAUCCUCAACCCGAAAAGGCCCCACAAGCUCAUCUUUGAUGAUACCAGCCCAAACCAGUACUCCACCUCCACCUUGCUGGCGUCUGAGUCGGACUGGAGCUCUCUGCCCUUUACCAAUCCAGCCACGGGCCCAUCCAUCUGGCCCAUCAAGACUCACUCUCAUUUCAUCAGUCCAUAAAACCUUAGAAAAAUCAGUCUUGAGAUAUUUCUUGGCCCAGUCUUGACGUUUCAGCUUGUGUGUCUUGUUCAGUGGUGGUCGUCUUUCAGCCUUUCUUACCUUGGUCAUGUCUCUGAGUAUUGCACACCUUGUGCUUUUGGGCACUCCAGUGAUGUUGCAGCUCUGAAAUAUGGCCAAACUGGUGGCAAGUGGCAUCGUGGCAGCUGCACGCUUGACUUUUCUCAGUUCAUGGGCAGUUAUUUUGCGCCUUGGUUUUUCCACACGCUUCUUGCGACCCUGUUGACUAUUUUGAAUGAAACGCUUGAUUGUUCGAUGAUCACGCUUCAGAAGCUUUGCAAUUUUAAGAGUGCUGCAUCCCUCUGCAAGAUAUCUCACUAUUUUUGACUUUUCUGAGCCUGUCAAGUCCUUCUUUUGACCCAUUUUGCCAAAGGAAAGGAAGUUGCCUAAUAAUUAUGCACACCUGAUAUAGGGUGUUGAUGUCAUUAGACCACACCCCUUCUCAUUACAGAGAUGCACAUCACCUAAUAUGCUUAAUUGGUAGUAGGCUUUCGAGCCUAUACAGCUUGGAGUAAGACAACAUGCAUAAAGAGGAUGAUGUGGUCAAAAUACUCAUUUGCCUAAUAAUUCUGCACUCCCUGUAUAUAUAUAUAUAUAUAUUUAAACAGUCAGUAAUAUAACAUUGCACAAGUGUCAAACAUAAAUAGUUAACUUGCAGAGGGCCAGAUAAUGGCUUCAAAUAUGCAACAUUUAAAAUAUAUUUGCUGUGACGGACCGCGUGGUACCAUGGUGGGCACCUCCGUCAAGUUGCUUCCUAGUUCUCCUCGUGGACACCCGUGGCACUUCAGCCUCUAGCUGCCACAGCUUGACUGUGGUGUAUCUAAAGUUUCCCACCCUGGAACAGGGUCCUCGGUAUAGCUUCAAGUGAUCACUCUCUCCUGCAGAGUGCAUAGCUUUAUAGCUGUCUCUCACAAACACUAGCUGAGACUUAGUGAAGGGUGAAGUAAAACUGGUUUUAUUGAGUGAACCACAGGUUUAUAUAGGAGCAAUAACAACAGGGGGUCAUCAUACAAAUAAUAGAAGUCACUCAUUGGAGUCUUGGUUUCUAGGACAGAAUUAGGUCAAGAAUCCAUAAUCGAAUUACCUGCCUGACACCAAGAUCCAUUGCACAAUAACUAUUUUAUAAUAAGCUAAUUACUUCCCUCCUUUUUACCUGUUAUACACACAGACUCGCAAAUACAAUUAUCUCCCAUAAUACAAGAAAACUCCUAAAACACAUAUAAUAAAAUACAGCAGAUGAAAAGGGUCUCUGGAACAAUGGGACAACACCUUUCUGGGAAAACAACAAGGAAAGGGUGGGGAGAAUAACUAACAAACAUUACACACCCUGUACCUAAAAUGGGCACUGAGUGACUAAAACAUAGGAGUAAUCUGAGGAUCUCCAUAAAGUGUAGGCGAGCAUCAGAGGUGGGAGUAAGGACAGAAGAUAGACGUAAGUCUUCAGCAUAUCGUAAGGGCCUAGACGGGACAUACUUAUAUAAGGGAGGAUAAGGGAGGCGUGUAUAAGGGAGGAUAGAUAGGUGGGAGCAGCAUUAUGUAGAGAUUUGAAAGGAAGAACCAGAAUUUUAAAUUGAGCUCUAUAUUUUAUAGGAAGCCAAUGUAGGGACUGACAGAAGGGUGAGCCAAUGGGAGGUGCGGGCGGAUAGGAAGAUGAGCCUCGUCGCCGCAUUCAUUAUGGACUGCAACUGCAAGUUGGGAGCACGUAAGACCACUGAGAAGCGGAUUACAGUAGUCAAGGCGAGAAAGGAUAGUGGAAUGGACCAACACCUUAGUCGCAUCUGGCGUUAAGUAGGGGUGGAUGCGCGCAAUGUUUUUGAGAUGGAAAUGACAGGAUUUGGUGAUAGAUUGAACAUGAGGCUUGAAGGAGAGGUUGGAGUCAAAGAGAACACCUAGGCAGCGAGCCUGCGUGGUGGAGCUGAUGGUAGCACCGUUGACUUGGAGGGAGACAGCCACAGGAGUAACAACACUUGAGGGAGGAAAGACCAGAAUUUCAGUUUUGGUCAAGUUUAGUUUAACCCCUUAAGGACCAAACUUCUGGAAUAAAAGGGAAUCAUGACAUGUCACACAUGUCAUGUGUCCUUAAGGGGGUAAGGAAGUGGGCAGCCAUCCAGUUAGAAAUAGCAGAGAGGCAGUCAGAGACACUAGUCAAGAGGGACAGGGAGAGAUCAGGAGAGGACAGGUAGAUUUGCGCGUCAUCUGCAUAGAAAUGAUAUUGGAAGCCAAAGGAGCUAAUGAGUUUACCAAGGGAGGCAAUAUAGAUGGAGAACAGUAGGGGACCAAGGACUGAACCUUGGGGGGCACCAACAGAAAGGAGUUGGGGAGAAGAAGCAGAGCCAGAGAAAGAAACAUUCGAAGAGCACUGGGAGAGGUAGGAGGAGCACCAGGAGAGAGCAAUAUCUUGUAGACCGAUAUUGCGGAGGAUGAGAAGAAGCUGUUGAUGAUCAACAAUGUCAAGAGCCGCAGACAGGUUAAGGAGAAUUAGGAUAGAGUAGUGACCACGAGAUUUUGCAGCGAGUAGAUCAUUGGAUACUUUGGUCAGUGUCGUUUCCACAGAAUGCUUAGCGCGGAAACCAGACUGAAGCAGGUCUAGCAGAGAAUUGGACUCGAGGAAGUCUGUCAAUUUCGCAUACACAAUUUUUUCAAGGAUCUUGGAUGCAAGAAAGGAUGAUAGUUAGAUGGGGAGUUAGGGUCAAGGGUCUUUAGAAUUGGGGUUACAGUUGCAUGUUUGAAGGGCAAUGGAAAUAUACCAGAGGAGAGAGAGAGAUUGAGAAUUUUAGUGAGAGGUGGAGAAAGAGAAGAAGACACAGUAUGGAUUAGAUGUGAGGGAAUUGGAUCUAGGGAGCAGGUGGUGGGGCGGGAGGACUGGAGCAGAGCCGAAACCUCUUCCAAUGUAGCGGGUGCGAAUGAACAUAGAACAGCAGAGGGAGUGAAGUUAGGGGAAGUAUUGUAAGGGGAAGAAGAAAGAUGAGAUAUCUCUUCUCUGAUUGUAGAGAUCUUGUCAGUGAAGUGAGUUGCAAAGUCUGAGGGGAUCAAGUUAGUAGGUGGAGGAGGAACAGCAGGGUGAAGAAGAGAGUUAAUUGUGUGAAACAGUCAUUUGGGUUCACGGGAGAGUGUGGUUAUGAGGGUAUUGAAGUAAUUAACUUUUGCAGAGGAAAGAGCCAAGCUGUAUGAGCUCAGCAUAAAUUCAUAGUAGAGAAAGUCAGAUGCACAGUGAGACUUUCUCCAACAGCGUUCAGCAGUUCUGGAGCAUUUUUGGAGGUAUCGAGUGAGCUUGGUGUGCCAGGGUUGUUAUUGUGGGGGCCUGCGGCAUUUAAAUGUACAAGGUGCCAUGAUGUCUAGUAGAGAGGAGAGGGUGGAAUUGUAGAAGGAGGUUGCAGAACUGGGACAAUGUAUAAAAGAUACCUAAAACUAUCUUGGGGAGAAUUUCAACAAUUAUAAAUUAUUUUGCCUUCAAAAGCAAUAUACCCCAGAGAUAUGUCAUUUCAAUUCAACUUCAUGUUAGCUUGCAAAAUAAUAGCCUAACUCAAUUCUCUCAUUUGGGAUGGGAAGACUCAAGUGUUUAGAAACAGACCACCCACUUUUGAACACCCACAAUAUAAGCUUAGAUAUAAAUGUUUUCAUAUAAAGAUGUUUAGCUACACUGUUUCAUGGCAAAUCAGUCCAACUAUGAAUAAACAUUGUCUGAAAUUUCUAACAUUAGUACAAUCUAGAAUGUACAAUGGAAAAUGCAUUUACUGAGAAGCUGAAAAAACAGAAAUCCCUCUUUCAAUGUCUUCAAUACUUACUGUGCUGUGUCUACCUUUUUUUGGAAUUCAGGCAACUAUAUCUUGAAGUGUCCAAAGAACUUAGUCUUCAGUUUUAAUAUAACCUCCUGCCUGCCAACAUGCCGCUCUCUCAGUGAACUUGACAUGUCUUGCAACGUACACUUUUCUCCACUGCCUGGUUGUACCUGUGAUGAAGGAAGUUACAUUGACGAUACUGGUAGAUGUGUUCCGGCCGCUGAGUGUCCAUGCUAUUUUAGAGGCAUUCCUAUUCCCUCUGGAGAAACAAUCCAUGAAAAUGGACUAACAUGGUAUGUAUUCCUUAGGUGUUUUAAAGUAAUUAAAUGUAAGGAGAAAUGUCCUAUGACAUGCAUGUGCAUAUCUUAGUGAGAGCUUAAUCUUCCAUAAUACAAAUCGCAUCCUAUUUUGAUCCUGCCCUUCAUAUUUUUAUGCAUACUCACAAUUUAUUUUCAACCGGUGAAGACAUUUCAUUUAUUUGAAUAUUAGCAUAUUUUCAUAGAUCCUAGACAUGGGUUCUUAACCUCUUAAUAAAAAUACAAAAGUGAGGAUCUACAUCAUUUUAGUAGGUCCUCAUUAGUAAGAACAGCAACAUCAUAAUCAUCAGACCCAUGGCAAUUGUCUACAAUACAUUGUUUAAUGUAACAGCAUUGCAUUCUUCAGUGUUGUGGAGACCUUUUUGGUACAUUAAAAAGUUUAAGGUGUUUUGGUAUUUUUUUUAUUAUUAUUCUUUAUUUAUAGAUUGUUUCCAGUACAAAUGUAAGAUUGAGUAGCAACAGUAUGGUCAUCCAACCAUAUAUUGUUGUAAAAUCCAUAUUUGUCAACAAACAACAAAGUACAAAUAUUAACAGCAAAUGUUAAUGUAGAAUAGGCAGCCAAGUUAUGCUUUGCAUAUAAAUUCAGUCCCUGACAUAAGCUAACAUAAAAUCGAGAACCCCUGGCCUACAGGCUUAAUGAUGGUAAAUACAACCUUCUGUUCUGUGGAUGAACAGCUUUAUGUAUUGAUAUAUAUUUUGUUAAUUCUAAUGUCAGUAGAUGUAUGUGGCUAUAUAUGUAUAUAUUGCUUCCUUCCUCCGUUAGAUCCUCACCCAGUCUCCACUUCUUCAAAAAAUCAUUAAAAACCCACUUCUUCAUAAAAGCGUAUCAAUUAAACUGUUAAUAGCUCCUAACUGAUUCCUCUCUUGCAACUUCCAGCGCUACAUAAUCUGAUGGCGCUAUCUAAAUAAUCAAAUAAUAACUGUCACUAGUCUAAUACUAUCCUUACCUUUUGUGUCACUUUACCCCACUCCCUCUAGCAUAUAAGCUCAUUGAGCAGGGCCUUCAACCCCUCUGUUCCUGUGUGUACAACUUGUCUGGUUACAACUACAUGUCCGUUCGUCCACCCAUUGUAAAGCACUGCAGAAUUUGAUGGCGCUAUAAAAAUAAUAACAUAAUAAUAAUAAUAAUAAUAAUAUGGUCAAAUACAUUACAGUCAUGUAAUUUUUCUAAUAUCAAGUUUGAAGGAAGAAAAUAAAUAGCUUAUUGUGUAACUAAUAGACACUGGAAGAGAAACCAUAACCAAGGUGGGACUAUUCCAGCCAUGGUAGACUUGAAGGUUCUCUUCUUUACAUUUUCUUUUCAUUUUUUGUUAAUUUCCUCUCAUACACAACUCCUUUUUCUUCCUUGUGCUAUGGAAAAGAAGGCACAAGCAUUAUUCCAAACCAAUGCUCUUAAAGAAAUAUGUUUGAACUUCCUUGUAGUGAUUUAAGUUUCUAAACCAAAGCUUGUUGUGGUUGUGAUUAUAGAUGUCAACAUGUUUCUAUGUAUGGGGAGUGGUGUAAGUGGGUGUCUCUGGCUUUAAAGGUUUUAGACAUAUCAGAAUAAGACAGCAGCGAUUUGUAUCCACAUGCUCUGGGAGAUCAUAAUUUCUCUAUAGGCAUGGCCUAAUCUGCAUUGCAUCAGUUAAAUCUGAUUUCUGUCUAACUAUGUCACAGAAGUACGGUAUCUUAUUCUAUUCUCUGUGAAUCAAUGAAGACUAUUGCUAUUAAGGAAGUGUCCAACAUUCCCUGUUGGGUGGAUUGCUAAACCUUGGCUGUAAACAACCUCCAUUGCCAGCAGGGUAUUGAAGUAAGGGGAAACUCCAUACACAUGUUUGUGAAAUUUGUAGUAAAUUUGUUAAAAAAAAAAAGUCAAAAGAAAUAGUCCCCUUAGUAUAUAACAGAAUGCUGUUAUCAAACCAGUGCAGAGAUUAGUUUUAGUCCCCAUCAUGCACUGCCUUUGUGUUGCCAACAGCCAUUCUCCCAAUAAGUGCAUGCUGAUUAUUUAUCCAGACUUUUUUUUAUCUUGCUUUGUCCUAACCAUGUAAUCUUUAGGAAUUACAUACCAUAAAGGUCUAGGAUUAUAUUCAGUCUACUUUUUUGCCUAAAACAAGCUUCUUGAUUUUCAGAUUUUAAAAUCUUUUAGUGAGGUGGCCACUAGACAAAAGCAAAAAUUUGAUUUAACUUAAUCAAUUUUUUCCAGAAAUGAAAUUUAAUUUGAGACCUUUGACACUUGUUCAGUUGAUUAUUUAGAUCAUCUGAAUAUCAUCCAUGAAAACUAUUUGAAAAAAUUUGGACAAACAAAAAAGGUUGCAAAAAUAAGCUAAUCUUGUCUUGUAAAAUUUAUACAUAAUAUAAAUAUUAAGUGGCUGUCCCCUAGCCAUUAAAAUAUUUUUUUCCCAUCAAUUAAUGUAUUUUUCUGGAACCAUGGGUUUAUCUCCAUAUACCGCUUCAAAUGAACAUGUUCUGUCAUCACGCUAGUAGUUUAGUCAGUUAUACAUUAAUAUGGCACUUUGGAAAAUCGCAAUUCGUCCAAACAGGUGAUCAGCCUGUUGGAAGUAUUUCAGUGUGACUAAAACCAAAUGCUCAAACCAUGUGGCUUAAACAUAAUGGUUGUCUAGUGGUCACCUCUUGUGAUGUUUUAUGGUAUGGUUUUAGUAAGACAGCUUUGCAAGGCAGUCUCUUUGUAUAGUUAUGCUCUUCAAGAAAACUCCACUAAGCCCGUCUUUUGAUGCUUUAUGUCCACCGAUAUUUCAGAAUACAUACUACACUUAAGAACAUUUGUGAACUGUCACCAUGAUAUCAAGUAAAAGAUAAAUGUAUCCAAACUGAUAAUUUACUUUUACUUGCACAUGUAUUCCAGAAGCAUAUUACAAAACCCUAUCCUUUUUUGGGUGCCAUUAUUUUAGUUACUUUUUACCUAGCCUUUUUAAAUAUUUUUUUCCUUCUAUCAUCAUUUCUCCUUUACUCAAUGAUAUAUGAUUAUGAAGACAUUAUACAAUGAGGAGGCAGAAUGGGAGAGAUACAUAGUUUUCCUGGGUGUUUGCAUUUUAUCUCUCCGGGUAGCAGACUUAAUUCCACAAGUAAGUACUUUCAUGGCCUUUCAUCUCACAAAAGAAAAAUGAUUUAUCGGUAACCCUAGAAACUUUGUAGAGAACCCAUUUAAACUUUUAAAAUUAUUAUUUUUUUCUUCAAAUACAGCAACUGUACUAUGGGGAAACUAUUCUGCAAUGCACCAAAAAGUUCAGGUAACAAAUGAUAAAACAAAACAGAAUAUCCAUAUUUUCCAUUAUUAUUUAUUAUAAAUUAUAUUGAAAUACGCAUUUAUCUAUUUUACUUAAUUUUACUUAUACCAAGAUCAGUAUACCUAUGCUAUAAUAAAAAUGUUCUUCAUGUCAUCCAACAUACUGGUUAGGAGCAUAUGGCUGUUUUGUUAUCCAACUUUAGCCCUUGCAAAAAUAUGCUUUAUUUAAGGACUUUUGUGUAAGACUGCAUGAAAAAGCCACACAUUGUGUCAUAUUUCCUACAUCUACUAAUUGUUAUGCUGCUGUGUUAUGAAUUUAUUAAGUAGGUCUGCAACGAUUAGUAGUAUAUUAUUGUGUGACUACAUUUCUGACCUGUUGUGUUAUAUGGUAUAAAGUGUUUGGUUUGUCAUUAAAACAAUAAAAUGUAUUUUUCCUCUAGCUUGUAUUGCUCCGAAGAUCUACAUACACUGUGAUGAUCAGAAUCCUGACACCAGGGGUUUAGAAUGCCUUAAAAGUUGCCACACUCUGGAUAUGCAAUGUGUAAGUUGUUAGUAAGUUGUGGUUCCUGAUCCAGGUUUGGACUCAUAGUCUCACUGUCAAGAGAGCAUCAUUACAGUUCUGACUCCAUCAAUAACAAGCUACUUUUAGUUAAAAUAAAAUUAAAUUAAAUAAAUAGAUAAAUAUACAACAACUUUUAUUUAAAGCCUGGGAUGAAUUGCUUGUAUAUACAUAUAUGAAACUUCAAGCAUUAUUAAAAGCAUCAUGAAAAUCUAUGUUCAUUGCAGAGAUGAUGAUGCCUGGUGGUCCCCUACUUAAUCAUCCACACAUUGAGUUAUAGCUGUGGAAAUAUGUGCUGUCAAAGGAGGAAGAUAUACUUCUUUUGCUGUCCAAAAUGUAUGCUAGGUGUGCCUAUACAAAAAACAAAAGACAAUUAAGUAAAUGAUUGGUACUGUGAUAUAAAUCCCAAAUCCAAAUCCAAAUUCCAGCUUUGUUUGUGGUGGAAAUCUGAUUUUUUUUUUUUGCUUCAGAUGCCGUUUCUCUAUCUACUCUUUUGCACUACUUUGCUGUUUUUCAUUAACAUUUUUUUUCAAAGUUUUUAUAAAUCUGAGUCAAUUCAGGUUCAUACAUUAUGAGCAUAAUCACUCAGUUCCCUAUCCACUGAAAUUUUGUAAGAUCACAUCAAGAUUGAUCUGACUAAGCUGAGUUAUGCUUAGACGUUAAUGAGAAAUCUGCAAUAGUAAUUUUUUUUUUAUAUUUUUAAUUAAUUUUAGCAGCUACAAUGAUUUUACAAUCUUUAGUAAAUUGAGCUGCACAUUUUUCCAAAUGGAAUACACGUAUUAGUUAGCAGUGAACAAAUUUAACUCCCAAUGGAUACCCAAAUUACAAUUUCAGGUCAGAUAUUCAGAGUUUAUUUAAGCAUCACCAACACUUGGGUUUUUUUUUUUUUUUUUUACAUAGUCAUCUUUAACACAGCUUUUUAUAUAUUCUUUUUAUGUUAACAAAGUUUUUUCUUCAAUGAUUAAUCCAUAACAUUGAAAAGAUUGGAAAAUUAGUCAAAUACAGUAAAUAGCUGAAAUAGCUAAAGAAAAUGUAGCAGGAAGUUGAAAAGAAAUUUCAAACAUGCCAAUCAUGAGUAAUGAUAAAUUAAUAUUCAGGUUGUAAAAACGUUGUAAAAAUAACCAAGUUUAACUCAUCCAACCUACUGAUUUUUUCAAUCUCAGCCCCUUUAGCCUUGAUAUUCCUGCUUGAUUGUUUAUUUAUCACAAUUUGAAUUAGUUUAGUGAAUAUACCCAAGGAGUGUGUACCAGCGUAAAAGAAAUCAAAGGCAAUAGAGAUAUUUUUAAUUCUUUACACUCUAGGUGUCAACUUUACUCCAUCCUAUAGAAGGUAAAAUCAGUUUAUUAAUAUAUACACACAUAUAAAUUUUAAUUCAAUAUUCAGACAAGCUUCACUGUAGAUAAGUGCAAAGUUAUCAGGAACCUACAUGCUAUUUACACUUUACACUUAAUGGAGCUAUGUAGGGGAUGACUAUUAAUAUGAAGGACAUUGGAAUAAUUAUAGACAGUAGACUAGGAAAAAAUGUGCAAUGCUAGUCAGCCGUUACAAAGUCUGGUAUACCACCUUAUUGCAUAAUAUUGGGUAUACAUUUAUGUGAUUCAGCUAUUAUUUCGCCCUUUUAUAAAACUAUGGUAAAACCCCAUCUUGAAAACACCUUUUUUAUUUUAUUUUUGAAGGUAAUAAGGAACUAGAAAAAGAGCUAAACAAUCAAUAUGAUAAUUAAAAAAUAGCAUAGCCCUAGCAACUAGCGGGCAAAUAAUUAAAACCCUUAGUGCUGCCAGUGUUAAUUAUGUGGCGAAUGUCCAGCUCUUCCUAGCCAGCCAUCACAUAAAAAAAAAAAUCCUGUGGGGGUCAAUAACACCUGCCAUCUGACAGGUAGGGGAAUAUCUGCAAAACAUUGAAACAGGGUCUGAGUGGGAGGGCUGGGGGGAGGGGGUAGGGCAUGGCAUCAUAGCGCUACUAUCUACUCUUAUUUCAAAUCACUGCCAUGGAAAGCUAGUUAUGGCACUUAGUUUGAACCAUUAAUACAAGUACAUUAAUGGUAUACAUAAAUGAGUAACUAAACCGUUCUGCUAUAAUUUGGACUCCAUUCUUGAAUUUUGUAGUACAAAACAAGAUGCAUUCCAGGCUGUGUAUGCCCUUCAGGACUAGUGUCAGAUGAUAAUGAUGGCUGUAUUAAAGAAAAACAGUGUCCUUGUAUGCACAAUGACAUCAUGUAUGAACCAGGAGAGGAGAUCAGAAUUCAGUGUAACACUUGGUAUGUAUCAGUUAUUCUAACUUUUCUUUUUUUAACUAAAAAAACUUUGCAACUAUUAUAAAUACUUUCUAUUUUCUUACAGCAUUUGCAAGGACAGAAUGUGGAAAUGUACUAAGAUGGCAUGUCUUGCAACAUGUACAGUGUAUGGAGAUGGACAUUACACCACUUUUGAUGGAAAACGUUACAACUUUAAUGGGGAUUGUCAGUAUACUCUAGCACAGGUAACUAUUACAUGCAUAGACUGACUUCUGAAUCCUCAAAUUUGGACCCAGUUAUUGGUUAUAUGAUCAGACACGUUCUGUCCAAAAAAAAAAAAAGCCUCUAGCAACUAGAACCAUCUCCAUCCUGGCUAUUAUCAGGUGUGACAUAUGAUGCUCCUGAAAGGGGCAUAUGAUUUGGAGUAUGUUCUGGGCUGUUCUAAGGAACUUUGCAUUCUUUAAUGUAGGGAAGUGCUGCUUCUAGGUGGAAUAAGAGAAAUGAUGCUAUUCUGAUGUGGCUAUUUUUUAAAGUGUAAAAGACCUUAGAUUGGGAUUGGGCAUGUAUACAGAUUAGUAACUAGAACACCUGGGCCCCGGUGCAAAAUUUUCCCUAUGUAACUACACGUUGUCAUUCUCCCCCCAGCCCCUCCAUGUGCCUCUCCAUCCCCUCCAUAUGUCUUUCCCCCAUCCCCUCCAUGUGUCUCUCCCGCAUCUCCUCAUUCCCUCCAUGUGUCUCUCUCACAUACCCCCAUGUGUUGCUCAAAUCCCCCCAUGUGUCUCUCCCACCUGCCCAUGUGUAUAUAAAAGGAAAAAACCCUUACCAAUUCUGGAGAAGCUCACUAAAAGACACAAAAAAGCAUCUUCAAAGUUUCUUUAGUUAAUUUUUAGCUUUGAAAAUACUUAAAAAUGUGGUGUGUCCACAAUACCCUCAUAUUAUAAAAGAGACCCAGAGAUUGGUUAAAUCCUAAAAAGUGAUAUAGAUAUUUCCUUUCUACUUACAUGGUUAUUUUUUUUUUUUCUUUUUUACAUGUUAAACAUAUUAAUAAAGUCAUCAUUAAUAUGUAAAUGGAUUUUCCUAAUUUAAACAGGAGAUAUAAAUGUAGAGGGAUAAUCCUUUUAAAUAAAUAUUUGAAAUGGUAUAGGAUUUUAAGUAACAAUUUUCUAUAUUCAACUUAACCACUAGGAUCACUGCUCUUUGAAUGACAAUGACACUUUUAGGAUAAUCACUGAAAACAUUCCAUGUGGAACCACAGGAGUAACUUGCUCUAAAGCUCUUAAAGUUUUUUUUGGGGUGAGUAGACUAUUUAUAUUUUGAAAUUAUGUGAAUUCUAAAAUUAAAUUCCAUCCAUCCAUUAAGCAUUUAGAAGAACAAAGCUAUAUUUUUUAAUUGUACUGAUAGCAUAUAUGAAUUUGAAUUUCAUAUAAAAUGUUAAUAUGUAUAUCUUAUCAAGUUUACAAGAGACGUAAUAAACAAAAGGCAUUCUCAGAGCUAUAUAUAAAUAAUGCAUCUCUAUGUAUACAUGUGAAUGCAGCAGCAUAUAAGGAAAAAUUAAAUGAUAUGGACAGGCUUGUAAAAAUGAUAUAGCUUAAAGUUUGCGAAUAAUUUUUCAAUAAUCCACAACUCCUGUCUCAUGAAUAAACUGUUAUGUGUUAUCAUAUUAUUUUCACAGAGUUAUGAACUUAUCCUCAGUGAUAAACAUCUCAAUGUGGUACAACGAGGCACUGGAACUAGUGUUCCCUAUCAGAUCCGUUUAAUGGGUAUCUAUUUGGUCUUAGAAACAAAAAAUGGAUUAUUACUGUUAUGGGACAAGCAGACAAGCAUCUUCAUCAAAGUUACAGACACAUUUAAGGUGAAAAUCCUAUUUUUUUAUAUUUUAUUUCUUGUGACUAAACAAAAAUAGUUUUCAGAGUAAAUAUUAUCCAAAAAAAGAAUGGUACUAGAAUUAAAUGGUUACUUUAAUCCUUUUGAGACAGGGGAAAUUCUGGGGAAUAUGCCCUAUUGAGCACUGUGGAGAAGGUCUUUUUAAAAAAGCCCAAUCUUUUCACUCUGCAGACUCUACUACUUAAAGCGGCACUGUCAUGCCAAACUUUCUCCCUCUGUCAGGAUCUGUUCUUCAUUUCUUCCUGUCUGCUCUAGUUUUCUUUAAAGCAUAAAACAAAGUAGGGACUACUUUGUCUUAUGGAGGUUUCCUAUACCUGACCAGCUAUGACCAGUGGAGGAGCAAAGUGUGCUUCAUUUCCGGUGGUCAGAACAAUUUUCCCACAAUUCUAACUUUUGAUCCGUGAUCUUACGAGGCUUCCUGUCAGUAUUCCCUCACGUCCUGUCACUUAGACAGAACGAAGGCGAAAUUGUCCUAAUACUCGAAUUAAUGAAACUCAUAUUCUAUUUGUGCCGCGGCUGCAUCUUGCAGCCGCUUAGUAGAUAGCUCCCUAAAUCUCACGGUAUCAGGGAACUAUCUACCAAAAAGCUGAAAGACCUAAAUAUUACUUAGUAUUAGUAAAUUCUGCCCCUACUCUCUAUAUCGUGAGUAGGGGCAUGUUUAGUAAACAGUGAACAGCCUGUGGCUGCUCACUGUUAAAAAAAAUUAAAAUAACCCCCUCCUCCCGUUCAAUAAAUGGCCCCAUGGUGGGGCAUCUCUUAACUACCCUUAACUACAUUGUAUCCCCCCCGAGCCCACACCAGUGCCACGCGAGUCGGGGCUAUUAAAGUAAAUGGGGGACAAACUUACCAUUUGAUGUUUUCUUUUUUCUAAAAUCUUCUUUUUGCAGCCCCAAAAAAGUCCAUAAUAACCGUCGGACUUUGAAAAUAAAAUAAAAAAACCUGAGUGCAAAAAAAAACAAUAUGAUGAAAAGAAAAAAUCCAGACGCUAAAGAAAGAAUCCAUCUUCACCCAUAGAGGGCACUGCACAGACUGAGCUCUGCAGGGCGGGGAACGUCUUAUAAAGCCUUCCUAAGUCCUGCAGUUAGGCUCAGAUUGCUCUGAUUUGUUGGUUUAAGCCAACCAAUCAGAGUGCUCUGACAGGUAAAUGAAGAGACUGACAGGUAAGAGUGCUCUGUGUCAUUUUACACAGCGUGGGAAAGUUCUUUGGAAUUUUCCCAUGCUGUGUAAUUUGACUCAUAACUCUCUUAUUGGUUGUUUGAUAGCAACCAAUCUGAAUGUUGUUAUGAGUUAUGCUCAGACCAUACCACAUUCUUUAUUUCCUGAUUUAAGUUGGAUAGCACCCAAGGUCUUGUCCAUUCUAUCUUAAUUUUACCUUUUAAGUUUAAAAUAUUGUCAAUUGUGCAUUGCUAUAAUAUGUAAUUUUAUAUCUACCUUUUAUAGUGUGGAAUUACAUCCUCUCCCUGUCUUUCCCUUUUUGCCUUUUGUGCCCUCAUUCCCUUUUAAUUUUGUAAUUCUUCAAUAAAACUUCAAGUAAAAAAAAAAAAAGAUUAAAUGUUGCAAGAAUGGUUAAAAGUAUAAUUGCGAGAAGUAAAAAACAUUGUAUUUCAACAGGGAAAACUUUGUGGACUAUGUGGAAACUAUGAUGGAAAUGCAAAUAAUGAUUUCACUACCAGGAGCAAUGCUGUGGUAGGAAACAUAGAAGAAUUUGGAAACAGCUGGAAGAUGACACAUCUCUGCCCAGAUGCAAAAAUUUAUAAGGAUCCAUGUUCCCUGAACCCAUACAGGCUUUCAUGGGCACAAAAACAAUGCAGCAUCAUAACUAGUGAAGUGUUUUCAGUCUGCCAUCCACAUGUAAGUGAUAUUUAUAACUAAUACAGCAAAAAUACAAACAUUCAGAGAAAAAAAUUCUAAGGAAUUAUCUAAUCCAGUGACUACCCUUUUUGAGUCUUUUCUGGACUCAGAUAUAAUGCUAUUGGCAUCUUAGUUCCUAGAUGUCUUGAAGGGACUCUAUAGUCACCAAAACACGUUUGGCUUAAGGAAGCAGUUUUGAUCUAGAGAUCAUGCCUUUUCAUUCUCAGUGCUAAAUUCUUUGCCAUUUAGGAAUUAAAUCAGUUUUGUAUCUGUUAUGCAGCCCUUGUCACACCUUCCCUGGCUGUGAUGGACACAGCCUGCAUAAAAACUAAAUGGUUUCAUUUUCAAUCAGAUGUAACUUACAUUAAAAGUUAUUAUCUCCUGCUCUGUAAAUUGAAAUUUGAUCACACACAGGAGGCUCCUUCAGGGUCUAGAAGGCUCUUAACACAGCAGGGGGUGAGAAGUUAUACAUUAAACUGAAUUUACAACACAGGAAGUGUAAUCCUUAGAUGAUUCUUUACAGGAAGUGUAUUGGGAGGCUGCAUAAGUUACAUGCAGGGAGAUGUGACUAGGGUGUAUAAACAAAGAGAUUUAACUCCUAAGUGGCACAGAAUUGAUCAGUGAGACUGCAGAGGCAUGAUCUAUACAAUAACAAAAAACUGCUUCAUUAAAUAAAAGUUGUUUUUGUGACUAUAGUGUCCCUUUAAGUUCAUUACACAGGUUAUUUACUCACAGUCUGUUUAACCCCAGGUUUCUUAUCCUCAGUUACUUAGAACAUUUUACUCAGUCACAGUACCAUUUCCACUACAUGUUUUUUUCUUGCAAUCUGACACAUUAGACUCUAUGUUGCUCUUUCUUAUGCUAUUGUUCUUUUUCUUCAUUUACUAUGUUUUCUCCUUCUCUUACUUUCUGCUUCAGUAAUUUUCAUUACUCUCUCCACCUGUCAUCCAUGCUCUCUUUCUCUAUAUAUCUUAUAGCCAUUUUCCAUGAGCAAUGGGUGAAAUCAACGGAAGAGAGAGAGAAAUGAGAAGCACAAAUAGAUUUGGAAAAUAUGUAGAGAGCACUAAAAAUGGGUAAGAAGCAACAAAAUAGGCGUUUUCGAUUUUCUUUUCCGAUUUUACUGGAUUAUUUCAUUAUUUAAUACCAAUUUAAAUGGAGGAAUUGCUAUUCAAUAAGCAAAGUAAACACUUACUCUGCGUACAGAGUCCAGGCCCCUACUUCUUUGCUUUCCUUACCUGUCUUUUGUGCUCUCCCCGUAUUUUUUAAAUCUAUAAAUCUUUGUGCUACUUAUUUAUCUCUUCUUAUUAAUACUGAUUUUAUCACAUUAUCAUUAUCCUCAAACUUUUCUUCCACACAUACUCCAGUCAUAUUCAAUUGCCCUUUCCAACAUUUGUUUCCUGACUUUCUUUUCAAUUACUUUCACCACAUUUCUUCUAUGUUCUCUUUAUACAUACUCCAUUUGUUAUUCUAUCUUCUUCUCAUACAAGGAACAAUAUAUGUUAUUUAUAGAGCUUGUAAACCGUCACCACAUAUUAUUGUGAGGUCAUGUGAUAUAUUUACAUACAUUGAGUUCAUAUACACUAAAUAUUAGUGUGUAUUUUAUUGCAUAUGAGCUCUGUAACACAUCCAUCAUAUCAUUCAUCCAAUCAUUCAUUGCAUUUCAGUUUUAUUACUGUAACGAGAAUAUACCCCAACACGCAGGAUUAAGCUAAACAAAAGACAACACAGAGGAGAGCUACGUCUACCGGACCUUAGAAUGGCCGGACUCGACGUAUAUGAGAGGAGACAGAGUCAGGAACAAUCCGAAAUCAAGGGCACAGAGAGACAGCGUAAACUAGGACAAGCCGGGGUCUGGUACACAGUAAACAACAAGCCGACAACCAGAACAGAUAAGGAUAAAGAGAAAACGUAGUCAGAAACAAAGCCAAGGUCAAUACGGAGAAACACAACUGAACACAACAAGCGCUAAAGGGAACUGAUACAGAAACCACGAUAGGGCAAGGAACAAAGGAAAGAAGGUGAGUAUAAAUACCUAAACAUCUAAUUUGAUUGGUCCCUGUCACAUCCACGCCCCCAAAAGGUAAGUGUAUGGGGAGUGUGGCAUGACAGGGACCAAUGGGAUGCCUUUUCCAAUUUAGGCACCCACUGUCCCUUUAAGAGCGCGCCCGAUACCCGCGGCGCGCUCUUAGAGUAGGUGGAACACGUGACCGCUACUAGUCACAGCGGUCGGCUGAGCCGCAGGCAGGACCGCGCGCGGCUCGAACAGAGGACCCCGGCCGGCCCCUGGAAAGGGUAAGUACCGCUACAUUACCCCCCCCUGAGGACACGCCCUCCGGGCGGGGAGGGCCAGGCCUGGCAGGAAAACGAGAAUGGAAAGAGCGCACAAGACGAGGAGCGUGAACCGCGUCAGCGGAAAUCCAACUAUGCUCCUCAGGCCCAUAGCCCUUCCAAUGCACUAGGUACUGAAGUCGGCCCCUAAGGAAACGAGAGUCAAGAACUGCAGAAACUUCAAAUUCCUCAUGACCCUCCACAGAAACAGGAGGGGGAGGAGGUGCAUGUCGGGUGUAGCGGUUGCGUACGAAAGGCUUUAACAACGAGGUGUGAAAGACAUUAGGAAUACGCAGAUUCUUAGGGAGACCCAAGGCAUACGAAACAGGAUUAACCUUAUGCAGAAUACGAUAAGGACCAAUAAAGCGGGGAGCCAAUUUCAUAGAAGGCACCCGGAGGCGAAUGUUUCGCGUAGAAAGCAGAACCCUGUCCCCCACAACAUAAGAAGGAGCCGCCCUGCGAUGCUUGUCAGCCUGCACCUUCUGGCGAGCAGCGGAAUCCACCAAAGAACGCUGAACCUGCUCCCAAGUAUUACGCAAAUUAGCCAAAUGUUCAUCCAGAACUGGCAUGCCCUGUGAGGAGAAAGCAGCCGGAAGAACCACAGGAUGUUGGCCAUAUACAACGUAAAAAGGACUCUUGCCGGAAGAAUCAUGAGUAGCGUUAUUCCGAGCAAACUCAGCCCAAGGAAGAAGGUCAGACCAAUUGUUCUGAUGGUGGGAUACGAAACAACGAAGGUACUGCUCCAGAGAUUGAUUGGCACGUUCGGCAGCUCCAUUAGACUGGGGGUGGUAAGCGGAAGAAAAUGAGAGAGAAAUACCCAUUUCCGAACAAAAGGCUUUCCAGAACCUGGAAAUAAAUUGGCUACCCCUAUCAGAUACAAUAGAUACGGGAAUGCCGUGUAAUCGAAACACCUCUCUGGCGAAAACAAGUGCUAGUUCCCUGGACGUGGGCAGCUUGUGAAGAGACACAAAGUGAGCCAUCUUGGAAAACCGAUCCACUAUCAUUAGGAUAACUGUGUUACCAUUCGAGGGAGGUAAUUCAACAAUAAAAUCCAUGGACAGGUUAGACCAAGGUCUCUCGGGAAUAGGUAACGGAUGCAACAGCCCACAAGGAACCCUACGAGAAGAUUUCAUACAGGCACAAGUAGUACAAGCACCUAUAUAGUCAGUGACAUCCUUGCGUAAGGAAUCCCACCAAAAAUACCGAGAAACUGCUGACACCGUUUUGGAAAUACCAGGAUGUCCAGCAGUCUUAGUGUCAUGAUACAACGACAGAAUCUCCCGUCUCUCGGGAACAUCAACGAAUAGUUUAUCAGUAGGUCUCUCGCUAGGUGCCAUGCUUUGUUUCGCUUGUAUGGCCUGCAAGAGGGACGAAGAAAUAGACAAAACAGUGGUAGCGAUUAUCCUUUCUGGGGGAAUCACAGGAGUAACAUCAAUCUCCUGUUUGUCAGCAGUUUCGAACUGUCUGGACAGAGCGUCUGCUUUAGUGUUGCGGUCACCUGGCCUAUAGGUGAUAAUGUAAUUGAAAUGGGACAAAAAUAGUGACCACCUAGCCUGCCGAGAAGACAGUCUUUUAGCCUCACUAAGGUAGGAUAAGUUCUUAUGAUCCGUAAAUAUGAGAAUAGGAUCUUUAGUUCCUUCUAACAAAUGUCUCCAUUCUUUCAGUGCUAAAAUAAUAGCAAGGAGUUCGCGAUUACCCACAUCAUAAUUCUUUUCUGCUUUGGACAUUUGUUUGGAGAAGAAGCCACAAGGAUGCAAUGGUUUUUCAGGCGACUCUCUUUGGGAUAAGACAGCACCUACCCCGAUAUCAGAAGCAUCAACUUCAAGAAUAUAGGGCAGUGUGGGGAUAGGGUGCUGUAAAAUAGGUGCAGAAGCGAAUGUGGUUUUAAGAAACUCAAAAGCCUGAAGUGCCUCGGGAGACCAGACACGAGUAUUGCCUCCCUUUCUUGUCAUACGGGUGAUAGGCGCUACAAUAGAGGAAAAACCUUUAAUAAAGCGUCUAUAAUAAUUAGAGAAACCAAGAAAACGCUGAAUGGCUUUCAAACCUUGUGGAAGAGGCCAUUCCAUGACAGCAGAAAGCUUCUGGGGAUCCAUACGAAAACCUUUAGCGGAAAUUAAAUACCCCAAAAACUGGACUUCGGAUUGGUCAAAUAGACAUUUUUCCAGUUUACAAUAAAGACCAUUAGCAAGAAGGGUCUUCAGAACUGUCGUAACAUGCCUGUGAUGAGUGUGUAAAUCUGUAGAGUAUAUUAAUAUGUCGUCUAAGUACACAAUUACAAAUGUGUGAAUAAAGUCUCUUAAAACGUCAUUGAUAAAUUCUUGAAAUACUGCUGGGGCAUUGCAUAGACCAAAUGGCAUAACAGUAUACUCGUAAUGGCCAGAUCUAGUGUUGAAUGCCGUUUUCCAUUCGUGGUCUUUCUUAAUACGUAUUAAAUUGUAUGCACCUCUAAGAUCCAAUUUAGUGAAUACAGUAGCAUGUUUGAGUCUGUCAAAUAAUUCUGUGAUCAAAGGUAUAGGAUAUGCAUUUUUGAUGGUGAUUUUAUUUAGACCUCUAUAAUCGAUACACGGUCUUAAAUCACCUUCUUUCUUUGAUACAAAGAAGAACCCCGCUCCAGCCGGAGAAGAGGAUCUCCUAAUAAACCCCUUUUCUAAUGAUUCCUUAAUAUACUCCUCCAUGACACGGUUUUCUUGAACAGAUAAAGGGUACACCCUGCCCUUUGGAGGUAUUGUGCCAGGCAAUAAAUCGAUAGCACAAUCGUAGGGUCUGUGAGGUGGUAAUUUGUCAGCCUCCCUUUUAUCGAAGACAGUUUUGAGAAAUAAGUACUGAGAGGGUAUAACAGUGGACAAAGGAGGAGUUGUAGGGACAUUAAUAGAAUUCAAAGGGGUGACUUCAAUAGUACAGGACUCAUGGCAGGCAUCGCUCCAUGAUUUUAUUUGCCCUGACUCCCAAUCGAAAAUGGGAUUGUGAGUACGUAACCAUGGGUACCCUAACACAAUGUGAGAAGAGGGAGAUGUGAUAACCUGGAAUUGAAUGGUUUCAAAGUGUAAAACCCCUGUAUACAUGUGUAAUGGUACAGUUUCAUGAGUAACAAUUGGAGAACUUAAUGGUCUACCAUCUAUGGCCUCAAUGGCCAAGGGUAUCUCCCUUUCUCUGACGGGAAUGUUAUUUUUCGUAACAAACUCAGAGUCAAUAAAGUUCUCAGCAGCCCCAGAAUCAACCAAGGCUAAUAUGCAUUCUGCUAUACAACUCACCCCCGUAUGAAGGGAAACAGGGAGAAGCAAACGAUUAGGAGGCAAUUUAGGAGACUUAGAGAUCACACCCAAGGCCAGUCCCCUAUAAGGUCUUAGGUGCAAGAGUUUUCCGGACGCAAAGGACAUUCCCUUACCAUAUGGUCUCGCCUACCACAGUAUAGGCAGAGUCCAUUCCUUCUUCUAAGUAGUUUUUCAGUAUCCGAGAGUUUGGCAACCCCUAAUUGCAUGGGUUCCUCCUCGGGUACUUUAACACUCUCAGGUUUAUCAACUCUAGGGUUAAUAGAUGUGACCAGACGUCUAUUCUUGUUUUUGGUAUAGAGCCUGUCGCGAAUUCUAUUAUCUAUAUCAAUGAGGUAGUCAAUAAGAUCCUCUAAUGGAAUAGGAAGCUCCCUUGCCGCUACCUCAUCUAAUAUAGUGUCAGAUAAACCUUCCAUGAACGCAGUAGUUAACCCAUUAUUGGUCCAAUCUACCUGUGAAGCAAGGGUACGAAACUGAAUAGCAUAAUCCGCCACAGACCUAGACCCCUGUUUAAUCCUCAUUAAUGCUCUUGCGGCAUUCUUUGACCUCUUUGUUGUGUCAAAAGUUCUACGAAAAGCCGCAAGAAAACUAUUGAAAUCAUGAACCAUAGGUCCAUUGGCCUCCCAAAUAGGAUUUGCCCACUCUAAGUGCUUUGUCAGUAAGUUGAUGCAUCAAAAACCCCACUUUAGACCUAUCAGUGGGAAAGGAAUGAGGAUACAUCUCAAGGUGGAAUUCUAUUUGAUUAAUAAAACCUCUGCAUGUCUUGGCUUCCCCUCCAUACCUAGGAGGAGGUGUUAAAUGGGGCGAAGCAUUGGUUGAAUUGGAUACUUCGGGAGGAUGAGGUGUAGGAGGGUUCGGUGCGGUUGCAGGAAUGGUUCUAGACAAGAGCGUCUGGAGAGCCUGUGCUAUCUGAUCCAUACGGUGAUCCUGCUCUACAAACCUUGCCUCGUGAGAAGCCAUUUGCUGAGCCAAAUCUGCGGGGUCCAUGGCCCUAUCGUAAUGUAACGAGAAUAUACCCCAACACGCAGGAUUCAGCUAAACAAAAGACAACACAGAGGAGAGAUACGUCUACCGGACCUUAGAAUGGCCGGACUCGACGUAUAUGAGAGGAGACAGAGUCAGGAACAAUCCGAAAUCAAGGGCACAGAGAGACAGCGUAAACUAGGACAAGCCGGGGUCUGGUACACAGUAAACAACAAGCCGACAACCAGAACAGAUAAGGAUAAAGAGAAAACGUAGUCAGAAACAAAGCCAAGGUCAAUACGGAGAAACACAACUGAACACAACAAGCGCUAAAGGGAACUGAUACAGAAACCACGAUAGGGCAAGGAACAAAGGAAAGAAGGUGAGUAUAAAUACCUAAACAUCUAAUUUGAUUGGUCCCUGUCACAUCCACGCCCCCAAAAGGUAAGUGUAUGGGGAGUGUGGCAUGACAGGGACCAAUGGGAUGCCUUUUCCAAUUUAGGCACCCACUGUCCCUUUAAGAGCGCGCCCGAUACCCGCGGCGCGCUCUUAGAGUAGGUAGAACACGUGACCGCUACUAGUUACAGCGGUCGGCUGAGCCGCGCGCGGCUCGUGCAGCAGCAGGACCGCGCGCGGCUCGAACAGAGGACCCCGGCCGGCCCCUGGAAAGGGUAAGUACCGCUACAAUUACUAUCUGGUUUUAUCGGAUAAGCAUACAUACAUUUUAAGUUUUUUGCUGUGCUUCAUGCCUUAUUCCUAGCUCACCAUACCCCCCUCCACAAAAUGUCCAUGCUCACUCCCUUUAAGUAUGUGUACUAAUGCCCAAAAAGGAAAACACAAAUACAUAUUAAUAAACACAUAUAAUAGAUACUUGAUUCGAAGUCCACAUAUACACAGAAGGAUACACACACAAAAAAAAUGCAUACUCCUAAACAGAUACAAAAAGAGACACACACCCAGAAAAAAAUAUAAUAAUAAAUAUAGUGACAUUCUGCCAAUCAUAAACAUUAAGCAGUGUCAAUGUAAAGCUUCUUCUUGUUCCUGUUGGACAAAUAGGUAUAUAUUCCAAAAACAACAGGUUUGCAACAACUCCAUCUGCAUGCAGCCAUUUGUAGCUUGGAGGUUACUUUACAGUUAAUAGCAUUUUGUAAGAAAAAAUUCAGAACAAUACAAAAGUCUACUAAGAUUAAUUUUGUUACAAACUGCAAUGUGUCCAAGUUUAUGGUGUUUGUCAACAUCCUGAUUUGCAAACCGCCGUAUAGACAAAUCACAAAGCAAAUUACUUGUGCAAUGGGCAAGCAUUUUUGUUUAAUUUCUGAUUCAGAGUUCUGCCGAUGGUGCCAAAACAAGAUAUGAUUGAUGAAAAAAAAAAAUCUCUCUCUCUCUUUCUCUAUGUAUAUAUAUUACAUAUACAUGAAAACAGCAAAGAAUGGGGUGGGAAAACCACUCACAACCAGUGGGUGGAAUGCCCAGCCCAUUCAAAAAAUACCUCCUAAUAUGAAAGGUCACAUGAAUAGGGUAAAUAACCUUUAUUUAAACAUAUUAAAAUACAUAUGUGAGUAAUAGAACUUAAAGUACCGGAUAGGCUCAAAAUCAAUAGAGAUAAUAAGGUGAGCGCUUGAACCUUUAAGAAACUAGAAAACCUAGUCCUAUAGAGUACUGCAGCUAGAUAUAUAAUUAAGGUGGAUAAAUAGAAAAAAUUUAUCUAAAUAUAUGCUGCUUAAACCACUUAAAAGAGACCUUGGAUAAUGAAAAAACAAAACAAAAGUAAUAAUAGUGACAGACUAUUAAUUAGAGGUAAAGGCAUGUAAAUUAUAAAGGAUGAGAAAUGUCCUAUAGAGAUGUCCUAUAGAGACCAGAAAAUAAUCCCCCUCCCAAAACCAAACACACCCCCCAUAUAGUCGCCCUAAACCUAAACUAUCAAACUAAAAGUUAGUAGUACAGCUCACUGCUGCUUCAUGGCAGCCUAUCCAAAUCCCUAAAUGGCUAAUAGAAAAGGAUCCCAGCUAUCUAUAACGCUAAUGAGGAGACCCGGUUACUAAGAAAAAGUAAAGUAGAAAAGCCAAUUCCAAAAAAAUUAAACAUCGGCUAGAAAAUAGUAAUCUCAAAGUAGAAAAUUUAAUUCAAAGAAAUUAGCAUUGGCUAGAAAAUAAUCUCGACGCGCGUGUCAAAGGGAGAGGAGCUUAACAUUGGCAUAAUAAAUGAAUACUAAUAUUGCAAAUAUGGCACAAGGCCAAUGAACUAUUCAAAUACAAUGUUGAUACAGUGUCAAAGAGUAACUAAUAAGAUGGUAAUAAUAAACUGUAGAUCUAACAAGCAGAGAGCAGAUUUAAAUUGCUUAAAGUAUAUAUUUGAAGUAUAGAUUUAGGUUGUCGAACGGACAAACUUUACCCAAGACCUAAAUAACUCCGUGGGAUCCUUGGGGAAUUGUAAGGCAAAUAUUAAUAUAGUAAAAAUAAAGAAGGGUAUAUUCAAAUGUUUGUAAAAAUAUGUAGUCAGUGUACCCAAUAUAAUAAACUAUAAAAAACAAACGAAACCCAAUAGGAUCUAUCAAAAUAAAAUAAACAAUACUGCAUCUGAAAGGAAUUACCAAUCUAAAAUAUUCCAAAAUAAUUCAAAAAACCUUGAAUAUGGGUCUUUUCAUUUGAUUGCAGAUAGUAUCCAAAACAAUGUAGAAAUAUCAUGUGGAGGUCCCGUAUUAUACUUACCAAGGUAAUAAACUAAUGAAAAUACCAUAUAAUGUGUACCAUAGAGAUCACAAACAAAUAAACAAAUUCACUAAAUAGUGAGACCUGUACAGAUCGCACUAGAAAGACAGGAAACCAAGAAAUUUGAUAAUUAUUGGAAAGGUACAAAGAUGCAUAUUGGUCUAUCAAAUAAAUGGAGAAAAAGAGAACCCUUCAUUGAGUCCUUUUGGGUUAAGGGUGUUCAAUUUAUAGAUCCACCUACAUUCUUUUUGGUGUAAGAUUUUAUCAAAAUCGCCCUGUCUUUGAUCACGCUUAACAAGUUCUAAACCACAGAACCGAAUGUCUUUAGAGGAACCACUAUGUUGUUCCUUUAGAUGUCUAGAAAUGGGAGUGUCAAAUCGAUUCUUAGGUGAUCUAAUGUGUUCUUUUCUAUGUUCUUUGAACAGGCAAAAGUUUUGCCCACAUACAUCAACUUACAGCUACAAGUGAGAAGGUACACUACCCCCACUGAGUUGCAGUUAAAGAAGUGAGCAAUCUGGAAAGUAUAAACACAAAAAGAAUUCAGCGCUAGUAAUCACAAAAUUAGUCAAGGUAGGCAGCAACCCAAAUGAAGGAAAACCCCUCGGGUCCUUCGGUGGAUAGAUACAAAAAGUUAUGGAAGGGCUGCGCCAAAUAAGGGUAGAUAGUCCAGUAAAGUAUUGCUAGGGUGCCAAUAGAUGGUCUAGGAUACUUGAUAGAGUUCCUCUGUGGAUGCGUAUUCAAGAGAGCUAUGGCCAGCUCUGGUGUGGAUUGCGUACAGCGGUAUAAUCCCCGCUUAUGGGAUAUCUAGGGAGGGGGUCUCCGUAUUUUUAAUCUGUCCAACAAAAUGUUAUCCGCCACCCAAAUAUCCGUCCUUAAUAAAGGUAUGAAAUUUGCAGCGACUAACCCUUUUAUAUCUUUCGAAGCCUUUUUAGACAUCAACAAAUUUGUUCACAAAGCUACCCUAAAGAGAUUUUCUAACGACAAAUUACCCACCACAACCAACUCUCCACCCCCCACGCCUAGUAUCAAUAACCCCAAUAACAUCAACACCCAUUUGAAAGAAAAAUCCAAAUUUUACCCUUCCUACUGCAAAUCUGCACCCCUCAUCAUGUUCGAAAAACUUGUGGUAAAAGACUUUGAAAAAAUUAAAUAUAACAAAUAUGACUCACACAACCUCACCCAUGCCGAGCGCAACACACUGAAACAACUACAAGAAGACAAAGAUAUUGUCAUAAAGCCGGCAGAUAAAGGAGGUGGGAUCGUUAUCCUAUCUAGUAAGAUGUACAUAGAUGAGGCACAUAGACAACUACAUGAUACAGAAACAUAUAACAAACUACCCUCUGACCCCACCCCUACCAUCCAAAUCACCCUAUCCACUUUUUUACAAAAAGGCUUGGAUUCUGGCAUCCUAACCAAAAACGAAUACAACUAUCUUAACAUCAAAUACCCUAAACUCCCUGUCAUAUACUUUUUACCAAAGAUACAUAAAAAUAUUAAUAACCCCCCUGGCAGACCCAUCGUGUCAGGGAUAAAUUCCCUACUCUGCAAUCUGUCAGAAUACAUUGACAUACUCCUCCAACCAUCCGUUAAAUUAAUGCGCUCUUACCUAAAAGACUCUAUGUCACUACUACGUUUUUUAGACAAAUUCAAAUGGCAAACUAAUUACAUUUUAGCUACUUGUGAUGUCCAAUCCCUAUACACGAUUAUACCCCACCAUAUAGGAUGCCAGGCAAUCAGAGAAAUUUUAACUAAAGAAAACAGAAUCCCCCCUGCCCAAAUAGAUUUUAUUUUAGAAGGUAUUAAUAUCAUUUUAACCAACAACUAUUUUUGUUUUUUUGACUCCUUUUACCUACAAAAACAAGGCACUGCGAUGGGUACAAGGUUCGCGCCAAGCUAUGCCAACCUCUUUAUGGCCGACUGGGAAUCCACGGCCAUAUGGGGAAGGCACGCUUGGUGUACGAACCUUGUAACAUAUUUUAGAUAUAUAGACGAUUUGUUUUUUAUCUGGGAUGGCACAGAAGCUCUUUUUAACUCUUUUAUCCACCACCUCAACAUGACAACCCAUGAAACAAGUAAGGAAUCUAUUAAUUUUUUAGACCUCAACAUCUUCAUUACAGACAAUACCAUCCACACCAAAACAUUUUUUAAAAAAGUCUGCGUCAACACAGCUAUCGAAAGAUCUAUCUGCCAUUACAAACCUUGGUUGGAAAGUGCCCCUCAAAGCCAAUUGCUUCAUCUCAGAAGGAAUUGCUCCCAAAUAGAAGAUUUUAACAAACAAUCAAAUUAUCUAAAAUAAAAAUUUAUUGAGAAAAAUUACUCACCAACCCGCCUCAACACCACUAUAAAUACCAUCACCAAAAAAGAUAGAGCAGACCUCCUAACUUACAAUACCCAACCCACCACCAACACCAUGCCACUUCCUGUUAUUUUCAAUUUUAAUAACAAAAGUGGCCAUGUCAAAAAAAUGAUCAAAAAACAUUGGCACCUCUUAAAAGAAGACAAAAUACUUAAAAAUAUUAUACCUGACAAGCCUAAUGUUGUCUUUAGAGGUGCCCCAAACUUCAAAUCCAUUUUAACCACCAAUUUUACAAAAGAAACCAAACCUACUUUUAAUUCUUUUAUGCCCAAUGCCAGUGGCUUUUAUAAAUGUAAAAGAUGCAUUGUAUGCAAAAACACAGACCCCUCCGACCCUUCCAAAACCACCAGUUUUAAAUCUAAUAUCACCAACAAAACCUAUAAAAUUUAAGAUUUUAUCAGUUGCGAUACCAAAAAUGUCAUCUACUUGUUGGAGUGCCCUUGUGGUCUCCAGUAUGUAGGGAUGACCACAAGAAGUCUUAAAGUGAGACUGAGUGAACACUGUAGAAAUAUCAAAAAAGGCUACCUGAAUCACUCAGUCUCCAAACACUUUUGUACACAUAACAACGACACAAGACACCUUAAAUGCAUUGGCAUAACAAAAUGUAUAAUACCAUGGAGAGGUGGUAACAUUAAGAACAUAUUAGGUAAAGCUGAGAUGGAAUGGGUUUUUAAUCUCAAAACUCUUACCCCAUCUGGUUUAAAUGUUGAUUUUGACCUGUUAAAUUUUAUUUAAAUUCCUAUUUAAAACCCUUAUCUACAUGCUUUUAUUCUUUAUGUCUGGACCUAACCAACCCUCAUAAUAAUAAUCUUUUAAGUUUUAACUUUUCAUCUAUGCCUUUCCAUUUAUGUAUCUUGUAUUCUGUGUUAUCUUUUAUUUAAUUUUAUUUAAUGUUAUUUUUAUUUUAUCUAUUAUUUUCAUUUAACAUCUGUAAUAUAUUAUUACUCUGGGGUAUAAUAUAACCCCUAUUUAAAUCAUUAUGUUAUGCAUACUUCAUUUACAUAUAUCUCUGUAUCUCUGUACCUUUAAACCAUCUACUUAUUUGUUUUAUUUUUUUUUUAAUGAACUUUAAUCAAACACCUUUUUUUUUUUAACUUUAAUCAAACUUUUUUUUUAUCUUUAAUCAAACAACUUUUUUUUUUUAACUUUAAUCAAACUUUUUUUUUUUAAUGAACUUUAAUCUAACAACUUUUUUUUUCUCUCUUUCUCUUUAAAAAAUAACUUUCUCACCCUCGUUUUCACAUUUAAAUAAUUUAAAUGGAUCAUCACCUUUAUAACAUCACUCCCAUACUCUUGAAUCCUAAUUUUGAAAAGUGAUUUUAAAAAUUGUCUCUGAUUGGCCAAUUACACUUUUGGCGCAAUUUUCAAAUUAACAUAGCCCUAUUUAAACAACCCCUGCGAGGUUACUACUUUUAUCCCAUUCUGAAGAAGCCACUUAUGGUGAAACGCGUUUAUGGUUAUUAAUUCUGUAUUUUACUGUGUAUUUUAGAUCAAUAAAAGUUUUUUUGGCUACUUUAUUGUACCAAUCCUCUUUUUAUUGCACUCUUUAUGCACUUUAAACAACUUUUUUUACCUAUUCCUGGCAUUUUAACCUUUCCUGGUUACUUUUACUUCCACUGGCAAUUUUAAAGUUCCAGUACGCCAAGAAAUCCUAGGUGGGGAUCAUACCACCGACGCCUAUCCAUAGAGUAGUACCUCUGCUCUAUCUUUGUGAGUAUUAUUUUAUUUUCUCUACUACUCUCUUAACCUAUCACAAUUGAGAGCACUAUUGCUGCUUUUUAUUCUUCUAUAUUGGAGCCUUGGAUCACCAGACGGUGCUGACGGACGUAUCGCCGCUACAUAUCCUAUAAGCGGGGAUUAUACCGCUGUACGCUAUCCACACCAGAGCUGGCCAUAGCUCCCUCAAAUGUGAGUUUUUUACCUCUUAUUAUCUGCACAUUGAACCACAUCAAAAUUGAGAGCACUAUUGUUGCUUUCUGUCUUUCUUUUCCGAGUUCUGGACUACCAGACGGUGUUGACGGAGACCCCCUCCCUACAUAUCCCAUAAGCGGGGAUUAUACCGCUGUACGCAAUCCACACCAGAGCUGGCCAUAGCUCUCUUGAAUACGCAUCCACAGAGGAACUCUAUCAAGUAUCCUAGACCAUCUAUUGGCACCCUAGCAAUACUUUACUGGACUAUCUACCCUUAUUUGGCGCAGCCCUUCCAUAUCUUUUUGAAUCUGGAAAGUAUGUUUACCUUCACUGUCCGUCACCUCCUUAGAAUCUCUAAGGAUGUAUCUGCAGGCUACACAUCUACCACAGCCAAAUGAACCAACGGGAAUCCUUCGUCCCAGCCAUGUGGUAUUAGAGAGUUGUAAAGUGGCUGGGUACAAGGAUAUCACGGAGGUUCUUACCCCUCCAGUUGUAAUAGAGACUUGUGGACCCAAAAUCUCUUUCAGAUGGAUAUCUUUAAGUAGAAUAGGCCAAAACUUCUGCAUAGAGCUUUUAACCUCAUCCCAACCGGUAUCAGAUGUACCAAUCAUCCUGAUGGUUUCAAUCGGUAGCGUUAAUUGGUGCUGGGGAAUCUGACAAGAGGUCAGCUCUAUUAUAGGCUCUCUUGAGACAUCUAUUAGGAUAACCCUUCUCUUUAAAUUGUUGUCUCAGGAUCUUGGCUUUCAUUUGAAAAUCCGCCAGAUCUGUACAGUUGCGUCGUAGUCUAAGGUAUUGCCCAGUAGGGAUACCCUGUUUUAAAGAUCUUGGAUGGCAACUGUUCCAUUUGAGAAGGGAAUUAGAUGCAGAGGGUUUCCUAAAUAGGGUAGUAACCAGAGACCCAUCUUUGAUUGAAAUCGUAAGGUCUAAAAAGUUCAGGGAAGAGCCUCCAAAUUCCGCCGUGAAUUUAAGAUUGUCCUCUUUCGUGUUGAGGAGAGACACAAAAUCAUCAAACUCACUGUUAUUGCCCUGCCACACUAUAAUGACAUAAUUUAUAUAUCUGUACCAGAAGAUGAUCUUGGACAGAAGUGGUGAUAGAAUCGUGGAUGUCUUAAUCUGUUCCUCCCACCACCCUAAAUGGAGGUUAGCAUAAGAGGGCGCACAUGCCGUAACCAUUGCUGUACCUCGUAUCUGUUUGGUAGUACCUGUUAUGGAACAGAAAGUAAUUGUGGGACAGGAUAAAGUUCAGUAGCUUGAGAGUGAAUGUUGUAUGUGUGAUAGAUAGGAUAUUUUGGGAUACUGCUAGUAUACCUAUAAUAGAGAACAAAACAUAGUGCAAAUAUUGCUAAAUGUUAUAAAACUUCCAAUGAUUGAAAUGCACUCACAUAUUCCAAAAAAGAUAAGCGUAUUAUGGGUGCCUCCCCUCGAGGUGGUUAAAAGCGUUGAACGGACCCGGCUUUACAUUUCGGCAAAGCAGCUACACCUGGGGAAAGAAAAUUUUGACGAACCAGAAUUGGAAGACAAGAAGACACCCACUAUUCCACCAAUGACUUGAAGGGAUUAGCCCUAUAUAAGACUGUUUGAUUGUUAGCGUUUUUAGGAUGCAGUUUACUCUGUACAUUUGUUAAUUGAUAUUUGAUAUUUUAUUUGAAAUAGAUGGUCCCUGAGGAAGUCCUUUCUGUAUAAGGACGAAACGCGUAGGACCAAUAUCUCACUUUUAUAUUGCUUUUAUGUUUUAUCUGUACACCUUCUUAAUUUUGUAAGUGAAUAAAUCGCCUUGAAGUAUUCCUGUGGUUGCUGUUUUGUGGAUCGUUUUGGCUGACUUGGAUACUCCAUUGGCUAUCACUUGAGGAGGAGAAAUUAAUAGGAGUCAACCCCCCUAUUUCCAUCGAGGGGAGGCACCCAUAAUACGCUUAUCUUUUUUGGAAUAUGUGAGUGCAUUUCAAUCAUUGGAAGUUUUAUAACAUUUAGCAAUAUUUGCACUAUGUUUUGUUCUCUAUUAUAGGUAUACUAGCAGUAUCCCAAAAUAUCCUAUCUAUCACACAGUUCUGCUAUAUGGUUAUCAGCUGGGAGAUAACCUUGGGAAGCAGUGUACCUAUCAGCUAAGUUUUCAUUUUGUUGUUUUUUGUGUGUUUUUCACACUUUUUUCACGGGUGUCCGUGUUUUCUAUUUGAAUGUUGUAUGUGCCUGAUGUUCUGGACCCCUUUUAUCAAGGAAAUAUUUAACAUGUUCAAUACCCCUCUGAUGUGGAAUAGAGGAAUACAGGGCCUCAACAUCAAGGCUACAUAAAUUAGCCGUUGGUUCAAAAUGGAGACUAGAGAGGAGAGAGAGUGCCUGCGUAGUGUCUCUAAUAUAGGAAGGUAAGCUUUCAACAAAUGGUCUAAGAAUCUGAUCAAUAUAGAGACUACCAUUUUGAGUUAAAUUAUCAACCCCAGACACUAUUGGUCGCCCUGGUGGGUCUUCCAUGUUCUUAUGGCUUUUCGGCAGGCAGUAGAAGGUUGCUAUCCUUGGAUGGCGAUUGAGAAUAAAGUAAUAUUCCUCAUCUGAAAGCAACCCUCCACUGCGGCCUUCAUCCAAAAUAGACUUAUAUCCUUCUAAAAAAGAGAUAGUUGGGUCAGAAUGGAGAAUGGCAUAGAUAUCAACAUUCUCCAAGACGUUCAACACCAUUCUCUCAUACUUAGAUAUAUCCAUAACAACGACAUUCCCUCCUUUAUCCGCCUGUUUGAUAAUCACAUUGUUGUUAUCUCUCAGUGAUUUUAAAGCAGUAUGUUCGCUUUUAGAUAGAUUAUCAUUAGGGAAGGAGGGAAAUUUAGAACAGUCAAUACCGUCAAUCUCACUUUUUACAGCCUCGAUAAAAAGAUCAUUAUUCCUAAAGGGUGCAAAAUUAGGAGUAAAGCGGCUUUUAGAUUUCAAAUUAGUAUAAGUAGUCGAUAGUUGAACAUCGUUGUCAUCAAGAAGAGAGACCAAAUUAUUCAGUCAAUCUAUGUCCGUACUGGAAAGGCCCAAAGAGCGUGCUUUCUUUUCUUUGUUUAUCUCAUGAAAUUUAAACAGGGCCAAUUUAUGUACAAACAGGUGUAAGUCCUUUAUCCAUGUGAAUCUAUCAAAUGCUGGAGUUGGCACGAAAGAAAGCCCCCUCUCCAAAAUGUCACAAUGAGAUUUAUCCAAUUGAAAAGAAGAUAAAUUAAUCACCUGUAAUUUUGGGACAUACACAUGUUGCACUCCCGGACUAGACUUUAUUAGCGUCUCUUCCUCCCCCCUCCUCUCCUCCCUCCCUUUCCCUGAUUCCUGGAUUGGUAGCGUGUUUGAUAAUUCGGGAAGGUCUCCUGGUGGUCCAUCUCUAAAAAAUCAACUCCUUUUUACAGGAUGCCACGUGGGUUGCUGGUACUGGGUAGGGGUAGAGGUGGGAGUUGUGAACUUAGAGGUGUAGUACUAGAAUCAGUACCUGAGUAUAAUCAAAUGUCAUAUAGUUCUCAGAAUUCUGUCUAACACAACGAGUUGGAAAAUUAUAGAUGUUACCUGAUUGGUAGUCCCUAGAAUCUCUAAUAAAUUUCUGAUGUUUCCGAAAUUUAAUUGAAUCCUGAUAGCGAUCAAGGUUCAAUUUAAACUUAUUUUCAAGAGAAGAAAAACUAGGUUCACCUUUAAAGAUGUUAAGUUUCUCAAUUUCUUCACUUAAUUUUAAAUUAGUGUUAUCCAAUUUUGCUCUUUCAAAGGUGCAGAUGAUCUCCAUAAAUCUUUUUGAACAUGUACUUGCAGACAAUUCCCACUCUUUCAUAAAGUCGGGAUUGUCUGUAUAGGCUGUGGGAGUGUUUCUUACUCUAAAUCCUCUUGGUAUCAUAUCCUUUUUAAUAUCAUUCUCUAAAGAGGACACUUCCCAACAGGUCCUAAUCUGUUGUUUAUUAAGUUUGGUUACUAAAUUAAAGGAUUGAUUAAUGUUGGGAAAGGUAGAAUUAUUCUCCAAAUUAUCAUUUGAAAAGACAUUCUCAGCAUCUUUGCACCAUGUGUUAAAGACCUGUCUGUUAGCUAGAAAGCUGGCCAUAUCAAUUACUGUGAUCAGUAACCUGGGUAUUAAAACCUUAAAGUAUCAAAAAACCCAAAAGGAUUCAGUGAAGGGUUCUAUUUUUCUCUAUUUAUUUGAUAGACCAAUAUGCAUCUUUGUACCUUUCCGAUAAUUAUCAAAUUUCUUGGUUUCCUGUCUUUCUAGUACGAUCUGUACAGGUCUCACUAUUUAGUGAAUUUGUUUAUUUGUUUGUGAUCUCUAUGGUACACAUUAUAUGGUAUUUUUAUUAGUUUAUUACCUUGGUAAGUAUAAUGCGGGACCUCCACGUGAUAUUUCUACAUUGUUUUGGAUACUAUCUGCAUUCAAAUGAAAAGACCCAUAUUCAAGGUUUUUUGAAUUAUUUUGGAAUAUUUUAGAUUGGUAAUUCCUUUCAGAUGCAGUAUUGUUUAUUUUAAUUUGAUAGAUCCUAUCGGGUUUCGUUUGUUUUUUAUAGUUUAUUAUAUUGGGUACACUGACUACAUGUUUUUACAAACAUUUGAAUAUACCCUUCUAGUGAUGUCGUGAACGCGAACUUCUGCAAAUGUUCGCGAACCGGCGAACCGGGCGAACCGCCAUAGACUUCAAUGGGCAGGCGAAUUUCAAAACACACAGGGACUCUUUCUGUCCACAAUAGUGAUGGAAAAGUUGUUUCAGGGGGAUUAACACCUGGACUGUGGCAUGCCGGAUGGGAAUCCAUGGCAAAACUCCCAUGGAAAAUUACACAGUUGAUGCAGAGUCUGGUCUUAAUCUGUAAAGGGCAUAAAUCACCUAACAUUCCUAAAUCACAAUGGAUAUGGAUUGACACCUGACAUAUGACAUAUUGACACCUUGACAUAUGGAUUCACACCUGUCCUCAGAGACCCUGAUACACACUGACACAGAGCAGAAUAGGGACUGUUCCCCCUACAUAGGGUAAAUUGGCAGAUAUGGAUUGACACCUAUCCUAAGGAUCCCUGAUACACACUGACACAGAGCAGAAUAGGGACUGUUCCCCCUACAUAGGGUCACUUGGCAGAUAUGGAUUGACACCUAUCCUCAGGAUACCUGAUACACACUGACACAGAGCAGAAUAGGGACUGUUCCCCCCACAUAGGGUGACUUGGCAGAUAUGGAUUGACACCUAUCCUAAGGAUCCCUGAUAAACACUGACACAGAGCAGAAUAGGGACUGUUCCCUCUACAUAGGGUGACUUGGCAGAUAUGGAUUGACACCUAUCCUAAGGAUCCCUGAUACACACUGACACAGAGCAGAAUAGGGACUGUUCCCCCUACAUAGGGUCACUUGGCAGAUAUGGAUUGACAUCUAUCCUAAGGAUCCCUGAUAAACACUGACACAGAGCAGAAUAGGGACUGUUCCCCCUACAUAGGGUCACUUAGCAGAUAUGGAUUGACACCUAUCCUCAGGAUCCCUGAUACACACUGACACAGAGCAGAAUAGGGAAUAUUCACUAAAUGCCAAACAUUGUUAUACAGGGGAAUAUCCAGUAAAUAAGGAUAAGGGGAGACCUACUGUCCUCCCCCCCGGCCCCCACCCCUGCACGGUGGGUGGGGGCCAUAAAUCUGAAUGGGGGGGACCUACUGACCUCCUGCUUGCCCCCACCCGUGAGCGGUGGGUGGGGGCCAUAAAAAUAAUGAGGGGAGGACCUACUGUAUGAUGUUGUAUCGAUCAGGUAGUGUAAGGGUUACGCCUGCUUCACAGUGACCGACCAAACUCCCCGUUUAACGCACCGCAAACAACCACAAACAGUCCAUUUGCACAACCGCAAACUCCCCAUUUGCACAAGGUUGGAUACCAAGCUAGCCAUGUCCCGUUCCUUGUCCUCACUGAUGUCAUUGAAGGUCUCUUCCUCCACCCAGCCACGUACAGCACCAAGGGUCCCCGAAAGGUGACAACAAGCCCCCUGGGACGCCUGCUGUGUUUGGUCUUCCACCUCCUCAAAGCCACCUUCCUCCUCUGACUCCUCUUCUUCAGACUCCUCUCUCUGCAUUGCCUCUCUCUGCGUUAUUAUAAGGUGUGUUAAGUAGUAUUAUUCCUAUCAGUUUAAUCCCUGUUAUGUUCCCUAUCAGGGGACGUGUAUAUGGCAUCGAUUUUAGGAACCGGGAGAUGGAAAAAGAUGCUUGGUCGGUCCUCCUACUUCAAAUUUGGGGCACUGCGUGUGCAAUCUAAUGUGCCACAAGAUAGGAGUGGUGUGUUAAGUAGUACUAUUCUUAUCAGUUUAAUCCCUGUUACGUCCCCUAUCCGUUGAUGUGGAGCAAGACGCAGCAGCAGAAGAGGACUCAGCCGAGGAGGUUAUGGAAGAGGAUGGAGUAGGAGGAGUAGAGGAGGUGGCAACAGGCCUGCCUGCAAGUCGUGGCUGUGUCACCAACUCCUCUGCAGAGCCACGCAUUCCAUGCUUGGCAGCCAUCAGCAGGUUUACCCAAUGCGCAGUGUAGGUGAUAUACCUGCCCUGACCAUGCUUUGUAGACCAGGUAUCAGUGGUCAGAUGGACCCUUGUCCCAACACUGUGUGCCAGACAUGCCAUUACUUCCUUUUGCACAAUCGAGUACAGGUUGGGGAUUGCCUUUUGUGAAAAGAAAUUUCAUCCAGGUACCUUCCACUGCGGUGUUCCAAUAGCUACAAAUUUUUUGAACGCCUCAGACUCCACCAGCUUGUAUGGUAAAAGCUGGCGGGCUAAUAGUACAGACAAGCCAGCUGUCAGACGCCGGGCAAGGGGGUGACUUUCUGACAUUGGCUUCUUACUCUCAAACAUGUCCUUGACAGACACCUGACUGUGGGCAGAUGAGCAGGAACUGCUCAAGGCGAGAGACGGAGUGGCGGAUGGUUGAGAGGGGGCAAGGAGGACAGCAGUGGUUGACGUAGGCUGAAGAUGCUGGACCAGGAGGAGGAUGGCGGCUUUGAGUUUGUGUGCUGCUUGUACUCAUGUGUUGAUCCCAUAGGCGUUUGUGAUGUGCGAUCAUGUGCCUUCGCAAAGCAGUUGUACCUAGGUGGGUGUUGGACUUCCCACGACUCACUUUCUUUUGGCACAGGUUGCAAAUGGCAUCGCUGUUGUCAGAGGCAGACACACAAAAAAAAUGCCACACUGCUGAGCUCUGCAAUGACGGCAUUCUGGUGGUGGACACAGCAUGCGUUGAUUGGCGUGCUGUCGGGCUGACCCCGGGUGCCGAUGCAUGCUGUCUGACUGUGCCACUAGCUCCUUGCGAUGACCUCCCCUGCUUCCAACUCGUCUCCUCCUCCUCUCUGUCUCCCCAUCUGAACUUUCGCCCUGUUUUUCUUCUUGCGAGCGGGCACCCACGUGACAUCCAUGGACGCAUCGUCAUCAUCAACCGCUUCACUUGUAUCUGACAACUCAGCAAAGGAAGCAGCAGCGGGUACAACAUCAUCAUCAUCACACCGUACAUGUGUAAUGCUUCCUGACUGAGACAUAUCCCUGUUAUCUACAUCCUCUGUCAAUAAUGGUUGCGCAUCACCCAUUUCUUCAAACGGAUGUGUAAAUAACUCAUCUGACAUACCAAGUGAAGCGGCUGUGGUGCUAGUGUUGGUGGUGGCAGCAGGCGGGUGAGUGGUAUCUUGAGAGGUGCCCGAAGCUAAGCUGGAGGAGGAUGUUGCGUCAAGGUUCCGAGCGGAAGCUGUAGAAGAUUGUGUGUCCUGUGUUAGCCAUUCAACUAUAUCCUCAGAACUUUUCAAGUUCAGGGUACCUGGCCUCUGAAAACUGGGCAUUAUUCUAGGGCAAAAGGGAAUCACAGCACCACGACCACGACGGCCCCUGCAGGGUGGCCUGCCUCUGCCUGUCAUUUUUUUUCCGAUUAGUGGUACUAUGUGUGCAAGCUACUGUGACACCAGAUAUGAGUGGCACUGUGAACUGGCAGAGGUUGGCAGAGUACACGCUGUAGGGCUGACACACCCGCUUGAAGACAACUAACUGCUAUUCAAUCUAUAACAGUGAAAAAAGUUUUUUGUUUUUAAAUGCAAGCUAUUGUGACACCAGAUAUGAGUGGCACUGUGAACUGGCAGAGUACCACUGUAGGGCUGACACACCCGCUUUGAGACAACUAACUGCUAUUCAAUCUAUAACAGUGAAAAAAAUUUUGUUUUUAAAUGCAUGCAUUGUGACACCAGAUAUGAGUGGCACUGUGAACUGGCAAAGGUUGGCAGAGUACGCUGUAGGGCUGACACACCUGCUUUGAGACAACUAACUGCUAUUCAAUCUAUAACAGUGAAAAAAGUUUUUUGUUUUUAAAUGCAAGCUAUUGUGACACCAGAUAUGAGUGGCACUGUGAACUGGCACAGGUUGUAGAGUACACGCUGUAGGGCUGACACACCCGCUUUGAGACAACUAACUGCUAUUCAAUCUAUAACAGUGAAAAAAGUUUUUUGUUUUUAAAUGCAAGUUAUUGUGACACCAGAUAUGAGUGGCACUGUGAACUGGCAAAGGUUGGCAGAGUACACGCUGUAGGGCUGACACACCCGCUUUGAGACAACUGCUAUUCAAUCUAUAACAGUGAAAAAAGUUUUUUGUUUUUAAAUGCAAGCUAUUGUGACACCAGAUAUGAGUGGCACUGUGAGCUGGCAGAGUACACACUGUAGGGCUGACAGACCCACUUUGAGACAACUAACUGCUAUUCAAUCUAUAACAGUGAAAAAAGUUUUUUGUUUUUAAAUGCAAGCUAUUGUGACACCAGAUAUGAGUGGCACUGUGAACUGGCAGAGGUUGGCAGAGUACACGCUGUAGGGCUGACACACCCGCUUUGAGACAAUUAACUGCUAUUCAAUCUAUAACAGUGAAAAAAGUUUUUUGUUUUUAAAUGCAAGCUAUUGUGACACCAGAUAUGAGUGGCACUGUGAACUGGCAGAGGUUGGCAGAGUACACGCUGUAGGGCUGACACACCCGCUUUGAGACAACUAACUGCUAUUCAAUCUAUAACAGUGAAAAAAGUUUUUUGUUUUUUAAAUACAAGCUAUUGUGACACCAGAUAAGAGUGGCACUUUGAACUGGCAAAGGUUGGCAGAGUACACGUUGUAGGCCUAACACACCCGCUUGAAGACAACUAACUGCUAUUCAAUCUAUAACAGUGAAAAAAGUUUUUUGGUUUUUAAAUGCACGCUAUUGUGACACCAGUGAGUGAGUGGUGGCACUGGGCAAGUGGGCACAGUAUACGCUGCAAGCCUGACACACAGACGCUUGCAGACAACUAACUGCUAUUCAAUCUAUUAUAGUGAAAAAAAAAAAAAAUAGUUUUAAAUGCAAGCUAUUGUGACACCAGUGAGUGAGUGGUGGCACUGGGCAUAGUAUCCACUGUGAGCCUGACACAGACACUGGCAGACAACUAACUGCUAUUCAAUCUAUAACAGUGAAAAAAGUUUUUUGUUUUUAAAUGCAAGCUAUUGUGACACCAGUGAGUGAGUGGUGGCACUGGGCAAGUGGGCACAGUAUCCACUGUGAGCCUGACACAGAAGCUGGCAGACAGCUAACUGCUAUUCAAUCUAUCAUAGUGAAAAAAAAAUAUAUUUUUUUAAAUGCAAGCUAUUUGACACCAGUGAGUGAGUGGUGGCACUGGGCAAGUGGGCACAGUAUCCACUGUGAGCCUGACACAGAAGCUGGCAGACAACUGCAAUUACAUUACACAGAAAAAAAAAAAGCAGACUGAUGUUCUAGCCCUAAAAAGGGCUUUUUGGGGUGCUGUCCUUACAGCUGUAGUGGAUACUGUAUACACUAACCUAGCUAUCCAUUUCCCUAUCAAAUCAACAGCAGCUACACUUUCCCUCCUCUCACUAAGCAUGCAGCUUGAGAAUGAAUCUAAAAUGGAUGCUGUCCAGUAGGUGGGAGGGUCUGCUAGUGAGGGUGUUCUGCUAAUUGGCUGGAAUGUGUCUGCUGACUGUGAGGUACAGGGUCAAAGUUUACUCAAUGAUGACGAAUAGGGGGCGGAUCGAACCGCGCAUGUUCGCCAGGAACUAUUCGCCAGUGAACCGUUCGGUGCAUCACUAUACCCUUCUUUAUUUUUACUAUAUUAAUAUUUGCCUUACAAGGAUCCCACAGAGUUAUUUAGGUCUUGGGUAAAGUCUGUCCGUUCGACAACCUAAAUCUAUACUUCAAAUAUAUACUUUAAGCAAUUUAAAUCUGCUCUCUGCUUGUUAGAUCUACAGUUUAUUAUUACCAUCUUAUUAGUUACUAUUUGACACUGUAUCAACAUUGUAUUUGAAUAGUUCAUUGGCCUUGUGCCAUAUUUGCAAUAUUAGUAUCCAUUUAUUAUGCCGAUGUUAAGCUCCUCUCCUUUUUGACACACGGAGGGAAUGUGAGUAUCACGCCCACCUCCUCUGAUUAGUCCAAUGUGUGGGGGAGGUGAUCUGUCACGUCUUCGUCACCCUCGGGCUUUGAUUGGAGUUUUGGAAUCUGGGGGUGUGGCUAUAGACCUUUCUAAACGGCUCCCGAGCCACUAACCAGGUUUCUCUUGAUAAAGGCGUAUUUCAAACGUCAAAACUCGCGUCGAGAUUAUUUUCUAGCCGAUGCUAAUUUCUUUGAAUUUAAUUUUCUACUUUGACAUUACUAUUUUCUAGCCGAUGUUUAAUUUUUUUGGAAUUGGCUUUUCUACUUUACUUUUUCUUAGUAACCGGAUCUCCUCAUUAGCGUUAUAGAUAGCUGGGAUCCUUUUCUAUUAGCCAUUUAGGGAUUUGGAUAGGCUGCCAUGAAGCAGCAGUGAGCUGUACUACUGACUUUUAGUUUGAUAGUUUAGGUUUAGGGCGACUAUAUAGGGGGUACCUCCCUGUGUUUGGUUUUGGGAGGGGGGUUAUUUUCUGUUCUCUAUAUGACAUUUCUCAUCCUUUAUAAUUUACAUGCCUUUACCUCUAAUUAAUAGUCUGUCACUAUUAUUACUUUUUUUUUGUUUUUUCAUUAUCCAAGGUCUCUUUUAAGUGGUUUAAGGUGAUUAGACUAGUCCAAGCAGCAUAUAUUUAGAUAGAUUUUUUUCUAUUUAUCCACCUUAAUUAUAUAUCUAGCUGCAGUACUCUAUAGGACUAGGUUUUCUAGUUUCUUAAAGGUUCAAGCGCUCACCUUAUUAUCUCUAUUGAUUUUGAGCCUAUCCGGUACUUUAAGUUCUAUUACUCACAUAUGUAUUUUAAUAUGUUUAAAUCAAGUUUAUUUACCCUAUUCAUGUGACCUUUCAUAUUAGGAGAUAUUUUUUGAAUGGGCUGGGCAUUCCACCCACUGGUUGUGAGUGGUUUUCCCACUCCAUUCUUUGCUGUUUUCAUUAUUAUUUAUUUCAGGGUCAAGCCCCUUUUACCUCCUGUAACCUCUUUUUUAGGGAGGAAUGGUGGUAGUUUUUCUGCCCCAUUAUCCCUCCUUCUUUUCUUCUUUUUUUAUAUUACAUAUACAGUAUACCAAAGAGAGUUACCUGAGCUCUAUCAUCCUUCAUUUUGUGUGUUAAUAUUUGCUUUUGUAUUACACCGCCAUAUUAUAGUGCUGCCCACCCCAUGUUUAAUACUAAGGGUUAAUAAGUGUGUUGGGGUUCAUAAAAAUACCUCCUUCUGUCUCAGAGAUUUUUGCCUUUAAGUUGAAAUCAUGGAGGUGAAUUGUUAGUGUAGGACUCACCGAAAAGGUUUUGCCAGAGUAGUGGGAGUUUAAGCGCAGGGCUCCAUUUUGUGUUUUAAUACUUAUUUGCUACAAGUUAUGUGUGAGCCAAAUGUGUAUAUCUUUUGUAUUACAUUGAGUGACCCAUUUUUGCACCCUUGUGAUUCGUUUUCCUGAAUCUUUUUUAGCAGACAAAAUUCUGGUAAGCUGAACCGCCACAAGCACAAUAUUCUGCCAGCCCAAAACUAAUUUUAUUAUAGGAUGAAGUCGUUUGAAAAAAUGCACAUGUAAAUGUAGAAUGGGUUCAGAAGUAUAAAACAGUGCUCUACAGUUCAAGAGACAUUAGCAUUUUUGUAGAUUUGUACACAGCGAAAAAAAAUCAUUUUGGUCAAACCAUAUUGUCCAAAAAAUAAGUUUGGGGGGUAGCCAACUUUAGUGCUAAAUGGCUGAUCAAAUGGCCCAAAUUUCGCUAAUGAAAAAAAGAUUCAAGAAAAUAAAUUAGACAAAUAAAAAGGGAACAAAAACACACUGAUCAGCCACAACAUUUAAAUCCCUGGCACGUAAAGUGAAUAACUUGUAUUUUGAUAUCAUUAUAAUGGCACCUUUCAAGGGGUGGGGUAUGCACCAUCAGGUCUUGAAUUUCAUGUAUUGUAAGCAGGAAAAAUGUGCAAGUGAAUACAUCUGAUUAACUUUGACAAGGGCCAAAUAGUAACAGCUAGAUGAGUCAGAUCAUCUCCAAACCAAAAUUCCUGUGGGUUUUUUUCAGUAUUCAAUGGUUAGUACCUACCAAAAGUGGUGCUAGGAAGGACAACUGGUGAUGGGUAAUGGGCGCCAAAUGCUCAUUGAUAUAUGUGGGGAAAAAAGGCUAGCCUGCCUGGUCUGAUCACACAGAAGAGCUACUUUAGCUCUAAUUAAUAGAAAACUUAAUGCAACCCAUAAUAGAAAGGUUUCAGAACUACUAAGCCCCAUAUGCAUCAGAGAGCUUACAAUGACACAUUUUGCCUUGGCCAAAUUCCUCUCUCAAUCUGAUUGAGCAUCUGUAGGAUGUGUUGGAAUAACAUAUCUAAUCCAUGGAGGCCCCACCUCUCAACUUGAAGGACUUAAACAAUCUGCUGCUAAUGUCUUGGUGUCAGGUACCUCAAUACACAUUCAGAGGUCUUGUAGAGCUCAUGUCUCAAAGCAUCAGAGGUGUGGGCACAAGAGAGACCUACACAAAAUUAGGCAGGUGGUUUUAAUGUUGUGGUUGAUGAGUGUGUGUGUAUAUAUAUAUAUAUAUAUAUAUAUAUAUAUAUAUAUAUAUAUAUAUAUAUAUAUAUAGAUUUUUUUUUCUGCUGUUCCUGUUUUUCCCAAUUUUAUUCACUUUUCCCUUGAUCUGUGAAUAAAAUCAACACAGUAAUCAAUCAUCUUUGUUCACAUCAGUCAUCUUUUUUUUCCCGCCCAAUUGGCAGAAUUCUGAAUCACAAAUCAAAAUGAACAUGAUUGUCCACUGCCUAAAUUUGGAUAAAUGGCAAUUCAGAACAAAACAGUUCUAUAAGUUUACUUAAUUGUAAAUGUUUUAUACUAAAGCUGCACAUUUCAUCAGUGGUAUAUUUUCAAGUCAUAUAAUCUAGAACAUGAUACAUAUAUAAUGUCUCUUUAAUCUCUGCAAUCUCUAAAGUCUGACAUUGAAACCAAUGGUUCUUUGUAUCACCACUGCUCCUUUUAGGUAGACCCAUCAAAGUUUUAUGAUACCUGCAUCUCUGACUCUUGUGCUUGCAACACUGGAGGGGACUGUGAAUGCUUUUGCACUGCUGUAGCUGCCUAUGCCCAAACGUGUGGAGAGUAUGGAAUAUGUGUUUCUUGGAGAGACCCUAACAGAUGCCGUGAGUCCAACAAAAAUAUGAUGAAAACCAUUGGCAAUAAAAAUAAAAAGAGCAUGAAUGUGCACUUUUUCUUACUGGGCUUUUUGGUUGCAUAAUGACCAUAUAAGAGGUCACCUGGUUUUAUUGGUUUUUUAGUGUAUUAGAGCAUUGUUUUUAAAUUCCUAAAGCAAAAAGUCAGCAGAUUUUGAAUUAGUAUAAGCUCAAUUUUAUAAAACACUAAUGCAUAAGAUUAUAUAAUAUUUUGUUUAACUGGAUCUAAGAAAUAGCUAAAAGUUAUUUUUAAAAAAUAGGUGACAGACCAUUUCCUAUAAUUGAUACACUAUUUUUAGCAAUGUUUAACUAGUUUUAUUACUCCUCUUUGUGGAAAGCACAUGAAAUGGCAAGUGCACCUGUUCAACAAGUUUAUACACAAAACCUAUUCCAAGUCCAAACUUAGAAUACUAAAAAGGCAUGCUAAAUUCAGGAAGCCACUUGAUAACUUAGUUGUGUUCAUUUACUGGACAGACAAAAGAUAAAUGUCGUUGGGUUGAUACAAUAUAUAGAACUGCCAAAGUUCCAAGCAUAACAUGGAUACCAGCAGUACAAUAAAAACAAAAAGCCAGUGUUCUUUCAAAAUCUUUAAACAUAAUGCAAAAAAAGUUAGGGUGAUUCUGCUAGGGAAGAUAAAAAAAAAGGUACAACAUUGUGUUUAAAGGACCACUAUAGUGCCAGGAAAACAUACUCGUUUUCCUGGCACUAUAGGGUCUCUAGGUCCCCCCCACCCUUAGGGUCCGCCUCCCACUGGGCUCUAGGGUGAGGAAGGGGUUAAACACUAACCUUUUCUCCACCCUCGGCGGUGGGGACUCUCUGCCUCCUUUCCCGUCAUCAGCUGAAUACACAUGCGCGACAAGAGCCACGCGUGCAUUCAGCCAGUCCAUAGGAAAGCAUUCUCAAUGCUUUCCUAUGUACGCUGGUGUCUUCUCACUGUGAAAAUCACAGUGAGAAGCUCAGAAGCGCCUCUAGUGGCUGUCCUCAUUACAUUAACCCAUAGGUAAACAUAGCAGUUUCUCUGAAACUGCUAUGUUUACAGCAGGCAGAGUUAAACCAAGAGGGACCUGGCACCCAGACCACUUUAUUGAGCUGAAGUGGUCUGGGUGCCUAUAGUGGUCCUUUAACUGUAUAUAAAACUAUAUAAAAAUGAUUCAAUUGGCCACUCACACUUUUGAUGCCAAAGGGAAGUCUUAUUCAUUUUAUAUUCAAUUCUUGCACAUAGUAUUUGGAAUUUUUGCACAUAUAUUUGCACUUUAAGAUGUUAAUAGGUUGUAAUUGUUGCCACAGAUGCUGAUUAGAGAUGCCGCGAACCGUUCGCGAACUUCCCGCGAACGGCUCGCCGCGGUUCGCCACGAACCGUUCGCGCCGAGCUCCGGUCAGCUGACACAUCCCGGCCAAUCUCCAGCAGACCCUCCCUCCCAGACCCUCCCACCCCCUGGACAGCAUCCAUGUUGAAGCUGCCUUCAACAUGGAUGCUGUCCAGGAGGUGGGAGAGUCUGGGAGGGAGGGUCAGCUGGAGAUUGGCUGAGAUGUAUCAGCUGACCGGAGCUCACCGCGAACCGCGGCGAGCCGUUCGCGGGAAGUUCGCAAACGGUUCGCGACAUCUCUAAUGCUGAUAUAUUCUUUCGAAAUCUGUACUGUAGGCAAUGUUUUCAUAAUUUUCAUAAUUACCAUGUCCAGGUAGGAUCUAUGAAUCCCUAUUCCAGCUUUAAAGUUCAAGAAAUAUAUGUAGACAUAGAAGACAUUCAUUUUGCCAUGAAAAGUGAACAUGUACUCAGAAACACAGGCAUUUCUCCCUUCUAUGUGCAAUCCACCAGAUAUGUACCUUAUAUCCACUAGCAGAAGUUCUUUAUGGUAAUAAUAUACCAGCUCAUGUCUUUCUGGCUUAGAAAUUGCUCCUCUCUUCCCAGGUAGUAAGGUGUAUGUUGAUGAGUUUGCAUUUCUUGUUGAGUAUAUAUUUUAAAGAGCUUUAAAAUUCAAGUCAUUGAGUCCUUCAAGGGACUGAAAAAAUUCACUCAUAAGGGUCUGUGUCCACUUUGGGCAACAACCAAAAAUAUGUAUUUGACAUAUUUCAUUCUUUUACUAAGAAAAACAAAAAUGCCUUAUUUGUGAGCUGAUGGCCUUUAAUCUCUUUUUCUAAAGAAGUGUUUAAUGCUUCUUCUUCUGAUGGAAACAUAAGUAGAGAGUAAAAUGCAAAAUAGCUACCAUAAUUUUAAAGGACCACUCUAGGCACCCAGACCACUUCAGCUUAAUGAAGUGGUCUGGGUGCCAGGUCCAGCUAGGGUUAACCCAUUUUUUCAUAAACAUAGCAGUUUCAGAGAAACUGCUAUGUUUAUGAAUGGGUUAAGCCUUUCCCUAUUUCCUCUAGUGGCUGUCUCAUUGACAGCCACUAGAGGCGCUUGCGUGCUUCUCACUGUGAUUUUCACAGUGAGAGCACGCAAGCGUCCAUAGGAAAGCAUUGUAAAUGCUUUCCUAUGUGACGGGUUGAAUGCGCGCGCAGCUCUUGCUGCGCGUGCGCUUUCAGCCCAGGAGGAGGAUCGGAGGAGGAUCAGAGGAGGAGAGCUCCCCGCCCAGCGCUGGAAAAAGGUAAGUUUUAACACCUUUCCCCCUUCCAGAGCCGGGCAGGAGGGGGACCCUGAGGGUGGGGGCACCCUCAGGGCACUAUAGUGCCAGGAAAACGAGUAUGUUUUCCUGGCACUAUAGUGGUCCUUUAACAAACACAUUUAGUUAUGUUGUUUAUGAACAUAAACAGGCUAGAUUAGUAAGAAUUCUCAGCACAUGAACUGAUUACAUUGCAAUUAAGCUCCUUUACAGAUGUGUGGUCAAAAGUGUGCUAAUAUUUUCAUCUGGUACACAUAUAUGCAAUGUUGUACUUUUAAAAUGAUAUAUCUGAGAUACACAAUAAUCCUUUAUUCUUUUACUCAGCUUUGUUCUGUGACUACUACAAUGAUGAUGAAGAAUGUGAAUGGCAUUACAAGCCAUGUGGAGCUCCAUGUAUGAAGACAUGUAGGAACCCCAGUGGGAAGUGUGUCUAUGAAAUAAGAGGUUUAGAAGGUAAUUGUUUGAAACAGUAUCCUUAGAAUAAAGUAAAUGAAAUCCUAAGUGAUAACUAGAAUUUUCUAAAAUGUAAUUUAAUGUUUUCUAUCCCCAUUUAUUAAUUAGGCUGUUAUCCAAAAUGUCCAAAAGACAGGCCACUUUUUGAUGAAGAUGAAAUGAAGUGUGUAUCAAAAUGUGGUUGUUAUGAUGAAGACAGAAGACACUAUAGACUUGGAGACAGAGUUCCCAGCAGAAACAAUUGCGAAGUUUGGUAAAACUAAUUCUUUCAAUGUACACAUCAGGGUUUUUAAAGUACACCUAGGGGUUCUUAAAUGAUGAUCUCUAGUCAUAAUCUUGAUCAUUCUUCCAAACAGCAAAUCAUAUUUUUGCUGCUUAACAGAAAUUCAUAACAGUAGUAUGAUGACAUGUAAUAAUCUGUAUUUGAAUACUUUAGAGUUAACUUCUAAGUAUGUUCAUAUGAAUAAUUAUUUAUUAGUAAAUUACAGGUUUAUUGGAAACGGUCAUUACUUUUCAUAAUAAAAUAUACACUAUAUUUUUUUAAAAAUAAAUACAAUAACAACACUUAAUGAUUUCCUUCAAAUUAAAAUGUCCUUUGCUGUAAGGAGGAAAAAAAAUAACUGUCUACUGUCUAUUUUUUUUUAACAGUCUGUUCAAUAUUUAUGAAGUCUUAAAGGGACAUUAUGAACACAAAUACAUCUUUACUGCAUUUAAUUUUUAGUCUGAAUGAUAUCCUGUAUUUUCUACAUAUUUAAGGGACCACUAUAGUCACCCAGACAACUUCAGCACUUCAGCAGAUUUUAACCCUUCAGAUGUAAACAUAGCAGUUUCCAGCCUCUAGUGGCUGUCUUCCUGACAACCGCUAGAGCCGCUUCCCUGACGCUCAAUGUGGAAAUCACAAAGAGCAUGCAGAACAUCCAUAGGAAAGCAAUGAGAAAUGCUUUCCUAUGGGCCUUUUUAAUGCGCGCGGCUCUUGCCGCGCAUGCGCAUUCAACUCCACUCAGGAGCUGACUUCGGAGGGGGAGGAGAGGUUACCAGCGCCAAGGGAGUCCGGCGCUGGAUAAAGGUAAGUAGCUGAAGGGGUUUUAACCCCUUCAGUCCAGCAGGAGGAGGGCCCUGAGGGAGGGGGGGACCUAAGGACUAUAUAGUGUCAGGAAAACGAGUUUGUUUUCCUGACACUAGAUUGAUCCUUUAAGACUUUGUAGCUUUUGCACAAAAAAUAUAAAUACUUGGCAGAAUGCUGCACCAUAAGCCUGCCUCCUUAGCCACACCCACACUCCAUAAAAAUACUUCCUUAUCAAAUGUAUACAUAGAGCUUAUCCACCGACAGAACUGUGUGAUCUGAACUACAACGUAUUAGAAGGGGUGAUAACACCUAUAUAGUAAGGCUAUAACUUCCUGUUUGUAGUUUCUCUAACCGUCUGUAGCCAGGUUCUAAAUUAACAGUAGCUGACUCAGUGCUGUUGGGGAUUUGAAAGCCUUUCUGGCUAAGAAGGCAGGCUUAUGGUGCAGCCUUCUGCAAACCAUUUUUUUGUGCAAAAGAUUUGAGCAUGCAAACAUACAGCAAAUCAAUGAGGCCAAAACCUAAUUUAAAGUCGUAUUGGUACCCAGAGUGUCCCUUUAAUAUUAUGUACAGUACAAGAUUAAUUGCAUUUAUAUAUUUAAUGUGUGUUUAAAUUGUUUUAUGUUUAAAAUCUUUCCCACAGUUCUUGCACUGAAGAUGGCAUUAAAUGUUUGUAUAUAGUCAAAGGUAAGGUUUUUUUUUUUACAUAUUAAGCAUUAAACAUUUGUGUGUUUUAAUUUGAUCUGUACCUGCAGCUAUAUUUUUAUUUUUUUAUUUUCUAGAAUGCGAAUGUGAAUAUGAUGAUCACAUAUUCAAAUUCAAUGAGACCAUCUACAAUACAACAGAUAGUAUUGGACACUGCUUAGUAGCCAUAUGCAAGGAAAAUGGCACUAUCUAUAGAAAUAUAUAUCCAUGUGCUACUGCUGUAACAACACCAUUUACUUUCACUACAGUAUCUCGCACAGGUAAAAGAUUUAUGUUAUGCUAAUAUGCAAGAGUCUUAGAGUAGUCCUCAUUACAAUUUCAUGGGCAAUGCUUAUUAACCCCUUAAGGACACAUGACGGAAAUAUUCCGUCAUGAUUCCCUUUUAUUUCUGAAGUUGUGUCCUUAAGGGGAUAAUAUUAUCUCCAUCAUUCUCUAAACUAAUGCUUUACUCUCAUCAAAAACAAAAUGUAUGCUAUAAAUACAAUACUUAAUAUCUGAUGCUGAAAUGACAGAACCAGUGAUUAUGCAUUAAGGUACUGACCUAUAUAAACGUGCAUUUUAACAUAAACUUAAGUUAUUUUGUUUAGUAAUUGUUGUGUAUGUGGCUUAAAUAUUCUUCUCUUUAUUAUUAUAUUAAUUAUUGUAUUAAGGUUAUGGUGUGGAUAGAAAAAACACCAAACAUUGCAAUAUUAACUGUUACCGUAUAUACUCGAGUAUAAGUCAACCCGAAUAUAAGCCGAGGCCCCUAAUUUUACCGCAAAAGAAUGGGAAAACUUAUUGACUUGAGGAUAAGCCUAGGGUGGAAAAUGCAGCAGCUACUGGUAAAUUUCUAAAUAAAAUUAGAUCCCGAUAAAAUUAUAUUAAUUGAAUAUUUAUUUAUAGUGUGUGUAUAUAAUGAAUGCAGAGUGUGUGUGUGUUUGUGUGUAGUGUGUGUAUAUAAUGCAGUGUAUGUAUAAUGCAGUGUGUGUUUGUGUGAAUGCAGUGUGUGUGUAUAUAAUGCAGUGUGUGUGUAUAUAAUGCAGUGUGUGUUUGUGUGAAUGCAGCAUGUGUAUAUAAUGCAGUGUGUGUUUGUGUAUUGUGUGUAAACUGGGUGAGGGGAGGGCAUUUUUAUUAUUUAAAUUUUUUAAUUUUAAUAUUAUUAUAGUUUAAUAUUAUUAUUUUAAUAUUAUUAUUAUUAUUAUUUUAUUAUUAUUUCAUUUUAUUAUUUGUAUUAUUUUUUUAUUUAAUUGUUUUUUGUCCCCCCUCCCUGCCUGUUACCUGGCCAGGGAGAGGGGCUAUGUGAAUCCCUAGUGGUCCGGGGGAUGGGCUUUGCAGUGGGGGGGCUGGCAGCGAGCUGUUAGUUACCUUCCUACAGCUCCUGUCAGCUCCCUUCUCCUCUGUGCAGCUCCCCUGUCAGCUCCGUUCUGCUCCCAGUGUAAACCUUGCGGUUUGUGUACCGCGCGGAGCGUUGCCACGGUAACCCGUGGCAACGCUCUGACGGCGGCGGGUGUCACAAGCUUUACACUGGGAGCAGAACGGAGCUGACAGGGGAGCUGCAGGAAGGUAAGUAACUGCUCGCUGCCAGCCCCCAACAGGACCGCUGGGCUUGCAAUGAGCCCGGCGGUCCUUGUCUGUAUUAUGGCAAUGCAAGUUGCCAUAAUACAGACAUUGACUCGAGUAUAAGCCGAGUGGGGGUUUUCAACACAAAAAAUGUGCAGAAAAACUUGGAUUAUAUUUGAGUAUAUACGGUAAUUUACUACAAUAAUUAUAGCAAGUAACAGGCUUUAACAGAUGCUAGCAGUAGCAAUGGCUUACAGUACAAUACAAAACUACAACAUAUAACUUACAAACAGCCUUAGCCCUUGGCAGGGGCUAAGGAGUCCGAGCUGAUAAGUCUACAUCCUGGGCAUUCUAUAACACUUACCCUGGCUGAAUCCAGUGAUCAAUCUUAGGAUGCACUGUUGUAUAUUGUUCAGUAGAUAAAUGUCAUAGUUUAUCUAAUGUUGGCCUCAAUUUAAUAUUGUUGGCUAAGCUUUUCAAAUGAUUUCAUAUUUUUGGAUAAACUUAUAGUUUUUAAAUGUAUUUUUAUAUACGAUGUAUUUUUUUUAUAUGUAAAAGCAUUUUAAACGUUUAUUAAAAAAUAUUAAAUAAUUCGAAAAGUUAUCCAUCGAUAUUAAAUGGAGAUCUUUUUCUACCACAUUCUUUUUGAAGGACGUUUACGUAAAACAUAGAAGCAGUUAAAUUGCGUUCUAACUUGCUAUUGUGCAGGUUUAAGUCUGUACAUAAUCCUUUACACAUUUAAACAUGAAGUGCUCUUUGUGUAGUUUUUGCUACAGAGUAAAGUAAAUGAAAUGAUUAUUGGUAAGACAUAUGAGAAUAUAUCUAUCUCUCUGCAUGUUUCAUAAUAAUAUAUUUUUAUUUUUCCUACAGUACCAACAGUUGUCUCACCAAGGACCCCUACAGUAUCAACUGUUGUCUCAUCAAGGACUCCUACACAAACUUCUACUGCUACACAAACUGUUUCAGGAACUACUCACAGCAGACCUACAACCAAAAUCCCAGUUUUUACAUCAACUUCAGCAACAGCAAUACCAUCAUCAAUAGUGACAACAAGUCAGAAGCCAUCUACAAUUUGUAAACCACUAUGUAAAUGGACCUCAUGGUUUAGUGUGAAUACACCUUCUUUUGGAUUUAAUGGUGGCGAAACUGAGAAUUAUAAAGAACUAAUUCAGAAAGGCAAGCAAAUUUGUAAAUAUCCAGAAGAGAUUAAAUGUCAACCAAAGAAUGUAAUACACACAAUUCAGGAAGAAGUGCAACAAUCUAUUCAUUGCAAUUUAUCAGCUGGACUAGUGUGCAUAAACAGAGAUCAGAUUACAAAUAUGGGAAUGUGCUUUGACUAUGAAAUUAGCUUCCUUUGCUGUGAUGACUACAGUCACUGUGCAAUUACACCUCCAUCAACAACUACAAGUGCAACAAAAAGUACAUAUUUACCACCAAGCUCUAAAACAACCCAAUUUACAAUAAAAACCACUACAACUAAAAGCCAAACCACAGGCAAGUCACCAACAACACCUAAGCAAACAGUAACCUCUCCAACAGUAAUUUUUACAACAAAAAUAAGUACUGAAAGCAGAAUCCCUACAAUAUCUACAAGAAAGACACCCACAACUUCAGUUCAAACAGGGAUUACUGAAACAAAGCACAUUACGUCUACACUUUUGUAUUCAACAUCUGCUUCUACUCCAACAGCAACCAAAAGCAGGUCAACAGCAACAAAGGAAACAAUUACUCCUUCAACAGUAGCUUCUACAUCAAAAAUUAGUUUUCCCACAAGCCAAAUUUCAAUAUCCACAAAAAAGACACCCACAACUUCAGUUGAAACAGAGAUUACUGAAACAAAGCGCAGUACUUCUACACUUUUUUAUUCAACAUCUGCUUCUACGCCAUCAGCAACCAAAAGCAGGUCAACAACAACAAAGGAAACAAUUACUCCUUCAGCAGUAGCUUCUACAUCAAAAAUUAGUUUUCCCACAAGCCAAAUUUCAAUAUCCACAAAAAAGACACCCACAACUUCAGUUCAAACAGAGAUUACUGAAACAAAGCGCAGUACUUCUACACUUUUAUAUUCAACGUCUGCUUCUAUUCCAUCAACAACCAAAAGCAGGUCAACAGCAACAAAGGAAACAAUUACUCCUUCAGCAGUAGCUUCUACAUCAAAAAUUAGUUUUCCCACAAGCCAAAUUUCAAUAUCCACAAAAAAGACACCCACAACUUCAGUUGAAACAGAGAUUACUGAAACAAAGCGCAGUACUUCUACACUUUUUUAUUCAACAUCUGCUUCUACGCCAUCAGCAACCAAAAGCAGGUCAACAACAACAAAGGAAACAAUUACUCCUUCAGCAGUAGCUUCUACAUCAAAAAUUAGUUUUCCCACAAGCCAAAUUUCAAUAUCCACAAAAAAGACACCCACAACUUCAGUUCAAACAGAGAUUACUGAAACAAAGCGCAGUACUUCUACACUUUUAUAUUCAACGUCUGCUUCUAUUCCAUCAGCAACCAAAAGCAGGUCAACAGCAACAAAGGAAACAAUUACUCCUUCAGCAGUAGCUUCUACAUCAAAAAUUAGUUUUCCCACAAGCCAAAUUUCAAUAUCCACAAAAAAGACACCCACAACUUCAGUUGAAACAGAGAUUACUGAAACAAAGCGCAGUACUUCUACACUUUUAUAUUCAACAUCUGCUUCUACGCCAUCAGCAACCAAAAGCAGGUCAACAGCAACAAAGGAAACAAUUACUCCUUCAGCAGUAGCUUCUACAUCAAAAAUUAGUUUUCCCACAAGCCAAAUUUCAUUAUCUACAAAAAAGACACCCACAACUUCAGUUGAAACAGAGAUUACUGAAACAAAGCGCAGUACUUCUACACUUUUAUAUUCAACAUCUGCUUCUAUUCCAUCAGCAACCAAAAGCAGGUCAACAGCAACAAAGGAAACAAUUUCUCAUUCAGCAGUAGCUUCUACAUCAAAAAUUAGUUUUCCCACAAGCCAAAUUUCAACAGCAAUAUCUACAAAAAUAACAACCACAAGUAAGUCACCACCAACAUCUAAAAUUUCAACCUCUGCAAUAACUACAACAAAGUCUCCUAUAACAUCAGGUCAAACAAAGACUAGAGCAUUGACCUCUUCAUUAGUAGCCUCUACAACAAAGAUAAGUACUUCCACAAGCCUACCAACCUCAGCAACACCCCCUAUAAAAACAAGUUUUUCACCAACAACACCAACGGGAACAGGGACCACUCCAAAAGUAUCUUCUACAACAAAAACCAGUAUUUACACAAGCCAACUUUCAUCAUCAAGUUCUUUCUCAACUAUAGAGCUUACUCAAACAGAAAUAAGCAUGCCAGGAACAAGUUCACCCACAACAUCCACAACACCAACGAAAACAACCCCAACAAUUACUACCAUACAAUCUUCUACAGCCUAUCCAACUACCACAAUAUUUACAUCAACCAUUUGUCAAUGUGAUGUUAGUGGAACCAUGUAUUCACCAGGUUAGUGAAUUUGCAUAUUUAUUUUGACAAUAUACAGUGUAUUGCAAGUGUGUUAUUGUUUAUGUGCAUAACAUUUUAUUUCUUCUUGUUCGCAAUACCAGUUGCAUUUCUUAUAAUUUAUGUAUUCCCAGUGUAUGCAAAGUGUAUUUUUAUGGUGCAUAUUUGCUUUGGGGGUUUUUUUUUGGUCAAUUUUUGUGAUUCAGGUUACUGUUUAUAUUUAAUAAUUAGCAUCAGAAUAUGAUUUAUUGGCCAUUGUUUACUGACUAGAGAAAAAAUAUUUAAGAUCUUCUAUCAAGACUUCAUAGGUAGGUUUGAAAUGACUUAUUUUUACAUGUUUGGGUUUGUUUAGAUUAUGUGUCCCUCUCACUGAUACUAAUUAAUGUGAUGAAGGCAACUUAGGUGUUAUAUUGGAGUGCAGGUAGUUAAAGACCUGUGGAAAUUUGAUACAUAGUGUGCUCAUCACAUGGAAUGUUUGAUUGUGUGACCAUAGUAUUGUAUUUGUUUGUAGUGUGAGUGCAUCUAUGUAUGCAGUGAAGUAUAUGUGGAUAGUAAGUGUAUAUGUGUGAAUGGUCAAAGGCAAAACACAUUUCUUUAAUUUAUUAUGGGAUUUAUAUUCAACUGUAGGUUAUAAAAGAAUGGCACAAUUAUAAAACAAAACAUGAGAACAAAUAAAAAAAAAUGAAAUUACCACUGUUCAAAAGUCUGCAUACCCUUAGUUCUUAAUACUGUGUAUUUCCCCCUUUAGCACCAAUGACAGCAUGCAUUCUUUUGUAAUAGUUGUCUAUAAGGUCCCUAAUUCUUACAGGUGGUAUAGCUGCCCAUUUGUCUUGGCAAAAUGCCUCCAGGUCGUGUAAAGUCUUUGAUCGUCUUGCAUGAACCACAAGUUUGAGUCCUCCCUACAGUGGCUUGAUGAUAUUAAUGUCAGGAGACUGUGAUGGCCACUCCAGAACCUUCACCUUUUUCUGCUGUAACCACUGGAGAGCCAACUUGGAGAGCCAACUUGGGUCAUUGUCAUACUGGAAAGUCCAAGAGCAUCCCAUGCGCAGCCUCCGUGCAGAAGAAUGCAAGUUGUUUGCCAGAAUUUUCUGAUACCAUGCUGCAUUCAUCUUUUCACAAGAUUUUCACAAGAUUCCCUGUGCCUUUAGAGUUCACACAGACCCAAAAUAUCAGUGAGUCACCACCAUCAUGCUUCACAGAACCCUCUUAAAACAUAGCGCUUAUGGUUGUGACCAUAAAGCUUUAUAUUGGUCUCGUGACUCCAAAUUACAGUGUGCCAGAAGCGGUGAGGCAUGCCAAGGUGUUGUCGGUCAUAUUGUAACUGGUCUCUUUUGUGGCAUUGGCGGAGUAAAGGCUUUUUUUCUGGCAACUCAACCAUGCAGCUCAUUUUUGUUCAAGUAUUGUCAUAUUGUGCUCCUUGAAACAACCACACCAUCUUUUUCCAGAGCAGCCUGCAUUACUCCUCAGGUUAACUGUGGGUUAUUCUUUGUAUCUUGAACAAUUCUUCUGGAAAUCCUUGUGUGUCUGUAACAAGGCCAAACAUUCAAGGGUAUGUAAACCUUUGAUCAGGGAAAUUUGGGUGAUUUAUAUUAUCAUUAUGAUUUCAAAAUGAGCCAAACAACUAUGUAAUACUAAAUGGCUUCAUAUCAUUACUAUCCUUCAAUAAAAUAAAUGUUUUUGCAUGAUCAGUCAAAAUCAAUGACUUUUCACAAUUUCUCCCAGGGUAUGCAAAACUUUUGAGCACAACUGUAUGUGAAUAAAGAGGUGUGUUUGUGUUAACAGUAUAUUAAUGCAGGGGUUGUCUUUUUUUUGCAGUGUUUAAAUGCAGGAAUGUUCUUUUGAAUUUUUUUUUUAUUGGAAAGUGUGUGUAUGACUGCAAGGGUGAAUGCACUCUUUUUUCCUCUUCACAUGACACAUGUCAUCUUGCUUUCUACAAAAAGGUAGUCAUCCCUGGUGUUCCCUAUGAGGGAGACACAGACAGCUGUUACUGCUUUGUCUCUAAUAGGGUUACUAUAAUGUAACCCAUUGGUAAUUGUGUUUAGAACAUACUGCACUGUAUUAAAUGUCACCAGCAACAGCUCUGAUUUGGGAGCUUCCAGAGCCUCCAAAUCAGGACCAAAUUAUAGGCUUCAUGGGUCUGGUGUUUGAAUAAAAAUGUUUAAAAUUAAAUACAAGUUUUUUUAGCACACACAUGUGAGUAGGUAGAGGGUACUGUGAAUGGGAAGAAACAAAAGGGGAAAACCCACAUUACCUAUUCCUCCCACCUCCAUCCCUUUUACUUACCCCAAAUAACAAAACCACGGACAUACUUAGUGACAAAAAUAGGCCACAGCUUUUUUUAAAUAACAUAUUUCUUUUAACAUCAACUUGAUAAAAAUAUUAAUGUAAUACAACUGUGACACCUCUCCAUAUUCAUGCAUGUGUAUAACACAUUACUGAGUACCACCUUGCCAACCUAAAACAAUCACUUGGGCACCUGUUCUUCCCCCUUGUCCCAACCACCACAAUGCUAACCACUACCUGACCAUUGGCUGUACCCUAGGUUAGGAGAGGGAUCAGCCCCGACCACACAACUUUCCAUGGACCGCUGGUCCAACCCCCGGUUGGCAAGGGCCAUUUACCACCAUGCUGUGACAGGAUAAAACUAGAAACAGAAAAAAAAACACAAACAACCACAGUGGAGGGUUGGCGGGAAGCUGUUACUAAGUUCAUUAAUUAAGAUGGCUGCUUGAUCUCCAAAAUGCCCCCCUAUAAGUACUGCUAAUACCCCUUUUACCCAGCAUUCCUUAAGACCUCCCUACUAUUUCGUUAUAUAAACUCCCCUUACUCUCACAUGUCUCUGUUCUGUCCAGACCUUGCCUGACUCCUCAGGGUCUGACUCACAGAUUAACAGACACAAAUAUUCACAGUACUCAAGGAGUCAUACACAAAGACUAAUACACACUCACAGAUUCAGAUUCACACACAGAUUUACACACAUUCACAAAUUCAGCCACACAGAUUCACACUCACAGAUUCACACACACAGAGAUUAACAAAUAAAAGGAGACAAGACAAUGGAAAGUACCUUCUUUUCUUAAACUAUAGGCCCCAAAACAACUUUUUAAUGAAGCAGUUCUGGUGCACAGAUCAUAUCCCUGCAGUUUCAUUGCUCAAGUCUCUGCCAUUAAGGAGGCAAAUCAUUUUGUUUAAAUAGCUCCAGUCACAACUCCCUGAAUUUGACUUGCACAGCCUUGUUAAAAAUGUAAUGUAAAGUGAGAUCUAGUGUUUAAACUUCCUUUAUUGUACAGUAUUCUUAAUUUAGAAUGUCUUAUCCCCUGCACUGUUAAUAGCUUUAUAGACUAUACAGGGUCCUCCUGAGUGUGAUUAAAGUUCAAUUUACAGAGCAGGAGAUAAAACUUUCUAAAGCAAGUUAACAUCUGAUUAAAAAUAAAACCAUUAUUUUCCAUGCACAUAAUUAAUGAUCUAAUGUAUAGCAUGAAUUUUGCUGCCGUAAGGUUGUAAAGGGUGAUUGCAUGGGGUGAGUAGAUAUGAGUCUAAUACUGCUGCAAGGCACUAUUUGUUUUUUGUAGGGUAGUGUUUUGUAGGGUAGUGUCUACUGGUAGGUUAUCUUGACUUUUUUUUUGUAUGGGUUAAGGAGAGUAUGUAAUGGUCUGCUUGUUUAUACAUUACUGUAUGUUAGAUGUGGUGGUAGUGGUAAAUUUACAUGGCCUCAGGAAACCGGAAAAAGUUAGGUACAUCACGGUCUUAAUGUGUUUACAAGGCUGUCUUACAAUAGAGCUUUCACACUGAAUAAGAAAUUUAUGGUAGAACAUAACCUGGUUCAGUUUUUCACUAUUUCUACACUGGUAGCUUUUGCAUCCUUUUGUCAUCUCAAACUAAAACUAUCACACAACACUAUUAAAUUAUAUUUCACAUGCAUCCAACAUCAUAUUUAUACGUUAUAUUCUGACAACUCUAGUUUUUUAACUUCUUACCCCAUUAAAAAUAUACUAAAGUACAUACAUAAAGCAGGUACCACUCCUCCAAUCUUAAGGUUACCCAUACAUAAACAGAUAUUUAAAUAUAUGUCCGACUUAUUGGAUACAGCCCCAUUUGAACACACUACAAAUUUGGUAAUCAAAGCAGCCAUUUACUUGAGCUAUUAUGGUUUUCUAAAUAUCUCCAAACAUUGUCAUCCCAUGUAGAUAUUCCUCUGCUAGUCCUCCAUAAAGCAGUCUUAACAACCACUAUGUUUAUGCAAUACAUACGCAUAUUACUGACCAGACUAGGUCUGAAUGCCAGCUACUUUUCUGGACAUUCUUUUAGUAUAGGGGCAGCCUCCACGGCCUCUAGUCACAAUAUUCCAGUACAUGUAAUUAAAUCUUUGGGACGCUGGAAGUCAUCUGCAUUUGCUCUGUACAUACCUCAACCUGUGUUAGAAAUGAGGUCUGCCUUUGUUAAACUGUCAUCUUGAGGUAUUUUAUUUGCACUAUGUUUCAUGUAUUGAAUAAAUAUUUAUUUGGCAAGACACUGCAAAUUCUUGCCCACUUUAUUACAGGCCUACGGCAUACAUCAACCGACUUGUUCCUAUCUAUAUAAUACAUCAAACAAUACACACACUAACGUUACAAGAAUAGCACCGAACACAAAUGUGAAGGCUUACCUGGAGUUGUGGGAGGGGCUGGUUGAUCCUACUGAAGGCACUUCCCCCUUAUCUGCAUUACCGUGGAAUCAGACGUUCGGCAGGCCCCACCCACCACUCCCUCGACGCUUUAAUUUUUUAUUUUUUUUAUUUUAUUCAGUGUGGGCCUACUUUAUUACAGGCCUACCACAUACGUUGGUUUUGGCACACUUCAACUGACUUGUUCCUAUCUAUAUAAUACAUCAAACAAUACAAACGCUAACGUUACAAGAAUAGCACCAAACACAAAUAUAUAUAUAUAUAUAUAUAUAUAUAGUAAAGUAGUUGGCUGCACGCUCGGAUUUCAAUAAAAUAUAACUUUUAUUCCAGCUUCUAAAACAGAUCAUGUCCAAAAAGGUUAUGGUGGGGAAAAAUUGUGAUUGAAAACCCCUUCCACCUCAAGUCUGUGGAUAGUUAAUACAAUGUUAAACAAAAAUCUGCACACAAGUCAAGCCAUAAGACUUGCUUUUCCACCACAAAUCCCAAAUCUGCAGUGAUGUUACAACCGCAAUGGAUUCUGGGUGGGCAUAUGCAAAUUAGUUUAACAAAGAAUCACAUUUUUGCCUCAUUCCAUUUUAAACAUGGAUUCCUUUUAAUCUGUGUUUGCAGUAUACAACUGCUUGGAAUACAAUUUAGGAAAAGAUGCAAAACCAAAAGCACUACCAAGCCUCAAUAAGCAAACCAGUAACCAACCUCAUGCUGAUGAGUUGCAUUAACAACAAAACAGCUGUCCAUGAAUGGUUGACUGGUUUUGACUGAAAAGGACAGGCUAGAAUAUGGCGGGACUGGGCAAUUUCUAUUAACUGGGUUUGUUACUCAAAUGUGAAUUUGGGUAAUUUUGUACAGGCUGGUCCUCUCGUUUAGCCACCCAGAACUCCCUUACAGGCAUGGUAAAAAGAAGGUUGCUUUGGGGUUAUGAAAAUUUUGUCAUAUAGCCCUGACCGCUCACCUACAAUUGGCCCAGCGGCUCUACAAAUGCGUUGCAGGCAAGGAGCACACCGAGAAAGAGAACAAGCAGGUCAGUAGUCUCCUAGCUUUCCUGGCAUAAGAAGGGGCUGCCGCUCCCACACCGGGAAAGGAUGCAUUAAGCAUCAGGGCCGCCGGCCACCAUAUGCCUGCCCCUUUUAAGGAGGCGGCACAUGCGUACCUGCACCAUGAAGUCAGAAGAGCUCUAAACAAGAGAGCUCAAUGCACAUGUACCUUUUAGGGGCGUAGUGAUAAUCACUCCCCCAAUCAUAUAAAAGCCGAGUCUGUUGUGGUUCCAAGUAUGCCUUGUGUCCCUAGUGUCCCCUCAGCACAUUCCUGUAUCCUUUUAUUUCUUUGGUUUUGACCCGGCUAGCUCUUGACUAUUCUUAUUUCUGGUUUCCCUGACUCGGCUACGUUCCUCGCUAUUAUGUAUUUCUGGCUUCCCUUGACCUUGGCUUGUUUCUGGCAUUUCUUGUAGUUUCUAUUAUUAUCCGGCCAUUCUAAGGACCAGUUUAGGGACUUUCUUUCUGUCUCUAUUGUUCUGUGGUGUUCACUCUGUGUAUUGGGUAUUAACAUUACAUCUAAAGCCUGCGGACCCAAGGCCAUUGGUUCGGUGGCCUUAUGGGAAAUCCGACCCUGCAUAUGGCUCUUCUUAGUUAUGGAAUUUGGACAACUACAAUCUGCCUAAACUUGGGCUAAUUGCCAUACGGCUAAAACUAAAACAUAUAAGUCCAUUUAGUUCAGCAUCGCAAUAUCUCCCAAAGCCCCUGCUGUUGAACAAUGGGUGUGAUGGAGACUCUUUAGGUUAAAGCGCAGGAAUGUGAUUUAAAUAGGAACAGAUUCAGAUACCCAACAGAUAUAGAUAUUAUUUAACUUAUAGUAGUCUGAAUCAUCGAGGCCAUUUUCUAAGGAUAACACAUGACCAGUAAAUUGUGAAAUUGUGUUGUGUGUGCAUUUUUACAAUAGAAAUCACUCUGUCUUGGAUUCUUUGAGACGUGUACAUGAUUUUAGCUCUUUAAGAUCUGGACAAUGAGCUAACAUCAAACUAAAAACAAGCAUAUAUCGCUUGAUAUCUUGUUUGGUAGCUUUGGUAAGCUCUGCUCUGAGUCACAUCUCAAAGUUUUACUCAAAUCAAAAUCCAAAUACAAGUAUGAUAGGCUAUUACAAAUUCUAGGAUUUCUAAUGCUUCUAGGUUACGUGCCCAUUCACCAAUUCAUCCUAACACAACCACAUAAUCAUUUAUUUUUAUAUCUUUGUUUUUAUCUAUGUUUCCACUAGCACAUGUUUGCUAAUGCUGUACAAUAUGACUACAAAAUUUAGCAAAGACACAGAAACAUUUAACAUUUUAGAAUUGGUAGAUAACACUGAAGUGAAAAAGCUAAAUGUUUUCUGUUAUUAACACUUCUAUAUAAUUAGCUAGUUUAACAUUUGUUCUAGAAAAAUAGAAAUUCAAAAUAGUUUAACUCAGAAGGUCUUGAGUUGUGUUCAGUCAUUUUUUGACCAGAUUAUUUUCUUUGUUCCUGUUUGCUUGUAGGUGAUGUUGUUUACCAAACAACAGACAUGUCUGGAUGUAAAUUUUAUUCUAUUUGCACUUAUCAAUGUAUUGUUGAGGCAAUUAUAGAAUGCCCCACAACUAUCGCUUCUCAAACAUCUACCAGUACUUCACUGACAAGCUCAACAACUCCUGUAUCCCAGACAUCAAUCUCUACAUUAGAAACCAAGGAAACCACAGUUGAAGGUUGCCCUCCAAGAAAGGUAUUGUUGCACUUUUGUCCAAUUUAGAAAAUGCAGCUUUGAAUAUAGGACUAUUAUAUAACUUAAGUGGGAAUUUUAAAUUAAGGAGGGUUUUGUCAAAUAUCGCUCAUCUGGGUGCUCUCAUUUCUCUGGAUUUUAUACUAUUGAAUACAUUAGUAAAAAUACUCCAUAACUUUUGUUACCCUUUUUUUCCCCAUGAGAUUUUCUUUUACAUUUAUAUUAGAGAUUUAGCAAAUUACAUUAUAAUCCAGCUCGAACAAGGCAAGGCCAGGGCAAACAUGGCUAAUAAAAAAUAGAAAAAAAAAAUUAUUUCUCUUCUUCUCACUAUGUCUUCUCUGUACUAAGUACCAGAUGCAAAGUACGGAACCUUUAACAAUAAUUGACAGGUGCUAUUUUGGUACUAAUUGCUAAAUUAGGAAUACUCACCAAGGAAACCAGUAGAAUGUCUCUCAGCAUUUACAUAUGUGCACCCAAAAUAGCACCUGAUCUACAUUGAUGAAUCUCCUCUUCAUCCACUGCAUUCUGUAAAGUGAUAGCACAUAAUUUAGGCAAAUAUACAUAGUAAUGUUAUUAUUUCUUUCAAUAUAGGAGGGCGAGACCUGGAGUAUUGGUAAUUGCACACUGGCCACAUGCCUUGGAAAUAACGAGGUCGUUAUGUCACUUGUGGAUUGCUUAGCUGUGAAUGAAAUAGAAUGUGUUAAUGGUCUCCGACCAAACCGUGUCUAUAGUGAAGAUGGCUGCUGCUUCCAAUAUGAGUGUUCAUGUAAGUUAUGCUACAACAUUAUCACUGGCCAUGUUUAGCAUAAGGUGAUAUAACAUUUUAUUUUUAUAAAGCAUUUAAAGAUAAGCACUCUUUAGGUUUUAAAAUGCAGCUUUAUUGGAUUAGUUUUGGAAACAAGAGAAUUUAAAUUCAAAGGAUACAGGUGAUAAUUUGGAUUAAACAUGAUAUCCCAUUUUAGUUGCAAAGCCUAGUAGAAUGACAAAGUUUUAAAGAAAGUAUACUGAGAAAGAGUGCACUGGUGCCCCCUCCCCCCAUUAUAAAUAGUCAAACUCUGUUAGAAUAGAACUGCAGAGCAACCAGUACCUGUCUUCACUCAGCUACCAGGAGAGCUGGAAGCUCCUUCAGCUCUCCUAAGCUAAACCAAGCAGUGGUGGACUAGUUUAUUGACUGAGAUUGAAAGCUGAUCUCGGCCACUGCACCUAGCUCAGGCUGAAAGUUUCUGACUGGUCUGAAGGCUAUAGGGGAGGCAGGGAACCAUUCUAAAAGGAUUUGACUACUUAUGUUGGAGGAGCCAGGGCAAUUAUGUCACCAUGACUACUACAUAGCACUGCAGUGGUUAUGGUACUUGAAGUGUUCCUUUAAAUCCUUACCCCCCACUUUCCUCUUCUUAUCCUCCUCACAUCAAUAUUUUACUUUUUAUUUAUUUAUUCAUGCAUUUAUUUUAGAUAGGGUGGCAGAAGUUUGGUAUCAAUUAGUGAAUACAUUUAAAUAAUGGUAGGCUGGCGGCAACCAUUUUACAAAAAAAAACAAAAAACUAUUACUUGUCAGAUAUUAUUGACCAUCUUAUUUAUUAUGAUCCUCCAUAGGUGUUUGCAGUGGAACAGAGGAUUCUAACUUUAUUACCUUUGAUGGAAUAAUCUAUAAGUACAACGAUUUGUGUACCCAAAUCCUUGUAGAGCAAAUCAGUCCACAAUAUGAUGACUUUAAAAUUUUACUUGAAAAGAAGCAGUGCGUUGAAGCACUAUGUUCACAGACAUUGGUGAUUUUAUAUGAGAAAAAUGAAAUCGGACUCAUGCAAUUCAGGCAAAGUAACCAACUUGUAAACAAACAGGUAACCCAACACUUAAUGCAUGGAAAAAAAGCUGUAUGUUUGAUUUCUCACCAGUAGUACGUAUCACAUAGCACUGCAUAAACUAGAAAAAAAAACUGCAGUAAAAAGUGUUGGAUUUCAGGAGAUCUCAUCCCAAAUGAUCUACCUAAAAUCAGCUAAUCAUGUAUAAUACGAGAGAGAGAGAGAGAAUCUUCUUCUCAACAAAAGUAAUUUGCAAAAAAAAUAAAAAUAUUUGUCAAUGUUUUUUUCCCCCUUAUGUAUAGAAAAAGUGUGUGUACUCCCUGUCAAGUAAUCAUUGCUAUCAGUGCAAAAUCCUACAAGAAAAGUGACAUACAGAGGGGAAAAAAAAGAAAAAAGAAAAAAAUAUGAAAAAUUGGGCUAUUGCACUGGUGUCCUGCGUGUGUAGAAGACCUGUAGGCCACUGAAAGACCCCUUAAAAGUCCAUACAUAUAGCCACAAUGGACACCAGGGCUGGACUGGGAAAAAUAUUUUUAGCCCAGGCAUUUUUUAAACAGGGGUCCACAAGCACGAACCCUCUCAAAGUGAACAUGUUGGUUCAAAGCUCUUCAAGGGUAGACCAUGUACAGAACCCAGCUGAAAAACUCUUGCAUUUGUUCUGUGCAGCAGAAGAAUUUAUACAAAACCACAAGAUUGGAUGAUAUAUAUUUUGCGUUUUUUUUAUUUUUGGUUACUUACUUUUGGCAGGUAUUUUUUUUUAUAGUUGGUUUAUGGAUAUAAGAAAUUAUAACAAAUUAUAGGAUGUAUCCAACUGUAAUAAUAAAACAAUCAGACUUUAUAUUUUGUUAAAACAGUACACCAAGCAUGUCAAACUCAAAGGCUGCCCUCCUCCCACCACACUAAUACUCUGCCCCCACCUCUUUCCCCCACAGUUUAAUAAACUAUCCCCUCACUCUAAUACACUGCUCCACCUCCCUCCCCCCAAUGUAAUACACUACCCUCCUUACCCCAAUUAAUACACUGCCCCCCCCUCCCUGCCCCCCAAAUUGAAUACACUACACUACCCUACCUUAAGCCAUCUUCCAGUCCAGCCAUGCACGCUCCUCUGGCACUGCAAGUAGCAGGGAUGGAGGAGUGGCUGGCCUGUUUUGCACUCAGGCAGCCUCCCUGCGCAAAUGCUGGAUAUGGAUGGAGCACAUGAUCAGCCAUGGCCUACCAGGACAGGUGGCCUACCGGAAAUUCUUUCUGGUAUCCCGGUAGGCCAGUCUGGCCCUGGGCCGCAUAAAUACCCAUGGGCCGUAUGUUUGACAUGCUUGCAGUACACAGUUAACUGUUUGAUGUGCCUUCAUUACACAGUAUUUUCUGUGUACUGCUGACCAAUUUUAUUGAAUUUGAUCUCAUGACAGACCAGGACUAAUUGCAUGCCUGAAAAUUGUUCCUUCUUUUUUCAUGUUCUUUUAAUUUAUUUGAGGCAUUUUGUGACAUAGAUCCUUAAUUCUCACUGAGUAUCCUUUGUUAUAGAUAGCAUAAAAUUAUUUAUUCAUCUGUAUUUAUAUGUAUAGAUAACAGAUUAUUUGAUGGAAACAAAACCCCAAAUUUUGGUUGUCAUAUAGUACAUGUGGCAACAUUAUAUAUAUAUAUAUAUAUAUAUAUAUAUAUAUAUAUAUAUAUAUAUAUAUAUAUAUAUUGCAUAUGUUGUCACAUUACCAUAACAUUGUCCAUACCAUAUCCCCCUCACAUUGUGACCAUGUUACCUCCUUGGAGAAACACAAAAUGCAUAUCUCUGUGUCUGGGAGCAUGUGUGUGAGAGCUGCUUACAGUGGUGGCGUCUAUGGGGGACCUGCUUGUAGUUGUAAUGUAUGUGCUGUGUUAUGUGUUUGAGGGGUGAUUGUGUGGGAGGGUGAAUAUCUGUGUAGGGGUGCCUGUGUAUGAGGUCGACUUUGUGCAUAUGAGGGUGACUUUUUGUACUUUUGUAUGAGAGUGACAGCCGGUGGGGUGUGCCUGUCUAUGAGAGUGACUGUGUGUGUAUGAGGAUUGUAACGGAUCACCUGGCACCCCGACUGGGUACCUCCGUUAAAGGAUGCUCCUAGCAUUUCCUGAGGACUCCAAGCACUCUGGCCGACACCACAAUCACCGAACCGAAGAAGCGUAUACCUUCUCUCAAGCAUAUGAAUGCUAUAAACAGCUGAAUAGGCAAAAACCAUACGGAUGGGUUUAGACUCCUAGCAGUCAAACUGGAACAGCAUACAAUAAAUCCUCCCCCAAUAAUGAGACGACACUUCACUUUGAGGGUUAAGCAGGAACUCACUGGACUGGCACAUACAGCCUCUUUUAUUCCCAAUCCACAAACUUAGUACUGCCCACAGGGUUUUACAUAACAACCAAUAACACACGUACAUUACAGAAAGACACUCCCACACAAAAUCCUCCCCUCUGGCUGUGAUAUGAUUACUGAACACAAUGGUUAAUCUAAUUAUCACAGCCAGAUAAAUACAGUUUUUCCACAUUAUUCAUAACUUGAAAAGUAUGCAUCACAUUCACAUACAUUUUCAGAAUCAGCAUACUCCAAAUACAAACAUAUGUCAAAAUCAUACAUAUUGGUCCAGUGGUUCAAAAGUUAAGGAAAAGUCCUAUUUGACCAAAUGGGCUUUUCUGCCCAAAACCAGUUCCACAGAGUCUUCUAUCCUGGAGAUAAUUGGGGAAGUAAUCCAAUUAUCUCCAGGAAAGAGGCAAAACUCCAUUAGCCACAUGGCAGCAAAAGACAAUAAAACACAUAAAAACAUAUAACUGUGCAGCCAUUGCACAAAACAGGUACAUUCAACAUAUCCCCAGAUAGCUCAGAUCUGAGCGCACAUUAUUACUGAAUGGCGCUCAGAGCACACACAUACAGUUCAAUUGCCAUGGAGCCAAAGUCUUUCCCAUAGUCUUUCAUUAUAUAAAUGGGCUCCAUGGCAUAGCUAUCUGGGUAACACUGCUCACAUAGGGAAAGUACCGAAAGACCCAGCUUUUGGGUCUUUGCAGGGAAAAUCCAUCCUUUCAACAUGGGGCCAUAGUCACAGGGCAGGAGGCCGGCAAUCAGUCUUCUCCAAUGCCCAGUGGCGAGGCUGGUUCCGCCACAAGGAUGACCUUAGAAAAGGUGAACGUGACAGGGUGAGUGUGACAGGUUGACUACAGGGAGUGCAGAAUUAUUAGGCAUAGUUGUAUUUUUGAGGAUUAAUUUUAUUACUGAACAGCAACCAUGUUCUCAAUGAACCCAAAAAACUAAUUAAUAUCAAAGCUGAAUAUUUUUGGAAGUAGUUUUUAGUUUGUUUUUAGUUUUAGCUAUGUUAGGGGGAUAUCUGUGUGUGCAGGUGACUAUUACUGUGCAUAAUUAUUAGGCAACUUAACAAAAACAAAUAUAUACCCAUUUCAAUUAUUUAUUAUUACCAGUGAAACCAAUAUAACAUCUCAACAUUCACAAAUAUACAUUUCUGACAUUCAAAAACAAAACAAAUCAGUGACCAAUAUAGCCACCUUUCUUUGCAAGGACACUCAAAAGCUUGCCAUCCAUGGAUUCUGUCAGUGUUUUGAUCUGUUCACCAUCAACAUUGCGUGCAGCAGCAACCACAGCCUCCCAGACACUGUUCAGAGAGGUGUACUGUUUUCCCUCCUUGUAAAUCUCACAUUUGAUGAUGGACCACAGGUUCUCAAUGGGGUUCAGAUCAGGUGAACAAGGAGGCCAUGUCAUUAGAUUUUCUUUUUAUACCCUUUCUUGCCAGCCACGCUGUGGAGUACUUGGACGCGUGUGAUGGAGCAUUGUCCUGUAUGAAAAUCAUGUUUUUCUUGAAGGAUGCAGACUUCUUCCUGUACCACUGUUUGAAGAAGGUGUCUUCCAGGAACUGGCAGUAGGACUGGGAGUUGAGCUUGACUCCAUCCUCAACCCGAAAAGGCCCCACAAGCUCAUCUUUGAUGAUACCAGCCCAAACCAGUACUCCACCUCCACCUUGCUGGCGCCUGAGUCGGACUGGAGCUCUCUGCCCUUUACCAAUCCAGCCACGGGCCCAUCCAUCUGGCCCAUCAAGACUCACUCUCAUUUCAUCAGUCCAUAAAACCUUAGAAAAAUCCGUCUUGAGAUAUUUCUUGGCCCAGUCUUGACGUUUCAGCUUGUGUGUCUUGUUCAGUGGUGGUCGUCUUUCAGCCUUUCUUACCUUGGCCAUGUCUCUGAGUAUUGCACACCUUGUGCUUUUGGGCACUCCAGUGAUGCUGCAGCUCUGAAAUAUGGCCAAACUGGUGGAAAGUGGCAUCGUGGCAGCUGCACGCUUGACUUUUCUCAGUUCAAGGGCAGUUAUUUUGCGCCUUGGUUUUUCCACACGCUUCUUGCGACCCUGUUGACUAUUUUGAAUGAAACGCUUGAUUGUUCGAUGAUCACGCUUCAGAAGCUUUGCAAUUUUAAGAGUGCUGCAUCCCUCUGCAAGAUAUCUCACUAUUUUUGACUUUUCUCAGCCUGUCAAGUCCUUCUUUUGACCCAUUUUGCCAAAGGAAAGGAAGUUGCCUAAUAAUUAUGCACACCUGAUAUAGGGUGUUGAUGUCAUUAGACCACACCCAUUCUCAUUACAGAGAUGUACAUCACCUAAUAUGCUUAAUUGGUAGUAGGCUUUCGAGCCUAUACAGCUUGGAGUAAGACAACAUGCAUAAAGAGGAUGAUGUGGUCAAAAUACUCAUUUGCCUAAUAAUUCUGCACUCCCUGUAUGGCAGAGUGAAUGUGGCUGCGUGACAGUGUGGGGAGGCUCUGUAUUUAUGUUUAGCCUCUCCAUAAACUGUAGUGCAUCUAUUUUUUAGUUUUUGUUGUCCCUCUCCAUUUAGAUGGGGGGCAAUAAUCAAUUUCCCCGGUGGUCUAGUGUGUUUCUUGGUGGUCUAGUUGAUUGUCAUUCUCGUAUGCUCCCUUUGGCUUGGUGCAGACCCCUGUUAAUGCUCCCCUCCAUAAUCUUAUUUGGAGGUAGUCUCGGAAGCAAUCAAGAUUGAGCUGGAUGUGCCAACCUACACUAAGAGCUGCAUAGGGGUCAUUUGUGCAUUGUAUUUAGUUUGGGUUGUCCGAUAGUUGUCCAUGCAGUAGUUCUGACUUGUCAAAUAAAGAUUAUAUUUGUAUUCAAAAACUGUAAGUGAGAUAACUUUAUAUAAUUGUUUUUCAUUUAGCAAUUUUCUAUUAAUUAAAUAAGAGGAUCAGCAGCAACAGGAGUAAUUUUUAUUUAAAAACGUAAUUUCAAAACGUGUUUUUAAAAAAAAAAAAAAAGUAAAAAGUCACAAGUCAAAAUUGGUGGCACUAGUAGUGGCUAGGCACAACAGUUACCUUCACCACUCUCACACUUGGAUCAAUGACACAGAAUAUAUCCCACUUCCUCAUAAGCAUAGCAAGGGAUAGAAAAGAAAACAGGCUGAUAAUCCCAUAUAGGAAUUCUGGAGACAUUUUCACGGCUCAACCUUUGGUCUUGUGAUUUGAAAUGAUGCCCUCAGAACUCUGCGGUAUCAAAAAUAUGUUAUUAUUUUAAAUAAUAUAUGACCCAUCAGUAUGUGGCAUAUGUAUACAGCUCAUUGAUAGAGAUAACUACUAGUAGGACACAGCUAUAAUUCAAUCAUAUAGGUGCAUUACAGUCACGGUUGCCAUUACCCUUACACUCAGGAAACAGUAUACGGACAAAGUGAGGGUCCAAAAUGCUGUAUUACUGGGCCUUAGAGUGUUUCGGAUUUUAUGUAUUACAAAAAAGAAUCAAAGUCAGGAAUAGCCAAAGUCAGGAAUAGAGAGAUACGGAUACACGAAAGGCAAGUCAGAUCGGAAUAACAGAAAAACACAGGUCAAAAUACAAGCUGGAUCAGAAUACCAGAGGUUAACAGAGUCAAAACAAAGCCAAGGUCAGAAAACAGAAAACCACAAGAGAGUCACAGGAGCACUAAACGUGUUACUAAGCAGAAACCAUGAUAGGCAAUGAGUAUGGGCCAUCACAGUCUUUUAAUAGGUUUGCGAGUUUUCAUUGGUCCAUGUCCUCUCUGGGAGUCAGCAUGUGGUUGCCUAGAUGGCAUGGUCCCUUUAACCCCUUAAGGACACAUGACAUGUGUGACAUGUCAUGAUUCCCUUUUAUUCCAGAAGUUUGGUUCUUAAGGGGUUAAGGGUGUGACAUCAUGAUUUACACAAUUUAUUUUAAGGGGCUGUAGUUCGGCCUGCAAACCAGCAGAAGGAGUCAUUCAUGGGGCCGAAGGUGAGCAUUUCUCCUAUUCGUGCAGCAUGAAGAGGGAAGUGGUGCAGGCACCAGAUACUGGUAAGUCUAUGGCAGAACAUGCCCAGGAGGAAAUGCCCACAUGGCGUGAAGAACCAGGCUUGCCUGGGCGAUAG